AUGGCGAUGUGUGUGGGGAUGUGGAUCCUCCUGUUAGCGCUGCACAUCAGAGGUAAAAACCUGCACGAACACACUCAUGAUCGUCUGCUUCAUGUUUUUUCAUCACCCCCCCAUACCCACUGAGAGUGCGUGUACGCGCGUGCGUGUGCGCAUGUAUGAGCUGUGUGAUAUCUGACAUGGUUAAUGCAUGAUGGGCUGGGUCGUCAUGAUUGCUGGUUUUGUGUUUUGCUCUGAGAUGUGCACAUAAGAGGACAGGGUUUCAGUUUUGGACUCAAACGGCUGCAGAAUACUUAUUUGGCAGCCCUCAUAAUGAAGUUACUCCUGCAGCAGGCAGAUGGCGAUAAGAGCAAACCGUGCAGGUCAGCACUCUCCAAGUUUUCCAAUAUCUCAUUGCAAUGGUAACUCAGAGCCUCAGAGAGCUCCUGAAUGAUAAUUGAAACCCCCGGUCCCUCCAUUCAAUCCGUGUUAGAGCGAAUCUUAGCUCCCAUUGUGUCUGAAAUAUCCUUCAUUUCCAGCUCGAAGCCCCUCAGGCCUGUGCUGUUCUUCUUAUCCUAACAUUUUCAGAGGUAGAGUGACUCAGGUGACGGUGACAUUUGUCUUUGGCUUCCUGUCAUCCUCGGAGAAAUAAUCUUGGAUAGAUGACAGAAUCAGAGAGAGGAGGAGAGAUGGAGUGUGUGUCUGUGUGUGUGUGUUUGUUUUUUGGGCGGAGGAUGAGCUGUGGAAGAAAACACACUGGCUGGCUGAUAAAUGGAGUGAUAAUUUGACAUUGAUCAGACUGACAUUAAAGCUUCCCAAAGAGGGGCCUAAUCAUUUAAACGCAUGCGUGAAAAGGCGAAUCAGACACUUAUUGGAAGACGCAUCAUUAUUCUGGUCGUAUUGACAUCCUGCUAAUUAGGAAACAAAACAAACCGACUGAAAAACACCGUCUGUGUGUGUACGUGCUUGUGUGGAGUUCCUGGUUUGUUUAUGUGCUGCAUGAACAAAUUCAGUAUUUUAAGAAAGGAAUGGACGAGGGUCAAGUGUGGUCACAUUUGGAGCUAAUGUGCUCUCCUCCUGUUUUUUCUCUUCAUGACCUCCUUUCCUUUUGCUCAUUUUCCAGUCAAAUCAAACUAAAAAGUUCCUCAGGCAAAUAUUUUGUCACAUCUCAUCUGUUUUUUUUUUUUAACCCUCCCUGAAGCUUCCAGAACAACCACGACGUUGACCUUGUUCAGAGCGAGGCCUCUUACCCGCGUCAUGUGUUUAAGACUGAUUGAAUACUUUGAUCAAGAGCCUCUGUCUGAUUUACGUUGAGAUGAUCCCUUUGCUUGUGCAGAAGAUCAGGAUUAACUGGUUCCCUCGGGAUUCACGGUGGAAAUCUUUUGAAGCUGUUCAAUCAGGGGAGUGGAAAAUGUCUCCAGUGCUUUUACAGCGUCCUGGAAACGUCUCAUCGGAGGAAGGCAGGAGGUGUUUUCUGAGCCUAAUUAGACAUCAUACGAAUACUCUUUGCCCUUAUUCCUGUUUUGUUCAGCUGCUUUAGUUUAUUUCAAUCCGGAGCGUCUGCAUAAUUCAUGCUCUUAGACGUCUUUAUAGAGGGGAAGGGCUCUGAAAUAGUUUUAUUUCAGCUGCUGUUUGGACUCAUUCCUUUUCACAUGCAAAAACAAGAAUUUGCCUUUUCACCCUGAGGUUAAAGGGCGUCACCAUAAAUGCCCGGCCUCUUUGAUGGCUUAAUUGAUAUACAGCAUGUUCCAGACUCUUCCCUCAUUACCCAAGCACAAACAAGGAGGAGAGAGGAGAGCAUAGAGAGGAGGGGGUUACAGCUAAAGCCUGUUGCAGUCAUCCUUUGGGGGAAGCCAUUUGUGCGUGUCAUUGUAAUAACCAUUAGUAGAAAACCGAAGAGUGCCAAAUUCAUAAAGAGGAAAUAUCAUGAGUUGUGUGCCAAACAGAUUAUUGAAAAGGAACAUGGAGAAUAAUGGAUUUGUGAGUUAUAACGGCAGCUCUGCUCCUGCUUUCUCGUAUUAGCUCCCGCUCUCUCCCUGAUAUUUAAUUGGGUGUGAAUUGAGUUUGCAGCCAGGUGGUUGUUUACGACUUGGCUCCAUCCUGGGGUCCUGCUGCUGUACCAGCCCUUAUAGAUAUCUCUCUCAGCGGUGGGGAUGAGGAGAUUUCUCAGCUCUGAUUCCUGGAUUAAACAUUUGGGAAAUGAAGGCGGGAUCGGUGGAGGAGCAUCAACUUUUGAACGCGAGUGGAAAUGGCGUAGCUGUGAAUUCUAAUCUUUGUAAGAAGUUGGCAGCGUGCGGGCUGGAAUCACUCUUCUGCAGACCCCCGUCGUGCAGAUCUGUCAGUCAUUUCAUGCAUGAGAAUUUGGUGUAUAAGCUUCUCUGCUACCAUCACAACACAGCUGCUUUAUUUGUGUGUCACUGCCUUUUAACUGUGGUUAUUUCCUCCCCCUGAUGUCCCCUGGGAGACGAGGAACCACAGGUGAUGUUUCCAGCCCGGCUUUGACUGACAGCUUUAUUGUUUUGACAUUUUGGGGGUUAAUUGCGCGGCUAACGGUCUGAUUUCUGAAACACAACAGUUGAUUUUGACUCACGGCAAACCGUCGCAUGCUGAGCUGCCGCCGCUGCUGCCUCCAUGUGAGAGAAAUAUGGCGUUCUUCAGCUGAUUGACUGAUUGAUGAAACGUUCAGGGGGGCCGAGAGGACAGCGGCUGCAUGUCCACGCUAAGUGCAGAAGCAGAUGUUUGAUGUUGAGCUCCAAAAACAGGCAGGAAAAUGUUUCUCCAGCUGCUCCGACUCUUCUACAGCAUCAUUAGCGUCCUGACUUUGCUAAUUCUCGCAGUCUUUUGAGGCGAGCUGUAAUUGCUUCUCUGUGGCGUUUUACAUUUCAUUGAGCUGACAGUGAAACGGAGAGAGGCACUGUGGGAUUGUUGGGCCUUGAUGGUUGGAGUGUGGAUGCAAAUUGCUGUGAUCCUGGCUCCUUUGGGGAGUCUCUCUUUGGUCCCCGCUGAGGUGAUGGAUGGGGGGGAAAGCUGUGAGUCCUGGGAGACUGGCUUGAGGGAAACUGACAGGAGAUUAAGCUUUUCUUUUUGCCACAGAAACUAAUGGAGGCACUGGGCCACUCCAACUUCAUCUCUUUGAGCACUGAGCUCAUUGUGGUUCUGCUGUCAGCUCUUUAGCAAAUCCCUCUCACAACACUGCUUGAAAUGUUUCUUUAAAGAGUCAUUUCUCUUAUUUUUUCCGUCUGCGAUGACUUUAGCAAUGGAUCAGCCCUUCGUUUAAUAAACUAUAAACUACAAACCCGACACCAAACGAGUUUGGAGGCUAUGUCCAAUAUUGACAAAGUCUGGAGUAGAUGGUUUAUGAAUUAUUUACACUUUAAAUUAAACUGAAAACAGUGCAAAGACUACAGAUUAGAGGCUGAAACUGACGAAUGAGAUUGAUAUGAAUAAAUAAGAUAACUUUAAACAAUGUUUUUUAAAGGAGUUGGACCAAGAACAACACAAUAUAACAGUUUACCGAUGUGAUUGAAUAUCAGAAAAGGCCAAGUAUCUCAGAGAUGAAGAUUCUCAGAGGUCCAACACUCUGUGAGAGACUGCGUGAGCAAAAAGUAAAAACAAUUCCACAAUAGUGUUGCUUAACGUCCCUCAGUGGUCUUUAAAUCAUGAUACCUGUUUCAUUUUCAAGAGCUUUUCUUCUGCAGAGCUCCAGUAGCUCAUUAGCAAUUCACCUCUGAGUCGUGGGCGGAGUCAGCGCUGCUCUGAACACUCCUCUUCACGCUAGCUUGCAGCCUAAUUUAGCCUAAACUGCAGCUAGCUUGUAGUAGAAGUGGCAGGUAACACAGAAGCUAUUUAGCUCUCGGACACUAAUGUCUUUUAGGACAUGAUGAAAGUUAAUAUCAUGAUUAUCUUUCUUACAAGCAUUGCAAUCCGCUUAUUCUGCGAUCGUCCUCUCUACUUCUUCAAGUCUGGCCUGCAUAUCAGGGGGGCUCAGGGGGCGGAGCUUGGAUUUGUGACAUAGGAAAUCUCACUGUGUCUGAAUGCAGAAAUACCCAGAAAAGCAAUUUCCCAUUUAGAUUUCUCAUGAAAUGUCCUGUAGCAUCAGAAAAAUGACAUAUGAACAUUUAGACAACACGAUUUUCAUCUAAGUGGGUGCAAAAAAAUGGUGUUUUCUUCAUUUUCAUCAAUAAAUAACGUUGGAUAAUUAAGAGAAUCUGGAAAAGUCUCUGCAGAAAUGGGGGCAAGGCUGAUAACUGAUGCAUGGCCGUGAUCUUUACAAUACAAUUAGCUGCUGCAUGAAUAAACACGGGUUAAAACUGUGUCAUGCAGAGAGGAAACAUACAUAUAUACAUAUACUGAAAUGCAUCUGUAAUGGUAUGGGUAUGUGUAUAUGUGCUGCAUGUCCAGGGAGCAUCAUUAAUGUUGAACAGUAUAGACAGGUUUGGGGAAGAAGAUUUUAGAUGCACUGCAACAACACGGCUCUGUAGUAGAAGAGUCCACAUGCUAAAGUGAGCGACCUGCAGUCACCUGAGAUUUGAGGAGGCCCUAAUCAGCUUCCUUAUCAGGUUUUUUAAAGGAUUUGCAAACGUUUGAUUCUGUGAACCCGGGUUUGUGUUUGUCACGGAGAAGUUCACUCCCUCUUCCACAUUGUCAUUUUUACUUUGCAUGUUCAUGGAGGAGACUUCCACCCAUGUGGUCUCUGCCGCAUACAGGCAGCGUAUCACAAAACAGAUGAAUAAAACAUGACGAUAAGCUCUGAAUCUAAAUAAUGGAAAGGUUACGACAGAAUGGAGUUUUUUUUCUCUGCGUGCAGAAAUAGUAUGAAGAGUGAAUGAAUGUAAAAUUAAGUUCAGCUCUGGCCUUGUUUGGAGAUUAUAUUCAGCAUCGUGUGGUCUUGAUGAGGAUAAAUAAAUGAGUCAUGUCUCAGAGCGCCUCUGCAUGUCUGUGUGAUGAUGAAGCAGUUUGGAUCUGGUCACUGGAUGAGGCUAUUUCAGGGAAAGAGAAGUUUAGUCAAAUAACACAAGUCAUGUUUGUCCCAGACAGCAGCAGUCUAAGGUUACUCAGAAAAGGCCUGUUGGGUCAGAGCACACACAGUUUUCAUUUCAGGAUACAUCAGAUGUCCUCUCCUGCUGCGUCACGUCUUUGAACCAGACAGGAUGAAAAAAAACACGUUAAUCAGCGAGCAGCCGCUGCAAUUUUUACGCCUUAAAAUUCUUCUCUGUUUCAACGCCGAUCGCUGAAUCAGCAAAGUAAAGAAAAAGAAAAUCGAUAAGCGGGAUCAAAUCUCGCCUUGAGCUGUUCUGAUUUGGCAUUAAUCUGUCGAGUCUUCCUCUUUCUUUUAGGCCACUCCUUGUCAGAGGGAUUAAACGGUUAAAUUCGUCUACACUUGUUCUUUAUUUUCCUCCCGGUUUGUCAGAUCGCUGUUUCAGCAUCUGAGGAAGGUCUUAUUACGGCUCCUGAGUGGACGUAAAUCUCCUCCACAGAAGAAGAAAGUAAAUAAUCUCACAUGUUGGAGGGAUUCAGACAGGCUGCUCUGUGUUUUAUGGGGCACUGAGUUUGCUUGCCAAUAGCUCGUAGAGUUUGUCUGCACUGUUUCCCCCCCCCAGAGCUCAGUUGCCAUAGUUACUACCUGUAAUCAGUCAUUUCAGUUAAAGGCAGAUCGUAUUAAUAUCUGCAUGGAAAAGCAUCCAUCUCCCGUGUUUUUCCGUGCUGCUGCUGCUGCUGCUGUGUGAAGGGAAGGCAGCCUUUUAAAACAUCAUUAAAACAUUUUUAUGCAGUCGUCUCGUAUUUUCUGCUCCGGCGCUUUUGGGAGAGAAACCAUCUGGGAAUACCAUUCUUUGCUCAUUGUGUCGGGGUUUACAACCGGGGCACUUAGUCAUGGGCUGAUCCCGGAUUGAGUGAGUGGAUAACUCCUGGUGUGUGUCUUUAAAAUACUGCAGAUCUGAUGAGCGCGGCCCCCGCCCCAGCAGCGCCCGUCCUGUGUCACCACCUGAACGAGUCAAUUUACAGCUGGCAGCCGGGCUGACGGGCCUUUAUUAAGGAGCAAAAAUCCCGAUAACUAGUCUGUGAAUAACCCGCCGAGAGUGAGAGGAAAGAGGGAACUAGAGCGAGGAAGACGGAAAUUCAAAUUCUUUCAUUGUAACCAAAUUGUGACCUGAUACAGGAGCUGCAGAAAAACUAAAAACACGUUCUGUUAGAGCCGCAUUCAGGGUGAGUUUUAGUUCCCCUUAGGCGUGGGCGGAGAGAGAACUAUACUCAAUACCUUAGCUAGAGUUCAUCCAACCAUGCAGCUGAUUGAAGCUCGAUAAUGUCAGUCAUUUUUUUAUUAUUAUGACAGAAGAGAUAACGCUGAAGGAAGUCGUCCAAGUUUGUCAUGUUUAAUCAGUUUCUGUGUCUCUCUGUGAGCCGGUCCACUUGGCCCCGGACUCGUUUUCCAACUUGAUGGACUUGUUGUCGUGGUGUUGCUGUCUGUGCGCAGUUUGACUCAGUUGAAUUUUGUGCUGACUCGUGCAGACUGUUGACAGUCGCUGGCCUGCAGCUCCACUCCUCCUGUCCCGUGUCAGAGCGAUGGAUCAGCUGGCUGAUGUUCUUGGCCGGUACAGUCCUUACAUGAAAUAUUUAGAAGAAGUGCCUCUUCUGACAGCCGGGCCUUCUGACCUCGCUCUCUACCACUUCUUUUAUAAACCGACUAAUAAAAUGUAACUUCUCAACCACUCGGACGACAUUUUCAAAGUCCUUAUUUUAUUCUAACUUGUAUUUCAAAGAGUUGCUUUAUUGAAGAUUCAUACUGGAGAGCAGAACGAGUGCAGCUCUCUUCUUCCUGCAAUAUAUGACCUUUUUUUUUUUAAUGAAUGACCUCAAACUUAAAAAGGAAGUACAUCUUUGCACAAACUGUCUUUAGCUCAAGACUGAAAACAUCCACACUGCUUUUCAAAAACCACAUCUGUCAAUCCUGUUACAAGCCUCUGCACAUGUCAUCCACUGAUAAAUACCCUCCAGGGCUGAAACGGAUGAAACGGAUGAUUAGCUCGAAGAACACACUGAGCAGAAAUAUAGAAUAUGUAGAAAAAUUAGCUGCAUUUCAGCCAAAGAGAGUGAAUUAUCUGGAUGCAGUCGGUUGUAUUUGGUGGUAUGACUCUGUUCUGAGAGUUCCCUGCUCCUCCACAUGAGUACGUGGAACGCUGAAGCUUGUGGUGGGCAGAGCACACCUCCAUGUUGUUUUGUGUGUGUACAUAAAAGACAAGACAGGGAGACAUGAGUCUGGUCCUGUUUAAGGUUUCUGCCUGUUAGAAGGAAGUUUUUCUUUGCCACUGUUACUCAUGUUAGUUGAGAUGGGUCAAAUCUGUCCCAUCUGAACAGGGUUCCUACACAGUUUGAAUUUCCAUACUUUUCUAUACCCUACCUAAUUAUUUUUUGGAAAUACCGACUUUCUAUUCUUGGAAAACAGUACUUUAGAACUGUGGUAACAGUCUGGAAACAUAGAUAUUUUCCAAAUCCAGAUAUUUUCAUAGAUGUUCUCACAUUAUGUCAGUUAAAUACAGCGGCUUUAACAGAAAGCCUGUCUUUACGUUUCCUUAUGUAGGCUGGAAUCGACUCUACAGCCUGCCUGAACUAACUCUACGCUCAUUUUUCAUCGUUCCUUUUAGGAAUAUUUUUGUAAGUACCUACUUUUCUAUUUUUAGAAAACAGUACUUUAGAACUGUGGUAAUAGUCUGGAAACAUAGAUAUUUUCCAUACUCUAUAUCUCAUUUACCAUACUUUUUAAGACCUGGAAAUUGAUCAAACUAUUUCCAAACUCUUCCAUACUUGCGUAGGAAUCAUGUCUUAAGGUUCGGUCUUGGUAAUUCAUCGAACAAUAAGCACGGUCUAGACCUGCUCUUUUUUUUAGAAAGCGUCUUCAGAUAACGACUGUUAUAAUAUAUUUAUAUAUAUAUGUAUAUAUAUAUAUAUAUAAUUUUGAUUGGAAUUUGAUUUGAAUUUGAUGAUACACAUGACGUCUGUAAACUACAGCGGCUUUAACAGAAGGCCCGUUUUGAUAUUUUCUUAUGUAGACUGGAAUCGACUCCACAGCCUGCCUGAACUAACUCUACGCUCGUUUCUCUGCUUUCCUUUCUGGGAUGAUUUGGAUCAGAGUAGCAUCAACAUUUUCUCAUAAAACCUCAGGAGUAAGAAGGAGCUGAUUUCUCUCCAGAACUCACAUUUUCUCUCUUCUACUUUCGACAAACUUGGGCGAGCUCCCGCCCCCUGAAUCCCUCCUCUCCCCUCUCCUCUCCCUCCUGACUCCUCGCUCUGCCUUUGAGGACGCCUCUCACAGCGAGCCGACUUGGUUAGUACUUGAUACAAAAGGGGGUUUGUUUCAUGAGAUGUUUCCCUUUUUAAUGAGUGAUGGUGUUCGCUCAUUUAAUAUUCAGCGCUGAUAUCUCUCCGGGAGCUGACUGCGCUUCAAAGCAGCAGCGUGGUUGUAAAUGGGAGUGGGUGGGUAAAGGGGGAGAGCGAGGAUGGGGGUGGGCUGCUUAGAAAAACACAAACACAGGUUUAUUUAUUCUCUCUCUCUGACAUAUAGCUAAGCUCCCAGUGCUGCAAAGCUCCUUAGUGGCCUCGUCCUGUGCAGACAGCAAAAUAUGACUGAUAACAGGUCAGCUCUGCACCUGCUGUCACAUUUCUGUCAGUGUGCGUCUUUCAUUCACGCUCGCGCCGACCCCCGCUGUGAUCAACUUUACAGAUAAGUGCUCAAUCAAAGGGUUUUUUUUUUCUACGCUCAGGUGCGAGCAUUUCUGAAAAUAUAAAACAGCAAAGUUAUUUUUUCAUUCCACCCGUGCCUCCGCUGACACGAUAGUUUCUCUCUGUUCGUCAUUACGCUCAGAUUGAGGUCAACCUCCAUCAGCGACAGAAAUUCUCCUUCUUUUAUAGAGCGUGUGGUUCAACUCUGCCCAAAAAGAGAUGAAGAUAAACACGGAGAGCGCCUGCAGUUUGGCAUUGAUCCUUCCAUUUUGUUAGUCGGGUCUAUGCCAAAGCAACUAAUGUAGUCGACUAUUGAUUCCACAGUUUCAAGCCUGGCUGAAUUUCCCUCCAAUGUUGCAUUGUUUUCACAGUCAGGUGUGCCAAACAGCCUCCUCUUCCUGUACGCUCUCCAUCUCUCCCUUAACUGCCUUUGCUGUCGGUGGGUUUUGUAUCUAAAUGUGGGUGAAAAAAGGGCGAGUGGGUGGGUGAGUGAUCGACCCGAUCGCCCCACCUCAGAGCAGGGGGGGACAGGAGAGGUUUAUCCCUUUAUCUCCAGCUGUAACAGACAGAGUCUGCGUCAGCACUGCACUUGUUCAAACUAUUGACUUGUAUGCAUAAAAGCAAAGCUGUGGAGUGCAGCUUGGCUCGGCAUCAACUCUAUUUACUCCUCUAAAUGCACUGCACUACAUCAUCAAUACAGAACAGCGCAGUGAACACGCAGAAAACAGGGCCGCUCUGAUCCGGUCGAGUUCUUUUCAUACCUGACAUUUAUGACUGAGACACUCGGCAAAGAGACCCUUCAAUGACUCCGGUCUGCAUCGAGUAGAGCUGCAGAACACCUCUGUACCUGCUGUGUGUGUGUGUGUGAGAGUCCUCUGGUUCAUCUUCUUACAUGUCAGGCUGAAAAUACAAUGACUCAUAUACAUUUAAUUCCUCUGAAAGGCGUAAAUUUAGGUCAUGGUCAAACACACCGUGUCUAGAAGUACCGCAUCUGCAGUGCAAAAUGGUUAUUAUUGUAAAAGCUAAAUAUGUUGCUAUUAUACAUACUAUGAGUUGCAGUUCACUUUGUGUGCCUUGGGUGUCGCUGUCUUGUUAUCUCGGGGCUCAGGGGUAAAGGUAGUCAUGUCACUGUUGUGGGCAGGUGUUUGACCCCGAAGGGCAGAAGGUUUUUGACCGUCAUGGUGUUUUCCUUGUUUGUUUAGUGUUGGAUUUCAAUUGCAAAAUGGAUUUGGUUGUUCAUCGCAAUAAAUUUUUUGUUUUCUGAACAAAAACUCUCACUGAUCGUCACAACUCACAGUAAAACUCAGUAGCGCGGCGCAUCGACCAGGUUACUCCAGGUCCAGCAUCUCAGUAGCUUAAAGUACCGACUUAGCUUCAACAAUUACUUCAUGGAAAUGAUCCGCUGCACUCAGUGUGUUUGACCGUAACUUUAAUUUACGCCGGAAUAUCCCUUUAAUACACGUUCAGGUCUCAGACGUUCAAGAGUUCAAAAUUUAACGUUUAAAUUGAACUUUACAUGGAAAAAUAAACGAAUUGUGGACUGUGCUUAUUGUCCUUACAGGCCGACAUUGCUAGUGUGAAUGCAAAAACUGCAGUUCCUGGACUGGCCACUAGAGGCACGUAUCUAAUAAACACAUUUACAGCCUGAUUGGACUCGAUCACUGAGAAAUUCAGUCUGCAUUUUUUAAAACUCUUGUUGCGUCGUUUGUAGCUAAACCUCGGCCAGACGAUGAUGAAGCGUACUGAUAUUUUCUGAAAUCUAUUUAAUGAUUAUGUUCAAGCCUUGAUAUCAUAUUUGAACAUAACUUUAUUCUAAUAGACUCUUCAGCAACACUGUAUAAUUAAAAUAUAUAACAAUGAAACACUAACGACUGCAGCCAUUUGCUUGCACGCGACAGCUAAUCAUGAGAAGCUAGCAAGACAGAAACUUAUUUGAGAGAUCGUUUCAAAAGUGCCUCUAACUUAAUAUUUCCAUAAAAAUGUUUAGAAACUGCGUAUGAAAGUUGUGACCAUGUUGCGUUUUUUAGGUACCCAGUUUGUGAUAUUUUUUAUGUUGGAUGGUAGGGGAAAGUCCCGCCUCCUUCGCCUCUGAUUGGCAAGUAAAGCUGGUAAUCUCAUCAAAUGCUCGAGCCAAACGCCGGCUGUCGGCUCUGUACACCAAACAGAACAUUACAGAACAUUAUCGCACUUCUGAAUCUCCGAACCCUAACACGACAGACAAUGACGUUUCAUAGCCAUAAGGAAUAACUAAUCAGAGCCCAGCACUUCUAGCCAAUCAGAGAUGAAGGAGGGCGGGACCUUCCUCUACUUCAAAAUAAAAGCAUGAAAUCUAAACACAGCUUACAGACAGUGAUCCUUUUCAAUAAUAAGAGUCAUCUACAUUGUUGGUUCAUGGACAUGUUUGUAAACACGUCUCUGGGUUUCAGAAGGCCUCAGGUCAUCCAUGACCUCCAUGACUCUGAAGUUUCCUCUUUCUUCCUCUUUACAGUAUUUCCCCUGAAGGUAAUCAUUCCUUUAUGCAGAACAGUCGCAUUAAAAGCCCCUUCCCCUCCUCUCCUCGCCUCCUCCAGCUGAGUUACUUUGCCAGAGGUUUCCACAUGGGAGCCUCCGCUCUGGCACUCGCACAUGUAGCUUGGCUUGGUAUAUGCGGGUGGAAUUAACCAGUCAAGAAUCUGGAGAGCGCUCCGAUAGCAGGGGGAGGAACCACACGGGGCCAUUUUGUAGUUCACAGUGAUUGUCAGAUGAGCCAUGAAGAUGCGAAAUGUCACGCCGGGCCAGGGAACAGCAGGUUGGGAGGGUCAAGGGUUUCCUCCUCCCACGCCCACGAGUGGAGAGUAUGAGUUUUCAUAUUUAUACCACGAUAAGUUAUGCAGAUAGAAGUGGCCGCAAGAACACCCACUCUCUGACCCGGCUCCCACAUAACUGGGAGAGAGUGAGCGGAGAGUUUUCCUCUGUUUCUGCUUUUACCUGCAGCAUACGUUUCUGUUCACAAGCUUUGAGAAGGUCUAUUUUGGCAGGAGAUCCCGGCGCUGUGUACUUUCUUUGUCAGCAUUAUGAAACUGAAAAUAGCAGCUUAAGAGGAACAAAUGUUGGAAUGGGAAACUUGAUACAGAGGCUGUUUAAUACCGCAGCGAAAAAACGCUGAAAUACUUUCCCUCUUACGGGCCUGCAGACUCCAACCCUCCACCAUGCCAAGUCUCAAAUUGUUCUGCAGAAUGAGUCUGAGGAUUGUGCCCUCCUCCUCCUCCUCCUCCUUCUUCUUCUUCUUCUUCUCGGAGAAGAAGUCGAAGGAAAAUAAAGACCUUAAUGUAAAGAGGAAAAGGGGAAAUGGAGAUUUACAUGCACACCCUGCAGGGGGGAGGGGGGUCCUGCUGUUCCUGAGCGGGGCUGCGGUCCAAGGGUGACUCGAGUUCGUCUUGAAAUGGUGUUCUUGGCGGAGGUUCUGUUCAGGCCUGUUGGGACUGAAAAGACUUGAGCAAAUAAAAGUUCAUUUAAUUUUUUCCAGCUCAUUAGUUCUUUUUCUCUGUCUGUGUGGGGGAGCCAGCAGACCCCCCUCUCUUCUGAGACUACCUCAUAGUCUCCAUUAAAGUUAUCUUCAAACCGACGCGUUGCCUCUUGUUUCAUGCCUCAGCCAAUGAAAUUAAAUUAGCGUCUCUGUAGCGAGCUAAAGAUCAUAUUGUCAGCUGUAUUAGUGUAAUUAGAGCUUUUUUGAAGAAGACUCAUUUAGAGGCUCAAUCUGAUUUCUGUGACGAGUGGGUCCUCGUCAAGAUGAGGCACGAGUCCCAUCAGGAGAUGAAAGUGGGCGGACUUUCCCCGCGUUUCUAAAAGGCGUGUUUCAACUUUAGUAGAAAAAAAAGAAAAGAAAAGAAAAAAUACGUCAUUUCUUGUGGCGCUCGGCUCUGGUGGAGUAAUCUGAGGGUGAUUGGUGUGUAGUUAAGGUGGGAUUUAAAGGGUUAAUCCCAUCGGUCGUGUGUUGGAUUUUCUCGUGUAAUUCUUCAGGAAGUUUUUCUGACUUCUCACCAAAGAGGAGGAGGAGGAGGAGGAGGGGUUGUUUCCACGCCACCCUUCCUCGCCCCCUUUCUGUGACCGCCUUUGUGACCGGUGCGGGGUGGGUAUUUGUCUUUGGUGGAAAGACCGGGGAAGCUGUGCACCGAGGCGUGAACACACACGCGUGUGUGCGCCGCCGCACAGCGCGCAAGUGCAUACGUCCGUGUGCAGGCCCGAGGCAGAGGCAGAUCCCGCUCCCCCCCACCCCUGAUCCUGACCCACUUUCCUUUCCCCGCUUGUCGCUCCCUCUUUAAUUGCCGCGCGGCACACUGAGGCCAUCUGCUCGACUGAGGCCCGUCGCCAUGGAGAUGCUGGGAGGCUUUUCGGAUUUGCUGCGGACUGACCAACAGGGAAAUAGAGGUCAGGGAAUGGGGGCAGGGUGCUGGGCAGUCACAGGGGCGCCACGACUGUGGGAGGAGAAAGUAGUUUGUCUGAAGUUCACCUGCGGGAAACACCUGGAGCAGACGCAGCUGAAGAGACGAGUUUUUGUAGUGGCGUGAAUUUAACGCUAAAACAGAAAUAUUAUUCCUAACUGAACAUAUGUUUCCUAAACUUUCUCCGGUCUUCUGUGUUUCCUCGCACAGAUGUGUCUCUCGCCACGUCUCGUCCGCCUCUCUCUCUUUAUCCUCAUGAGUGUCUUUGUAUUUUCUGCAGCUCCUGCUUCUUUCCUUUCCAAUGACACGCUUCACUGAGGAAGCAGUUGUGUCGUGUUUCCAAUUAACGCUCAGGCGUAUUUCAGAGCCGCGGUCUGCACGGAUAGGUCGCCGCUCGCUCCCUCCGUCUGUCAGCCGCCCUCGCAUCAAGCCUGCCCCGCGUGUGGUUUUAAAACGUUUAAAUGUUCAGCGGGAUCAUUUCGCCAAAAAGCUAAAUGUUUCGUUUUACUCCGAGAGGAUCUUUCACUUAAACGCCACUAAUGGAGUCGAGGUAUCGACCUUUGGCACGUGCGCAGAGCUAAGCUUUCAGGAGACGCUCCUUAUAUUUACCCCGCAUUUAAAGGUCAAUUUUGGUAGCUGUCAUUUCUGAAGUGCCAUUUAUAGGUCAAUAGCUCAUUAGUAAUCUGCAGGAGUUUGUAUGAAACACAGCAGCGGCGGCGGCGGCGGCGGUCUCGUCUUUGUCAAUGAGCUCUUCUGUUGCACUGAUGCAGAACCUGACUCCUCUAACGCCGCUGAACUGAAGAUCCAGGAGAAGUUAUUACAGGUGCAACAAUUCAAUCACUUCAUCAAUACAUUGAUUUUAAUCCCCCAAAUCCACCGGCGCCAACGUGACACUCCAGUACGGUGUUUAUUGAUUUCAUAAUUGCCUUACAAAGCAAAACAUCAAUCCUAUCAAUACUGAGGAACGGCGCUGUAGAGACUUCAUGACAGAUGUUGGUUAUGUUGAUGUAUUUGCUGCUUCUUUAAUGGAAACUCUACAUCCAGGUCAUCGACCAAUCCUGGGACUUUCUGGGCAAGAAGAGAGACGAGAUGGUCUUAAAGAUGUGGAGAUGAUCGAGUCAGAUCGGUCUUAUCAAAGACUCAGGAUUCUCGUAGUUUUGGUGAAAUAAUCGAACAUCCGUCAUCAUCAAAAUAAUCUUACUGUAGCAUGAAAGUCACAUUUAGUCACUCAGACACUCACGAUUUUGUAACUACAGUUUUGUGUUUUCAUUCGCCGCCCCGCCCCACAUCAGCAGCUCCAACUCAGCUGUGUUACACUAAUGUGUCCCCUUUAAACAAACGACAGCUGGGAACUAAUGAGCCAAAUCAUGAGACUCUGAGGCCGCCUACUUUUUUAAAACACUGUUCAUAAUAACUGACAAGGAAAUAAAGAGUAAUCCAACUUCAUUUAGUGAAAUCUAUUUUAGACCCAAAAAUCAACUUGUCCUCACACGAGGAUUCGACUCGAGGAUUUAUCUCUGUCCUCUUCAGCGGCGCUCAUUUUUCUUGACUGACUUCCUGACUGAGCUUGAUUGACAGCCAAUCAUGCUUGUUGUUUGGAGACAAACGUCGCUCAAACUGGGAUUGGAUAGAAACAUCAUGUGGUAAAAAGAUACCGUUAGGGUUUAAAACAGAAAAAAAACAGAAAAAUAAAGACAGUCCUUUUGCACCAUCAAACAUUCAUGAAACUUUCAAAUUAUCGUAUAUUUAGCCUUUUUUCUGGGUUAUUGAUCGUACAUCGUACAAAUUAUCGUACAAAUACGAUAAUUAUCAUAUACAUGGCAACCCUGAGUCAGAUCGAAAGGCAAAUGCUCGACAAAUCCGUAUCUGUUUGCAGAAAUGAUGUUAACCUCACGAUCAGUCUUUCUGCUCGCCUAUCUAGGUGACCCGUUUCUAUCAUUUAACGUCACGCAGGAACACCAGAAUUCAACGUGACAUCUAUUGGCCAUAUUGUUUCCAUGAAAAUAUCCAACAUUUCAAACCGCCACCCCUUUUUUAAAACACUGUAAACACACAUUUAGAUGAAAAAGUGAAGACAGAUAUGAAGUUGUUUAAUAUCCUUUCGUUUGUCUUUGUGUCGUAAAUCAAACUCGCUCCUCCGCCGUCUUGACAUAAUCUUUUGUUGUCGUUGAAGGAGUGACUGACGCUCAACAGGAACUCAAACGAGCUUCAGUUUAUAAUUAAAUUAUCAACCACCAACAUUAAAGUUCUGCUUAUUUUGAAGAUAACAAAUUACAGGAGGUUUGUUUUGCACUGGUUGGUUAAUCUUCAGAUCAAUAGUCGGGUUGUUUCUGCUCCACCUCUACCAAGCGGGUCAGUGCGGUGUCAUUGAGAACCGUAGAUGUUUACAGUGGAUGUAAACGGACCUCUGAUCUUUAUUCGCAGUGACAGAUGAAACCGUAGAGGAGAGCCUCCGCCUCUGUGUGUGAAUCCUGCGUGUUUUGGUUACACCGUAUUGCCGUGAGAUUACUGAACAAGAGUCAGACCUCCUACGACGGCUGUCAGAGUCCUCCGCCUUUGAUGGCGUCACUAUCUGCAUAGAACGGCUUAUUCUGCUCCUCCAUCACCGGCGCGGUGACAGGGUAACACGGGAGGCUGUGACAGCAGAAAAGGUAGCUCUGUCAGUUUCGACUCCAGCGAGCGCUUGAUCUCUGAGCUGCCCAAAUGUACAGUCUGAGCCAGAGUUAACAAGACAAUGUACCCUCCGCCUGUAAUUGGACCGAGCCUCAGUUUCAGAGCGGCGAGAAAAGACAGAGAGAGCCCGUCUGUCAGCGCGCUCUCCACUCAAGGUCAGGGUGUCGAGCUCUGGGUGUGCUGUAUUUGCUACCGUGCCCUUCGUCCUAUCACAGCUUAUCCAGCUGCUGCUGUGCAGAGGUGGGGUGUGUACCGCCGCGCUCCGUGGGCAGCUCACUAGAUUAUGUGCGAGGAGAGAUUAAUCAAAUCCUGUGAAGUAACGCCGCCGAAGAGUGACCAAGAACAUUUCUGCGAGCGUGUUUUGUUUGUCCUUGCUGUCAUUGCCAAAGGAACGGUACAUUUAUAUCAGCGCGUGAAGUGGCGCAAUAAUGAGACAUAAACAUCCUUUCUAGAGGAUUAUGUCACGGUGGAGCGCUGCGCAUGGAUCCAGUUAGCUCAAGUGAUUUUCGUCGUCCUUGUUGUGCCAAACUCCUGAUUGCAGUUUGAACGGAGGCCACGCUAAAGGAGGACUCUAAUUACCUCUGCUCGAGAGCACGUGCUGACUGUGCACUGGUGCCUUUUUGAUUGGCUUAACGAGAGACGUCUGCCUCCUCUCUCCUUAUGUGAACUGAGCUUUAUCACUACUUUCAGCACCCAGAGACACGGCCGACUCUCUCCUGUGCGGCUGUUUAUGCUCAGAGGCUCUUUGUCUCUCUACGGACGGACGGAAAAGGUUACUCUCUGUUCAGCUGAAUGCGGUCCGCUCCACCACUCAGCGGCAGAACAUACAUUUAUUUAUUUAUUUACUUACCCCCUCUGAUGCCAUUUUGGUCCGCACAAUCCCUGGAGAGGAAAAUGCAUUAAGCCACUCGCUGUAUUUACAGGCGUCGGAUUGAUGCUGAUGUGUGAGGGCAGGCCGCAGGCCGCAGGACGGAGGACGGAGGAUGGAGGAUGGGAAAUUGAUCAUUGGUGAACGAGCGUUGGGGGAAUCUUGAUAUCCACGACUGCUUGGAGAACCCGUCGAGCUGAAACGUGAACAAACAGCUUCUUAUCACAAAGAUUAAGACGCCGCUGCCGCCGCUGUUUGUUUUGACGUGUUUUGAGUCGACUGUACGCCGUAAUUGACUCAUCCUGCUUCUCUGUUUCCUUUAGGUUGUUCCAAACGCUGUGAGCGGUGAAGCUGAUGUUUUCUCUCUCUUGUAUUAAAGGCAAUGACACGCUCAUGCAGUGUGAAAUAAAGUUACACUCCAUAAUAAAGUGUAUAUUUGUACAAUUAGGGAAACCGGAGAGAGUUUGUUUCUCUCUAAUUUGUCCCCUGAAAAGGUUCAAAAGUGCGCCCCCUUGAGAGCAAGAGUCACGAUGAACCCCCAACAGUGAGUCCGCGGUUUAAAGUUGAAUUUCUGAUUUCGCCGUGUUCUGAGCGAGGCGCUCCUCCUGUGAGUUUCAUCUGAUCUUCUCCAAAGUUGGUCCAUAAAUCAAAGACACCUCGAUGAUUAAAACUUUGUAAAAGUUAGAGUUUUCAUCAAAGGGUUUGGUCUGAGCGCUGGAUCAAAGAUUGACGAUUUUUUUUUUUUUUUUUUGCCAAUUUGUAGCUCUUAAAACACACACAUGUCGAGUGUUUGAUCCUGGAUAACAAGAGUUUCUUUACAUGUAUGAUUCAGUCUCAGAUGGAAAAAGGUUUCAAAUCUAUUUACAGAACAAACAGACGCAGACAAAACAUUCAACAGCCUCUGUUUACUCGCUCUAUUUUUGUACAGGUUUGGCAGCUUGAGGACUUAACAUGUAUGUUUGUUUUGUCGUCACUGUGCGGCUCGUUGUUAAACACUCCGUAUGCAUGUAACUUCCUGGUCAUGCACAAAGGCGCAAGAUCGCAGAGUUCGGGCUACACGAUUUCAGCCAAAAAUAGAAUCCAGAUUUUUUUUUCUCUGAAACAUUGAUUUUCAAUUUCCAUUUUUUAUUCAGUGACAUCUUCACCAAACUUAAAUGAUAAGAGUGCAAAUGCCAAGCCAGUAAAUGGCGCUGUAACCAGACACGUCGGACACGCUCAGGCGCCAUAAAAGAGUUACUCUGUGUGUCACAUGAUCGUUUCCAGAGAUGCAGAUAGACAUCCACACGGAGAUGAAAUGGUCGUCAUUUACAGAUUUAUUCACUCUCUGACCGGUUUUCAAAAAGUACCGUUUACAGUCACCUGAAACGCCGAUAUGACAAAAAACUUUAGCGUUUCCUCCUGAAUUUGUUUCCGUGGUGACGGGUUGAUACCGCCUCCAGACAGACUUUGCAGCUGGGAGUGGUUAGCUCUUUGUCCAAAACUGUAAAGUCGUACCAAUUCAACACGACUGACUUUGAAAUUAUCGCCUUCUUUUGCAAACGCCAUGUUUGUUUACACUGGUGUGUGGGAACUGGGGAGCGCUCUUGCAGGAAGGGGGAGUCUACGGUGGCCUAAAGGUGCAAGACAUAAUAGGGAGGAAAACCAAUUAGACUAAUGUGGCCAUAUUCGGAAUCCCCAAAAAGAUACGACUACGCGGGGGUGGAGUCCUGGAUUUGUGCGUAGUUAAUUUUGAGGUUUUCGGGUAGGGUCGGGUGUUUCUUACACACUCUCGAAACUUCCAUACAAACCCGAGACAUAUGAAGGAUUUAAUGAACUUCCCGAACAGACAAGAGCGGACAGUCCCCAAAAAAGAGGACAUGUCUGUGUAAAAGGAGGUAACAUCGUCAUAAUCAAGUAAUCUGAUUACGAUUUAAAAUCAAUUAACUGUACAGCCCUAAUCAGAGUCUUAAAUUUCCUCUCAGAGUCUCUGGUUUUGUUGACUCCAAAACAAAACCCAACCCGUUUAAUCCGACAGCGUCUGCACAAGUCCUGCAAACACCCUUUAAUGUGGCAGCAGUAGCGUUUGCCCACAUAAAGGCCGUCAUCUUCCUUAAUUAUCCUGCAGAACAUCAACUCCAAAUCAACAAACAUUGCCCUUUAUCUGGAAAUCACUGUCAGUCUUUGCUCUUUUGCCAAGCAUAAACACAGAAAAUGUCAAAUGUCUUGAUAUGUUUCCGAAAUAACCAGCAGCACAAUGAGACGUCUUCAAUCUCCACACGAUCAAAAUAAACAGCUCUCACAGCGGGAGGAAGUGGUUAAAAACAGCCGCCCAGCCGGGAAGAUGUCUGCAGAUGGGCGGUUCGAGGACUGAAAGGGAAACGGCGCUCGGCGAAGUGAUGGAUGAAUUAGCAGUUGGUACGGCGGAGCUCAGAAUCCUCGGUGGUUUUUAUGAUAGUGUUAGAGUAUCAGCCCUUUUGUGGAUGCGGAUGACAAUCAUGCAUUUGGGAGGUAAUCCCUGGAGCAAAGGUCUGGUUUAUUUAACAACAUCACAAAGAGCGUCUCCAAAACUAAGCGCAGCUAAGAGUCUGUAUUCAGCAAAUACAGUCUGAAUAAUGAAUGCUCUCCUUUUAAAAUCGUCUGCCAGAUAAACAAAAGCCAGGAAUGAAAGACGGCUUAUCUCCGUGCCUUUGAGGUUUGCCUUCCCACACACCUUGAACACAGUUUUCAUCUGACAAAUCAUUAUUUUUUUCUCUUUCAAAAAAGGAUCCAAUGAAAACUACCAUUAAAGGCUGUGUUAUAGUUUGAAUUAAAGCCAUUUCAAGGAUGGGUAGCGCGAUCCCCCAGGCAUGAAUAAGCUCUUUGUGCGGCGCAUGUAGACUCAUUUGUUUAGCUGGUUGGGGGGUUAGACAGUACAGAUUUUCUCGUGGUGUUGGAGAAAGUGGUGUUUAUGAAUAAGGAGAGGAUUACAGGUAUUACUGUUUCAUGACAGUGCGAGUUUAUACCGAUCCACAUAAUUGUAGAUUAUUUCUCAAUCUCUUCGGGAGCGUCGACGCGGCUCCCACAGGUUUGAUCCUGAAUGUCUCUACGUUUCACAUUCUCCCAGUCAUUAAUGUAAAUCGGAUUUUGUUCUCCCGCUUAAACAAAAGUUUAAUUAAAAAUUAAAAAGCCACACGCUGACUCAGGGAACAUAUUUUGUUGCAGAAUCUUAAAAGUAAGAAACAUCAUCCUGAUUCUUUCAGUCAGGUCUCUUCCACUUCCACUCCUCGUGUGUUCACCGGAUUAAUGAAAUUUACCUAAUGAAUAUUCUGAUCCGGUUCUGUCUCUCAGAAUAUUCACUGGCAUGACUUGAACCUUCGAUUUAUGAUUAAUAUUUAUAGAGGAGCGUCAGCUGCUGUCAGCCUCGUAUGAAUCAACACGGCUUCAAAACUCCGGAGCACGCUGAUGCGCGAUAAAUCAAAGAAAUCUCGCCGUGAUGAAUAAGAACGGACGCAUUUAGGAAUCUGUAACAUUCCUCUGUGAUCUGUUAACCACAUAUCUAAGCCCCGCCCCUUUCUGUUGUACGUUAUCAGUGAAUAUUAGAGAGAGAGAGAGAGUGAGAGAGAGAGCUCAGGCAGCAUCCUCGCACAAUAAAGCGUGCAGGCCCACACCCCACACCCACACACACACUAAUACAACAGUGAGCCACUGCUCUACUAUGCAACCCUCCAGAGUGUGCUUGCAUGUGUGGAAGUAUUUUUAUCCACACACACACACACACACACACACACACACGCCCGUGCAGAGUGGUUUCCAACGCGAUGUGUCAGGACAGCAUCAUGUCAGGGACUCAGUCAGAUGGUCCUUAACGCUUCGCCCAGAGCUCUGCAGAAGGGAUGUGUUUGUACCGAGCUCCGGAGGGGGGUCACGUGCUGACCUCAUUGUGUGCACGAGUAAGUGCAUUCUGCAGCAUCAGUGUGCAGCUCCUCGCCAUGUUCAUGUUCAGAGAGAGAGAGAGAGAAACUCCAUCAGCGUAUGAGACGAUUUGUUAACGGACCUCUUCUCUAGAAACGUCUUAUUUUUAUCCCGACACGCUUUAUUACUCUUCGCCUCAUCACGCCGCCGCCUGUCCCUCACACAGAGCAGAGCAGAGAGCGACGGCGGUAUGGAAAAACACUUGGCGAUGAGAAAAAAAGCACGCUGCUCCUCGGUAAACACUGAGGUUAAUGUCUUAUUUACAAGCUGCAGCCCCUCAGGCGGACAUGUUGGCACAAGUGUCUCGCUGUCUUUCUCAUUCAGGACAGACAGAUCCAUCUUCCGCCGACGUCUUCUCGGCGUCUUAGCCUUCAGAAUUCCCAUAACCCCCUUUUUCCUGGACCUUCAAAGAUCGCAGCUGGCCCCGCUUCCUUCAUCGGUACAUUAACUCGCGCCCGAGCCCGAGCCCGAGCGGCUUCACUGGAGCAGAUGCAGCCAGAAGAAAACAAAGCUGGCAGGCCAGGGGGUUAAUCACACUCAUCGAGAGGUCUGCGGCGCCGUUGCCAGGUGUGUCACACUCAAAGUACACUCAGCUUCCUUUGGUUGCUGCACUUUGACCUCUGCCUUUCACACCGAGUGCAGAAUGCGUUAGCGAGCACAUAAAAAGGGGGACCGUUCAGGACCCUUAUCAGGAUGGAUUCAGUUACAGCCGAUACGUUAAGUUUAUAAGCGAGGCGUGCAGGAAGGACAGGAAAGGAGGAUAGAGGAGACUAAAAGUUCAAAAGGUUUUUGUUUUCCAGAAAUUUAGUCACAAAACACGGCGAGGAUUUUCCCUUUGAAUCCUGCACGCCAUCCCUGAUGUCAGAAACGAACCGUGCGUCGUUGAUAUUUUUUAAUUUCUGAUCAGUUCCUGUUUCAACUCUCUGAUAUUUGAUUUAACAUCACGUCCCAGCAUGUGUCCGCUCUUUUUCCCGGUAAUCUGUUACACCGUACGUGCAGCCUGCCUACACGCAUAUUUGUCAGAACAACAUGUCCUCCCCUCCCUCCCUCCCUUUGCUGGAUUGUGACAUUUGUAUUGUUACUCAGAUGGUAUUGCUUGUGACAGAUUGUGUUUGAAUAAUGCCAGAACUGUGCAUCAAUAUGCCCGUGAGAUUUCCCUCUAUGCCGCUCCUCGCCAGCUUCCUGACGUUGUUUGCAUUUUUAACCAGCGGGGAGUAGAACUUGUUUCUUUAAAAAGAAAUCACGAAGAAGCGGCGCUGGCAUCUUCCGCUCAUUAGAGGACGAGUUUGAUACCUCCUCAAGAACAUCAAGGUUGUCUCUUGGCUUUGUAUCAUCACAAAAAACACACAAUGUGGAAAUAUUCCUGUUAGUGUUGGCGUGGUUAAAUUCCUGAUAAGUCUCCUACAUGCUUCUUGUUUGUGCGGUAAAAUGCCACUUCCCUCUUUUGAAGGCGUCUCUGCAGAGAAGACACAGCUGCCUGCUUAGAUAGCUAAUGGCUGUGUUUUGUGCUGCAGAGCUGUGAGCCCAGUGUGGUGUGAUGGCAUUUGUUCUGUCUGCCAGAGGCUCGCCCUGUCAUUGUGGAUCAGGCCGGCUAGUGGCCGUGACUCACGCGUGAACCCUGUGGGUGCUGCAGCUCACCGAGGAGACGCAGGAGUUUAACGUCCAGCGCUGGGAAUCACAUAUGUGGAAGGGCGAGGUCAGGGGACGAGGAGGAAGAAGAGGAAGAGGAAGAGGGUGUUAGUUAUGAAAAAAAAAAAAUCAUCAUUUGCUGUAGUUUCCUCCUCAGUUCGGUGGCACCUGCUAGGGCUGGGCGAUACGGCCUCAAAUCAGGACCAAAAUCGUCAAAGAGAAUAAAUUAUCUGAUUACAGUCGGCUGUAUUUGGUGAUAUGGCUCUGCCCUGAGAGCUCCCUGCUCUUCCACAUGUGUAUGUCGAAUGUAGGGCUGGGCGAUACAUCCUUAAAUCAAUAUCACGAUAUAUUGAUCAGUUCACCUCGAUAACGAUAAAUGGACGGUAACUACUCCACAAGCUGCUCACCUUCUCCCACAUUAACUUUGUUACGGACAGGAUGGGGUGGAGUCACGUUUCUGACGUAGGACAGCGUCUUAAAGGGACAUGAGACUAUAGCCUACCUACACACUUCCGAAACCAACUUUGAUUUGUUUAUUUAUUUAUGUUUUACAUCAAAUAUACCGUUGUGGGCAAAGUGACGUAGGUUAUUGUUGUAAAUUUCAGUAUUGGUAAAUUUUCGGUUUAUCGCCAAGCCCUAGAUUAUAAUAAAAGGUUACAGAAUUCAGAGUUUGUGCCUAAAUUGUCAAUGUUUUAAAUCCUGUCCUAGUAUGAUAAGACCGCCUUAUUUUGAGGGGACAUCAGCUGAUCAUCGUGUAAAUAAUGUCUCUUUAACCUCUGGAAAUAAACAGUGAGGUGCUGAGGGCGGCCCUAGAAACGAAGUGGGGUGAUAUUCGAGGUUGAUACAAAAGCAGGAGGACCAACUUUUAUCUAUUUAUCUUUUUGACACUGAAUAUACUAAUAUGGGCAAAAUGACGUCGGUUAUUGUCGUAAAUUUCUUUAUCUGUAAAUUUACGUUUUAUCGCCCAGCCCUAGUACCUGCUUCCUUUGAUUUCUCUUGAUUUACUCGAUCUGUUCAGACACGGGCCUCUCCUUUUCUUCAUCUGCUUAGUCACUCUGCAGCUCAUCUCCCUCUUCUCUCUGUUUGUAUCCACAAAUUACUGUUUUUCUGCUGCUGCAAACUUUAACCUCAACACUUUGUACGCUUGUAGAAGAUUUUCCCAUGAGAGAGAGAGAGAGAGAGGGAGGGAGAGGGAGGCAGCCUUUGGAAGAGGAAAUAUCAAAGCUUUCAUCACCCGGGCUGGUUUGCUUUUUUUGUAUUUUGUGACCUAAUGAUAAAGAACAGCAAAACAAAUAUUUACAUGAAUAAAAAGUCACAGGUAAUUACUCUUCAACCCGCUCCUUUGCUUGCGUUUCUGCUCCAUCUCCGUCUCAUAUCCAUCAGACAGAGCGCCCCCCUUCUCUGUGGCCGUUGUAUAACAUCGUCUAUCACCCCUCGGCCUUUGUUCAGCAUCCUGUCUGGUACGGGGGGCGGGCAGCCAGAGAGAGGGUGGCAUUCUGUUUGACGUGCCGAUGCACAUGUUAAAUGACAGUGACACAAAGAGGAGGCCCACCAUGCAGGUCCUGACAGGGCUGUUUUCCAUAGAGCCCAGGCUUGACUUGACUUAAAGGCCCAGCCCAAAAUCAGAUUACAGCCCGGCUCCUGACACCUCUCUGGCUCACUUUUCAUGUUUGUAAUUUCCCUCGAUAGGAAACACUUUUCUCCUGAGAUGAUCUGACUGCUGGUUGACAGAUUUCAAAUGGUCUUUGAAGCUCUCAGGGGGGGGUUUCUUUGCCUUUGGCGAGCUUCAGAUGUACUUUUGUUGACACUUAAAAACUACUAAAGUUCCCUUUUAGUUUGAAAGGAUUAAACUUUUCGGUUUGUUUUUAAUAAAAACACUAAUUUGACUCGUUUUUCCUUACAUGUAACUCCAACUGUUUGUCCUCCUCGUGUGUCCUGAAGCCAGAAACUGAACUAUUGUCACUACUCUCAUUGUACUCUCUCUGGAGAAGAGCGCUCGCUGAAUGCCUGAAGAGUAAAUGUAAUGAUAAUAUUCAUCUUGGCAUUCCUCUUUGCGUGUAUCAAUUUCCUUAGAUGCCUCGGAGCAGAACUGCUGCACAGGACUCUUUUGUAAAGCGCUGAAUAUAAUUUACAUUCGAACCUGCAGUCACGUAUUGAUACACAGACGUGACAUCUCGCUGUUGUCGGAUUACACCGUCCUACCUUAUGCAAUCUUGUCUUUCUUGCUCGGCGUGUCUGCUGGUUACAGUUUCACCUUUUAAAGGUGUUAUUUUGUUGUUCUGUACACUUUGGUCUCCGCUGCUGCUCCUAGAGCCGGACGAUAAAUCGGAUUUUAAUCGUGAUUUUGAUUUUGGCUUCUCGUGAUCAUAAAAACAUUACAGUCGAAGAAAAACCAUCAAGUGUGUGACAUGUCUGGAUCAAUAAUAUGAGGAGCAAACGAUAAGCAGGCCAAACCUGUAGGUGGCAGUGAAGUGAGAAGCUCAAGCCCACGUUAGCCAAUCAGAAUCCCGCAUAGCAGCAACAACAACAACGUCACUGCCUACUUUUGGAAAAGAUGCAAAUGCAAACAAAUACAAAGAGAUUGCACAAGCAUAAAUGCGACUGCUAUUCUGCAUGCAUCCGUAAUCACCAGAGAUUGUAAAAGUAAACUGUAGAUUGUAAACAACGUUGCAUUUAACCCAGUUUCCGGCGCACAAUCUGCUGUCGGCUACCCAAAUAUCUGUUUACUUUCGUUUACAUGCAAACGGAAUUUUUUCUAAAUCUCCACUCUCGAGUUUUUAAAGACCAUCGUUCUCAGGAGCAAAUUCUCUGUUUGCAUGUAAACGAAGGGUGUAAACGAUGGUUAAAGUCUCCAUUUUAAAAAAUAACGUAUAAAUGGGGCCUGAGAAAAAAGCAGGGACAGCCUCAGUUAUCUGGAAACAUUUUGGCUUCAGUUUGACGGACAUUGAGCAAAAGGAAAUUGUUUGCAAAGUUCGUCACACUGUCAUUUCGGCUCCCGAUGACAACACGACUUCAGGGUUUCCCCUAUGUGUUGUUGAUCGCCAUGGCUAAAAAAAAGCCACCAAACCUUAAAUAUUAGUUUAUUUAUCUAUUUAUGUGGCUCUAACUCGGACUUGUAUGUAUCGGAAUAAUGUGCGUGCACAUUGGAGCUGAGUAUUAGCAUUAGCGAGUUAUCGUCGGCAAUCUCAGAGCUGAUUAAUUUUAAUUUUUUUACUUGUUACUAAUUUAUUUCUGGCUGUUUUUUAAGUUAUUUUUAAAGUUAAGUUUUGGUGGUUCAAUAAAUACUCGAAGUUUGAAAUCAAUGAUUAAUCCUGUUUAUUCAUUUUUUAUCAAAAUAAUCAUGAUUAUUAUUUUUGCCGUAAUCCUCCAGCCCGAGCUGCUCCCACAGACUCUGCCUCCCACACGUCCGAACAUCUGAACACAUUUUGAUGAUCAAAAGUCCUUUUGGGCAGAUCCAUCACAAUGUGUUGGAAAUGAUGUCCGGCCUCAAAAAGAGAAGAAUUACAUUAAUGGUCUCAUUUCAAAGCUCUCUCUCUCUGUGAAUCUUUGAAGUGCGGUCAGUCUGAUUGUGGAGGAUCCAUUAGCAGGAAGGAAAGCUCGCCCUGAUUUGCCUCCAGUAAAAUAAAUGAAAUAUAAAUGGGGGGUAUUUAUAGAUCUGAGGAGGCUCGCUGAGGAUGUUCAGAUAAACCAGAUCAAAGCUGAGGCUGUGCCGUUACUCACGCACAGGUGACUGAUUCUCACCCGGGAACAGACAGGUUAGAGCGUGUGCGGCGCUAAUCAUCAUCAUCAUCAUCAUCAUCAGCUGUUCUUGCUCAUGGGAUCAGCUGUGUCCGGUGUCGCCUCCAGGUCUGAGGUCACUUUAUUUGUCAGCGGGAGGUCUGGGAAACUUUUAAUGCAGCAGAUUUAUCUCGUCUGAAGGUCGAGGCCACGGGGUCGGAACAAAGUGAUAAUUUCAGGGUGGAGUUUUAACACUGCAAACGAGAAAUCCGCCUUUGUUUGACAGAGAAUAAAACUCAAAUACUCUUAAAGCAACUCUUAGUUAAAGAAAGAAUGACUGACUUACAUAAAUCAGAUCACUGAGACAUACAUGUCGAUACAAGUCGGCGUAUUUCCUGCAGAUCUUCCUCUGUACAGAUAAGCGCUGAAUGAUUUAACUUGAAUUUCUGAAGAAAUGAAGCAGAAACGAAGAAGAAAAUGCAAAAAAAAAUACUUUUGUUUUUGUUUCUGAGUUUGAUUAUUAUCAUGAAGUAUCUACCUUUUUAUUAUCCUGAAUUUAAGGCGUUUACAGGACAAGUCAACCAUCAACUAAAACCGAGUUUUAAAGAAAAACAUCUCAGAUUUUAAAGCUCCAGUGGGGAACUUUCCGUCUGUGUCUCCGGUGGUCCAAUAGCACGACUUCUUUUAUGACUCACAGCAUCAAACCCCCCCCAGUUAGGAGUCUCUCUGAGCUUUUGAGGCUUGAAUAGAGACGCAUUGACACUCAGGGCUCAUAAACCUGUCAUUAUCUCAAAGGGUUAACGCAGCCAAUGAGAGGAGGAGGGGUCGGCAGUCACAAAACAGGUUGUUUUAACUCGUCACAGACGGGCGGACUCCUUUUGUUCGGCUCUGAAUGGAUGUACUUGUGUCUUAAAAGGCAGACUGGGUUUGUGCGUCAGUGUAGAAUCUCCGUCUAAUGGCAGCAUUUCUGACACCAUCUCUGCGAUAACACAACUCAGCUCCACACUCGCCAUUAGUAUAGAUCUGGAUUUAGUGUACAGCCUGGUGAUUCAGAGAAAAAAAGGGUCUUUGUAUCCCCAGAGAAGCGCAGAAACUGCUGGUGUCCGCUUUAGCUUUUAGCCGCCUAAACGUCUGACAUUUCCUGUUGCAUUAGCAGCUCCUCUGUAGCUUUGUGGACUGCAGGGACAUAAAACAAGAGAUACUCGAGAGUUAGUCGCUCCAGGUCCUGCCAAAAAUUGAACUGCCCAUUGAAAUGUUGAGAAACUAAACACCAUUAAUAUCCCGCUCGCCGCAGAAGAAACGCUGACUCAUCUGAGGAGGCCUCGCUCUCCUCCUUAUGGCGGGAGUUUUACGGUUUUAUUCGCGGGGCCUUCUGUCGUUUAUUUUUACUUAUAACCCAGGGAGACUUUGGAGUCCGGCUUUUCUUCAGCCCUGCACCACCUGAUCCCUCAACUGUAACUGCAUCCCUCCUUACACCUUCAUCCUCUGCUGCAGAGAGCUGAAAUUUCAUCUCUCUCUCUCUCUCUCUCUAGUGAUCGUGUUUUUAUACGCCGCCGCUGCUGCACACCUCCUCAUUUACAUAAAAAGACACACGCCGAGCGGUAAAUGAUGUUUUAAGAAGAAAACUAUCUGUAGUGACAAAGACAUCUAUGAAAAAAAAGUGAGUUUUUUCUUUCAGGGAAUGAGGGUUUUGUAAAUUUGUGUCGUGGUGCUCUAAUAGGCGACAGGUGAGAAGCGCACCGCCGAAUGCAAGCUGUUUCCUGUGACAGCUUCAUCUGUGAAACCAUAUUCUCCAAGGACUCAAAGCCUGCCCAGGGAUCACUGAGACCGUUUAAGAUUACAUGUCUGCUGGCAGGGAGCAGCAGAUAGGUGAAAAUAAUUGGCUUUGUCACCAUCCUGCUUUCCCCUCCCCCACCUGAGUUUGACGACAAACAGCGACACGUUGAGGUAGAAAGAACCCGAUCCUCCUGAACAUCCACCUGAGAAGUACAGCGGCCGUGUUACCCGGCUCCUGUGGCAUAUAAUCAAGAGUGGGAACCCUGCUGCCCCCCGCUGAUUGGGUGUAAAAGAGGUUGCAGACCUAGUUUUAUGCAAUUAGUGGAGGAAUGCCAGACGCUAAUGGAACACAGAAGUGUUGGCAAAGCAUUAUGAUAGGAGUGUCGGGGCCACGGCGAGUAAAAAAAAGAGGACAUUUGCCCAGAGGAAGAGCAGCUCUGUACAGUAUCUGAAACAAUCAAGUGGAAAAGACGUGGGGGAAAUUACCCACACAGCAGGCUUUUGGGGAGGGGCAUUGUGGGAAAGUGAGGCUUCUUAGUGAAACAUGAUAAAUAUCGGUGAAGUUAUGCAGAUGGUGAGGCGCAGGGGAGCGCUCUGAAGGGGAAACAAUAGUGAAAGGGUUUUUUUUCUGUCGCAAUUAAGCCCUAAUUUGUGUUGACGGCGUGCACCAUGUUGAUGAAGACUCUCCGCCCAAUCUGAUUGGUGACAGCAGAGGGGGAGGAGUCCUUUUGUGUCGACACAAAGCAUCUCAGAGAGAGAAAAACGCAUCCAAGCAUCAAAGUCCAUGGAUGACUGACUUAAAUGUGAUGUGUUAUAUAUAUGUACCACAGAGAAAGAUGUGCAUCUAAAAGGCAGCGCUGAAGUUCACAGUGUGCUCAAUUAGACUCCGAGUGCUCAUGUGUGAGUCAUUAAGCUUGUUUAUGUACCUUAGCAGUAGGAAGUUAGCAUGUUGAGGUUGUUGGGUUUAUUAUUUUUUAAUGUCAGACUGUAGGGGCGGGCGAUGAGCCACAAACAUCCAAGUCUGGAUUUGAUCAGUUCCCCUGAUUUUAAAGCUGGUUUGGAAGUUUAUGAAAAACUGAUUUUCUGUGUGUGAAGUUAGCAGGGUGCUAGUCCAGGCAAGCUGCAAAAGUAAAGUGCAGCAGCUCCUCCUUUUUAUGUUGUGUCUGAUUUUAUGGUGUCGUAUAUAUACCUACUUUGUUUCUAGAGCAGCCCUCAGUACCUCACUGUUUAUUUCUAAAGAAUUUAAGAGACGUUGUUUACACGGUGAUCAGAUAAUAUCCCCCCAGAAAUCCCCCCGGUGCAGUAGAAGAAGCAGGUAACAUUAAAACAGUGACAAUUAAGGCUGAAACUCUGAGUUAUGUAACCUUUUAUUAUUUAAUCCACGGAGGCUGAAUCUAGUAGAGUUAUGUCUCCUUUUCUAAGACUCAUAUCAUCUUUUGAUUUAGUCAUUGCACCCCGUGUGUCGACUGUGGUCUGCUGCUUUCAAGACUACUGAUUCUAGUGAUUCAGUACAUCUAAAAGAAUCGCUGUGCCCAUCACUACUAUCCCCUAACGCACAUAAUUGUUCCGUGAUCGUCCUCUCUACUUCUCCAAGUCUGGCCUGUAUAGUGGGGCUCUGGGGGCGGAGCUUAGAGUUGUGACAUAAGAAAUCUCACUGUAUCUGAGCCUCCUAGAGAUUCACAGUGAUUUGAAUGCAGAUUUUUGCACUUAUUUUUCUCGUGAUAUGUCCUGUAGCAUCAGAAAAAUGAAUAUAUGAACACGUAGAUGACAAGAAAAACAUGAUUACAGUGUCAUAAUACGGCGGAGUCACUUGAUGUAGUGGACGUGCCGUUUGUUUGACCCCGGCUCUUUAUCUGCGCUCUCGGUCCGUGCAUUAUAAAUACAACAACAGAAGUGCAGCAGAUGACAACAGGAUGAGAUGAUAUCAUGAUCUCUGUGGAUUUACAGAUUGUGGACAUGCUCUAAUCCUUCAUGAUCUAAUGUUGUCCUGAUGCAAACCCUUUUAUUUUAUGCAUUUUUCCUCGACUGGAAACCUUAUCGAUCGUUGUGUUUGUUGGUGUUUAAUCAUCUCUGCGUGGACUUGUUGUGAACCUCAAGAUGCAGGAUGUGGUUUCCGGAUGAAAGCGAGAAUGAGACCUCGCCCCGCCAGAGCAGCUUGAUAAUGAAGAGUGUUGUGUAUAAAACAGAGCUGCUUAAACUGUCAGUGUUUUAUUCAUGUGUUGUCUGUCAACACACUCUCAUACAACGAGCAGGCGCUGCAGAAAUAAAGGUGCACCGUGGGACAGCAGUGCUUGUUCAGCAGUAAGUCGGGUUCAGGUGCACAGCACUGAUGGCUUCUUCGGGCCCCUGUUAGCGGAGCAAUUAGAAAGCACAAAGCAUCCUGGGUAACAUGAAAGCGGUGCAGAGUUCUCCUGUACAGAUGCCCUGAGUUAGAGGGGAUUGUGUUAUCGCCACCUCCGCACCUCCAGGGAUGUCCUCCUCCCUUUUUUCCCCCGAGCUGCCAAAGUGUCACCGGGACUCCUAAAUAAAUGAUCACUAUAUGCACUUACCAGAUGACAGCUCUGCAUUCCCCCCACCCCGUCAACACUCGUCUCCUGGAAGUUCAGGUUUGAGCUGUGACAGGAAGGACAAGUCUGCGCCUGUACCUACAUCGCCGAAAAACCAACCGUCUCCCAGAGCCACUGUUGAAACAAUUACUCAUAAUUCCAGGAGCUCAGCCCUCUGAAUAGAGCUGUUGUUCUGUUGCCAUGUGACUACUCUUCACAUGAGUCACUCUUGAUACUCCUGAACCCUGACAUCGGUUCACACACACAUUUUGACGGAAGGAGGAAUCAAAGUGUCACCUGUGAAGAGAAGAAAAAAAAAAAAAGAGGUUUGUGUUUGAGAAGAAACCAAACAGAUGGGCGAGCGGCGAACGCACCCAGGCUCCAUUAUUGCCUCUCUGUUUCCCCCCAGAGGCUCAGCGUCCUUGGUGCAGAUGUUGAGACUUCAUGUGUGGUUUUUAGAGCUUUUUCAUGGCCUUUCAGACUCGCUGCUCCUGCGGGAUAAUGGCAGGGGAUGGGCUCGCUCUGAGUGGCUGUCAAACCUUUGCAGCUUGUUUGCACAGAGCAGAGAGUGAGACGUGUUCGGCUGGCAGCGGCGCUCGCUGGGGUUUCAAACGUCUCAUCUUGGCCGUGUCGUGGUUAGUGAAAUGUGUAGAAAUUAUAUGUGACUCUGGCCAGAGAGUAAGCUGCUGCGGCGGUGGAAGCGGCCACACCCGACUCCUCGCCCACAUGUCUGCACCGACAAAAAAAAAGAGGAAGUAGAAGCAGAAGAGAGAGGGUGACAUCAGCUGUGGACCGAGCUGUUGAACCGGUCUGUGGACGGGAGUCGUAAUCUAGAAAAGCCGUUAAACUCACCCUCAGGUGGUUUGGACUGGAGUGUGUGUACGUUUGUCAAAGAUGGAGUGUUUGCUCAGUGUGCAUUUCCAUUAGGGAUUUGUUUGAGUUCGGGAGACAUGUAUUGAGUGUGUUAUUUAGACACUGUGCGAACGCCGGGGAUUAGUUAGCCCGAGUUUGCACAAGUCCAACCUGCCAUCGUUAAAUAGGGUCACAGAUGUGUCGUAUUACAGAGGGGCGAUGAUAAGCCCUCGAACAGAGAGUCGGCUGUGUCUCCUGGAGAACAUGGAUAUGAAGGGAGUAACAACCUUAAGGGAAUACGGAGGUUUUAAAGGUGCAGCAGUACGAACGGGAGGAAUAGGGCUGCAUGAUAAAUCGAUUUUAUCGGAUUAUGUGAUGAUGAUGAUGUUAAAAAAUUAAAAUCCUCAAAUCGAUUCCUACACACAUCAGUGUAAACAAACAUGGCGUUAGCAAGAGAAGGCGAUAAUUUUGUGGCUAAAUCGGACAAGAGCGAGUCAGUCUUGUUGAAUUGGUACGACUUCACAGUUUCUGACGAAGAGCAAACCACUCCCCGCUGCAAAGUCUGUCUGAAGGCGGUAUCAACCCGUCACCACGGAAACAAAUUCAGGAGGAAACGCAAAAGUUUUUGUCGUAUUGGCGUUUCAUCUCUGGAAACGAUCAAGUGACACACGGCGUAACUCUUUCAUGGCGCCUGCGCGUGUCUGGCAAAAAACAACCUUUAUACACACGCUCUGUACUCUUCUUCAACGUUACAGCGCCACUUACUGGCUUGGCAUAUGCACUACAUCGAAGCAGAUAUGAUUGAAAAACCUUUUAUUAAAGUGAAGUUUGGUGUGAAGUUGUCACUAAAUAAAAAAAUCUAAAAUGUAAAAAUGGAGUUUCGUGCAGCCCUAGAGAGGAAUGAUCUCACUGUGUCUCCUCAGCUCACCCACCGUCCGCUCAGUUACACGCCGUACCUUAAAAAAACGUGAUCUGAAGGUGCAGAUAUUUAAGCUCCACUGAAGUCUCUUUGAACCAAACUCAGACUAUUUUUAACUCUGAAGUCUAGACGUCGUUUUUGACCUGCCAAUCACCAAAAACUAAAUCCAGACUCUCCUCUCACUCCCACCAACUUUUAAGCCGUAUUUCGCCGCUUUAAUUAUCCGAGAAACUUUAUCCAGUACCUGAUUUAAGAGCAGUACAAUCAUUAUUUGUGUCUUCAAAGUGUUUCAUGACACCAGCAGCUCUGCAUAGAUCUUCUUCUCCUGCUCCUGCAGACGGGCCGCUGUGAACAAACGUGUCUUAAUGUGAGAGCGGGGGGAUCAGCGAAGGAGCGGCUGCGUUUUAAUAGAACAGUUAAAGAGGAGCCAAAGGCAACAGGAAAACAUUAAGUCACUUCAUUAUAUCCAGUCUGCUGCUGAUAUGUUUACCUGAGACGUUCACUCGGACAAAGUGAGGAGAAAAAACACAAUGGCUGUCCUUCAGCGCUGGAGGAUUUAAUAAGGACGAGUUUUUCCCGUCGGGACCGCAGACGUGUUUAUUUCUCCGUUUUUUUAAUGUCACUUUAACGUUUCUCUUCAGAGCUGAAAGACGUGAACGUGUCUCCCUGACAGAUGAAACUCACACGACUUCAAUGUGCCACUUACACCUUUCAAUUUUGUGCUUGAACUCCAAUUUAAAAAACCAUGCAGCUUUUGAAAGCGGGAUCAUUUCUGACACCGUUUCCUCGCCAUUCUGAAAUCUCGCAAUUUCAAACCGCAGACGAUGAAGCGGCCUUAUCACAGCAGCCAGACCUCUCUCCAUCUGCCGCUGUUAGCUCUGCUCCUCUCUCUCCUGUCUCAUUCAUAAAGUCCACUUCAGAUUUAUUAGCCUUAAUAGAAACUCUUUACAUUCGAUGUAUCAUAUUUUCUCAAGUGCGUGUUGUGACUUCUGGCUCCGGAGCCACUUCCUGCAACAAGACGCCCUCUGAGCGCCGCUGUAUUGACCUCCUCUGAAUGAAGCGAGGCCUCAGCUCUGAGUGAUUGAACACGGAGAGAGGAGAAAACACAAGCGGACGAGCGCUUCGAGGUUUUUUUUUUUUGCACCGAGCGAUUAUUGUUCUCAUGUUUUAUUGGGUGAAAUUAUUUAGCAUGCUGCCUGCAGUUUAAUAAACAUGUGAGUAUUAUAAUCCUUCGGGCUGUUUACUCGGUCUUUUUACACCCACAGUACACGGCGUCAUUCCUCCUCAGUGGCACAUCUGGUGUGUGCAUCUGUGAAGCGGAUGCCGAGGCUGGGAACCAGGUGUGCCGCAGAACGAGACCCAGAGUAUCACACAGAGGGCUCGUGUUUUCAUCCUCGCUCGCUCACUGAUGACGAUGACUGCAGUGGUUUUUUUCUGCAGGUAGAGCUCUGUAAACAUGUUGACCUUUAGACUCUGAUUUCAUAGACAAAAGCUUGUUAAACCUCCUCAUUGUUUGUUUAUUUUGGUGCUUAUUUAACUCUCUUUUUUAAACCAAAUGGAGUCUUAAUGCUCUUAAAAUCCUUCCAGCUCAGCCUCAUCCUGAAGGAAAGCAUCAUUUCUCUGUUUCUAGAAGAUUUGAAUCCACAGACGACAUGUCGGCUUCGUGCUGCGCUGCCUAAAACUCACGUCAGUCGUUAGACAGCAAAUUCAGGAAUAUGUGACUGCAGCAUUAAAAUGAUCAGAAGACGGCUCUUAAUACAAAGCUGUGUGGCAGGACUAAAUACUGCACACCAUGCUGAUGCAACUGAGUGCUUCACACAAUGAAGCCCAAUGCAACCUUAGAAAUGAGGCUGAUGUGAUGGUGCUAAAAACUGUCGUUCCCCUGAGCGCAGCGACCUUGUGCACACUGACUCAAGAAGGCGCCGCUUUAGAGCGAAAAACACGGCGGUUUUGGUCUGCAGAGUUUAAUUCUCAGUUUAUUUGAAGAUUUUAAGGUUUCAAGUUUGGAAAUUUGGAGGCACAGCUGGGACACAUCGCAGACUCCGCCUCUUUGCCCAACGAUAAGUCGACUGACAGAAACAAGAUCUCAUCCUAGUCUUUACCCGGUCCAGCUACAGAAUCCCCCUCUCGCCACACCCUUGUGCUUCCUCAAUACUCCCUAAGAACAGUUUGUGAUUGGACAUUGCCUUACCUAUUAACCUGUUAACACGCAGCGCUGGUCUGUGCUGCUGACCCCGAUGCUUCACAUCACCAUAUUCUACCUCUCUUAAAGGAGAUAGGGCGGAUUGACUUCGCUCUACCGUUAUGACUCUGCAGGUUGUAGAUAAGCUGUAAAAAAAGGAGUAAAUCAAUCCCGCCUUGGAAUAAGAGCUUUAGAUAGAGUCUUUGUAGCUCCACCAACAAACCGCCAAGACCUCUGCACUCAGUAUUAUGCACGUUUGUGUUCCAGAUCUUUCCUCAGAAGCUAGUAGCCUUGUAUUCUGAUGUGAAGUGUGCUCUAUGCAUCGCCCUACAGUCUUGUGUUAUGGGCUUCAGGCACGUGGAGACCACGAGGCGAUUGGCAGGUGUAGCCAAGCAACAGAGCUGAGGGUGUGAAGGUCAUGUGUCAGGUGGAUGACGGCCGUCCUCCGUCACUUUCUGCAGUUAUUACUUGUGCACCGAACAAAGGGCAGAAAAUUGCACAAAUCGGACGGUUACUUCACGUUUGGCGUCACUGUAUGCCGUCUAAAACGGCUCUGCAGCUUCUCCUUCCACUCGCAGCCAUAAGCUGUAGAUCUUCUCCAGCCGUGGAGUGCGUCUUAAUUUCCUUUGAAGACGUGUUUUGUCUCUGAAGGACCACACAUGCAUGUCUUUGAAUACAAGCCGUGUUUACAAUCAACAGCUCCCUCAGCUCUGACAUGUUGGUUUUUUUAGUGACGGCGUCUACGGAGACAUUCCAGCGCGUGUUUACACAACACACCAGGAGCCGGGCUCCGGCAUGUUUGCCGUUAAUAUGUGCAUAAAAUUAAUUGAAAUGUAGGUAAAGAUUGCAGAAUAACUGUGCACACAUUACAUGAUAAAUCUACAUUUAACUGGAUGGGGCCUCACAGUCCUUUAAUUAGCUUAAUUAAAUCAUUCAACUGUGUUUUCAGCGCGCUCUAUAAAUAAGCCAAAUUUUUAUUCAGCUGCUCCUCAAGGAUAUUUUCUGCUGCUUUGGUUCCAUAAUGCAUUCCUAAGCUGUGCACUGAUGCUCGUAUGAAAAUUUGAUGCACUACACGCUUGGUUCUCCUCCAUGGCUGCACAGACGCAGAACAAGCCUCUCUGCUUCCCUCAUCCCUAUUUGAUCUGUCGCCCCAGAUGUUCCUCUGCCGCCUGUCCUCUGCAUCCUCCACCCUCAGCUCUUCCAGUGUGCAGAAAUUUAGACUCGCAGGCUUAUGUGCGCCCGGGUAACAUCUGAGGAGGGGAGCUUACGUGUCGUCGUCAUGGAAAAUUCCCCCUGGUUUGACCUCUGAGGUGUCGGGAUGUGUGGAAGUGCUGCUUGGUUCUGAAUGCUUUUAAGAGACUUCCUCGGGGAGAGCUGCAGCAACACUGUCCUAAAAUGCUCUCAAAGAAGGACUGUGGUCACUUUUUAUGACUCUUUUCCCCUUGAACCACUUAAUCCAGAGGGAAUAUUUACUUUAGAAUAUGGUAGGGCUGAGCGAUAAACCGGAAAUUUACAGAUACCGAAGUUUAGGACAAUAACAGACGUCAUUUUGCACAUUUAGUUUUUUUGACACCAAAUACACCGAUAACACUUAAUUUGACUCCUUUCUCUAUAAUGCAUCAUAAAUAUAUGUAUAAUGCAUCAUAAUUAUGUUAUAACACUGUAUAACUAGAGUUAUAAACACUCAUAAAUAAUCAUAAUGCUUUAUAACAAUAAUCAUAACACAUUAUAAAGCAUUUUAUCAUGACUUACAAGGUCAGGUAUUAUAGUGUGUUAUUACUGUUAACAACUCACUGAUAAUGCCCACAUAGAUAAUGCAUUAUACAUAUAUUUAUGAUGUGUUAUAAUGGUCUUGUAUAAAUAUACUUAUAAACACUAAUUAAGUGUAAUAGGGAUUUAUAACAAUAAGUAUAACAUAUUAUGACACCUGAUCUUGUAAGUCAUAGUAAAAUCCUUUAUAAUGUGAUAUAAUUAUGUGAUAUGAUCAUUUAUGAGUGUUUAUAACUAUAGUUAUACAGUGCUAUAACGUGAUUAUAAUGCAACAUUAAAGUGUUACCUAAAAAAUAAAUAAAUCAAAGUUGGUUUUGGAUGUGUGUAGGUAGGCUAUGGUCUCAUGUCCCUUUAAGACGCUGUCCUACGUCAGAGACGUGACUCCACCCCAUUCCCAAGAGGAAAAGACAGAUAAGUAGAUGGAGGACGGUUCAAAAGUUGUAGCAGCUGAAGGAGACAAAGUUAAUGUGUGAGUAGCUUGUGGAGUAGUUAUCGUUUAUUUAUCGUUAUCGAGGUGAACUGAUCAAUAUAUCGUGAUAUUGAUUUGAGGGCUCGACUGUGCGACCGUUUCACUCGCAUUUGCGACCAAAAAUAGAUGUGUGCGAAUUGAAGAAUGUAUUUAGGGGCACAUGUGCGCAUAAAAAAAUCAGCGGUGGCAACAAACGUUUUUUGAUAACAGAAACUGAUAUCUGACGGACAUUCGCUGCGAAUCUACUGGUGUCUUCUCACUCUCCAUAACCGAGAAUAUCAACAGCAGCAUGGUGAAAUCUACUCGACACCCUUGCUGUCAAGGUCAGGUGUUGAAUAAGGGACCGUCAAUAAAUUACCGGUCAAUGUUCUUAGAAAAGGCUGUUUUCCUUCAAUAGGUGACCAAAUGUUGUGUGACCAAAAGACCUAAAAUUGAUUUCACAUUGUAGUUUUUAUGUGGACCAAUAAGACAAACAUUAUCUGAUCAGUUUUCAUUCUUAGUGUUCUUCUUGGGAGCACAUGUGAAAAAAGUUAGUGUCCAGCCCUGAAUUUGAGGCCAUAUCGCCCAGCCCUACAUCCAGAAUACAGAGAAAUAAAUAGUUAAAGUCUCUCGAAGAAAAUCCCCUGCGCCUUUCCAUCAUCAGGUAUCUAAUUGUUUACUGUGUGAGUGUUGCAUAUUCACAAGGUGGAGGAGAGUAUCUCUAAACACAUAAAAGCAGACAAAGGAGACAGCAAAUAGUAGCAGUGUCUGAUAAAAUGAAUCUCGGAGGAAUAGAAGUGCUCAUCUGUGUCCUUUUCAUCCCACAGUUGGUCUAUUUUUGUGUCUCAGUGUGUCUUUUCUUCUCAAACUCCCCCGCCUUGUCUCUUUAUGCCGUCCCUGAGCUCUUUAAUAGUAGUGGGCUACUCUUCUCCUCGGCUGCUGUGUUUGGGUAGAGUGAGAGUGAAUGAAAAGUAAAACAAAGAUCUUUCCCUUUCAGGAGGAAAAACAGGCGUGCAGGUUUUUCUUUUUCUUUCUCUUUUUUUUUUAAACUUUUGUUUGUCUGUAUUUUUCUGUUUCUGCUGUCAGCGGCUCCUCGGAGGAACUGCUUCAUGCCUGUGGAGCAUGCAGAGCGGCCGUAUAUUCAGUGUAAACAUGUCAGAGCCCAAUCUCAGGGUGAUAGCCUCGGCAAGGGCAGUGAAGGACACACACUAACACACUACGACACAGGCUGCUACACAGUAACGCUGCUGGUUUCACCUCGGCUGAAUUUAUUGAAUAGUUGGACACGAUGAAAGUUAAAUGUAUCUGGCCGUUGUUUUUAUUCAUUAUUAGCUCUGGGUUUAGAGGCGGGCCAUUUCAGGUCAAUGAAUUCUAAUAGAGUAAACCUGAUUUUCUCCUGCUUUAAUCCUGUCUGUGGGUGUUUGAAUCCUAACGACUCUUACAGUAAAGAGCCGAAUGCAGAAUAUUCUGCUAAUUUCCAGAGCGUGUCUGUAAUCUGGAUUUCGCGUCCUUUUAAAGGGCAUCUCUGCUUUUAUACUUCGAUUGCCGCAAUCCUCCGAGAAAGAAGAGAAAUAACCAUCAGCCCCUCGCUUCGCGGCGUGCUGCUAUGAUAAGAGGGAAAUGUGGGAAAGUGUCAUGCAAGUACUCGACAGCAACAUGUCGGAUUGCGUCAAAUGUCAGCCCAGCGAAAAAUAGAAAUGUCAGUUCGCUGUGUGUCAAAUUGUUGCCUCAGAUGCGGAGCGAGCGCCGAACGCUGCAGCUUUCUAUAAUUCAUGGCACGGUUUUUAGGAUUGUUUUUACUUAUAGUGACAUGUACUGGACUGACCUGAGCCUGUGAAACGUCCCACACUCCCCGCUCUUCCUCCUCCUCCUCCUCUUCCUCGGACUUGGCUCACUAACUCUGAAUCCAGCGCUCAGGGUUGGAGCGAGGCCGGAUGAUUAAAACACCAUCAUUAGUUUGGCAUUGUGAUCAUCUUUAGAGCAUUUAAUACGGGAAGCUUUCAGACUUUAUGAGUUAGAAAUAAUAUUCUCAUGAGUUAAUUUAUCCCUCUGGCAUUCACAGUCUGCAGGGCUUCAGUCUGGGGUCUUUUCUAAAUAAAUGCCUCUGUUUAUGAUCCUCCUGAAUUCUCGCUCAGCGCAACUAUCCUCCACAAGAUUAUAAUGAACUCUCUGUGCGUGAUCGGACCAACUUUGGUGGACCAGACCUGAUGGUGUCUCACAUUUAGGACAAAAAACUGAUGGAUUAAAAUCAAUGCAAGAGACAAAUACUGGAUAGAGGAUGAUCCUGAUCACAGUCUACUUCUGGACUAGUUUUUACGGGGCGUUCACACCAAGGACGAAUAAAAUCGACUAGCUUAAUUCGUGCAUAGCUAGACGCACGAAUGAAAAGUAUUUACUCGCUUCAUUCGCGCGAAUGACUUGGUCUAUUCGCGAGGAUCAAUUAGUCCAUUUGGGCGAUUAGGGUGUCAACGGACUGCUUAAAAGCUGUGGAUCGCUGUUUGUGCCAACAAACAGUGAUCGUUGCAAAUUCAACCGGCGGGAUCAAGUGAUAGACAACAGUUUUCCACAACUAACAAAUAAUCCGACCUCCUCACUCCCUUUCCUCCAGCCGUGGAUACGAGAGAAGGCGGAGAGUCUCCAUCAAGCAUGGUAGGAGUGAACCACGUUCAGCAGAUCUCUGUUUUGUUUUUGUUGUGGAAGGCCCAAAACCCUGAGAGAUGUAGGCGUGUCUGAGUCUCCUCCAAUAGCUGCGCCGAUUCCAGCUGUAUUUUUGGGUUACCCAGUUUGACAAUCUGUUGGUGAGGGUCGGUGCCAAGAUAUCCCUCCAGGAUAGAGCUGCAGAACAUCUUUUGGUCUGUUUUUAUACAUCACUUGGGAAUCUUCAUGCUGAUUGGUUAACGUGACGCGAAUAUACGCUCAAGUUGCAACAUUUUCAACUCUAGCGAAUUCGUGUCAUUUGCGCUAAUAAUGCAAAUUCGCAUCAUUCGCGCGAAUGACUCGCUCAAUUCGCGUUAUUCGCGCGAAUGAUUUUAAUCGCGCUUGGUGUGAACGCCCCAUUAGAAGUUUACACUUGCAGAGUUAGCUCCUCUGGUUUUCAGCUCUUCUUGUGAAUCAACAUCCACAUGUCUGCGCUGGUUUUUACAUCGUUCCAGUGCUUGUUUACAUCUAAAUAAGCCACCACCUGAAUUUUAGUCAAAACACCCAAAAACACCCAACUGGAGCGUCAACAAGUUCUUUGUCUGAACACCUUUACAUAUUCCUCCAUCGUCUCCUUCAUCGAACAGAGAGAUCAGCUGCCCCACUGUUGUUCAAUCCAAUUAAGCUGCCACCCACCCCGAGGCCAAUCAAACUUUUAAUUCUCUCACGGUGCCUCCUCAUUCUGUAAUUGGUUUAUGCAGCGAAACCAGCAAACUGUUUGCAUCUCGUCUGGUAAUCCCCUGACGGCCUCACACGCAGAGUCUGCUAAAUUAGCUCUCGACAAAUAAACAAAAAUUAAACACGUAAAUAAAUAUAUAUGUGAAUAUAUAUGUGUGUGUGUGAGUGUGUGGAAACUCCCGGAGAACUGAGAGGAAAGCCGACCCUUGUUUGGUGGAUGUGGAGGAGCAGCGGGGAGCCGUCACUGAGUGUUUGGAGAGGAGUUAGCCGUAACUCUGAGGGAUGAAGGACUAAGCCGGAGGAGCGAUUAUACACUGAAGUAGUAGUUUGCUGCAUAAUUACCUAGCUGUGUGAUUCUCUUCUGUUUGCCUGGUUUGAGUUUAACAACCUAUGAUUGAGGAAAAAUUAGCCAUUUUCGCUCCUUUGAAGAGAAGAGACGAUAAUGUUAGUUAUUUGCUCUCACUUAUUCUGUAAAGGUGCUUUUCUUCGCCUUGCGGAGUCAUUCACAUUAAUUGGAGUUUUUUGCGCCUUCGCUUGAAUCUUCACGGACAUCAGACUCUUUUUUUUUUUUGCACGAGAAGUAAAUCGCAGUAAUAACACAGCAGGAGUAAAAAGGUCCCAGUUGUAAAGAGUUGGGGUGUUAUCUUUAUUGAAAGUGAAACAGGAUGACAACAAAGGGAGUAGUUUGCAUGAAUUUUUAUUUUCCUGAGACGCAGCUCGCGAGAAAUGUGAUCUCCAUGCCGUAACACGAACAAGAAUUCAUCUUGUGGGAAUUGAACAUACCACUUUAGCUGCGUUCUUUGUAUAAUAAGCAUGCGGAGGUUUGGCAGCGUCUCUGCUCGGGGUUUUUGUCAAUCUCUGUGAAAAAAACAGAAACGUACAGUGGUCUCAGUGAUUGCGUCUGCAGCAGCCCCUCAUAACCUCGGCGAGACGUUGGAUUCUAUUUCAGGGGAAACGCGAAUUGCAGUGGUGUGAGGUAUACUGCGUGUUUCCGACCUGCAGAGAGGUAGAGAGAGCAGAGCGAAAUAACCACCUUUCAAGCACAAGGGGCCCUUUGUAACACCUCUUAGUUGCGAGGGGGAGAGUGAUCACAAAACAACCAGCAGACAGCGCCACAGUGGGCUUUGAGACCCAUAAAUGCUGCUGAUAGGCUCUCUAACUGAGGCGGAAAUAGCCCGUCUGAGUGAUCUAAAUAAUACGGUGCAAAGAGCUGAAAUCUUUCACGUACUCUCGCUCACAAACUUUUGUUACGAGUGACUGGUGAGGCAAGUUUCCUGGAGUUUCAGUGUCUGCUGCGAUCACAGCACUGACUCAUUUUAGGUUGAGCGAGGUAAAUCGUGUCGGGGCAGGUUUGUGACGUUGUUUAUGCUCCUCUUCUUGUCUGGAAACACAAGCAGCUGGCUGUACGGCCUGCUACUCUUACAUCCUGACAGUGGGGAUCCUUCAGGUGCUCGCUGGAGUGUGUCACGGGUGCAGUCGAGCCAGCUGAUAUGAAGGUUGAGAGCCAUCAGCAGAGUCCUACAAUGUUUCACACGAGCAGCACAAACAACCUUGGAGUUGUGUCCCGUCACAGUUCAUCAGCCAAGCAAAGUCAAGCCGGCUGAGCUGUGGGAAAGAGGGGCGCGUCGACUCAGCCUGUCCGGGCCUGCUCACCCUGCAGGGGAGUGGCAGCACAUUAACAAAGAGCGGCCGCCUCGGCCUCCUGCGAGCAGCCGCCGUUCGUCCUUCAGCCACCUAAUCAGCCAAGGAGGAGGACGCAGACCCGGCCGCCAUUCGCCCCGCUCACAAACUGUCAAUAAAGAUUCCCGUGCGAAGUAUCGCCAUGAUGCGGCUCUUUCUGCUUGGCUGGUCCUUCUUCUUCGCCGUCGUCGUCGUCGUGUGGCAUUUCUCUAACUGGGUCACAACAAGUUUCAUUUUAGUGCAGCCGAGCGAGAUCAGCUUGUAGCUAGAAAAUGGGAGUAUAAAUAUUAAAGAGUUUUUUUAAUUCAUGUUUUUUUCUUUUCCCUCCCCCUCACAACAACAGGAUUAAAAAGGGAAGAGACAUUUGUAUUCAUAAAGUAAAUUGCAUUUCAAAACUAUAAAAUUAUGGCGAGCAUGAUAAUUGCCAAAUAACUAACUGUUUGGGGGAUAGGAAAACAAUACUCGGCUAAUUGCUGCACACCAUCGCUGUUCCCACCUCCCAGGAAAUGAGCGUCUUUGAUCGUGGCUGGAACAAAAGAGAAACGCAGUUAAAUCUUAACGCGUCUGCUAUUAAUACGAGUUUGUUGUUUAAAUCUGCUUUCAUUAAACUCGGAGAGAUGACAUGUUAAUAAGCUGCUGUUCGGCUCCAGACUUACAGGCUUGACGACGUGAUAAAACGGAUCCGUAUUGGUCAUUUUGAAAGUAUAAUAGUAGUGAAAACAGAUUUGUGGAGCAGCUCGUGUUUCAGAAUGAGAGAUCUGCGAUAAUUACUGUGACAAAGGGCGCUCUUCUUUAUAGAUAUACAGUCAGUGAUAAUCAGCAUGAAGCGCUCAAGCUUGAUAAAACAGCAGAUAAAAAAUACAUCUUCUCGUCCCCGCCCUGCAACAACCUUUCGCCUCCAGCAGCUGCAGCUCCAGGGACGCCAACACAUCUAUUAUGCAUGAAGGGUCGGCUGUGUCACUGUACAGCAUGUGAGCAUACAUUUCAGCUUCACCGCCGUUUCUGCUUUGAGAGGCUGGAGUCCUUCAGCUCACCGCCGGCCUUCGUUACCCAAUGAAGCUGCAGCGUUUUUUUGUCCAGGAUCUCACCUGAGUGUGAAGGGUCAGCGCGUACCCUUGGGAUGAGAAUGGUCCUUUUCGUAAUCAGAACACAUCAUUUAUGUUUUUCCACGAAUGUUUACUUGUUCACGACAGCGAGGCCGCACGCCUGACGCUUUUCUUCAACAAACAGCAUUCAGAGUUUUAAUGACAGAUGCUUUUAUUCACCUGCUUCAAAACAAGCUGUGAUGACCGUGUUUGUGUGUAUGGUAAAUAUAGGGCUGCACGAUAAAUCAAUUUUAAAUUGUAAUCAGAUCAUUUGAUUAUGACGAUGUUAAAAAUAUUAAAAUUGUCAAAUCGGUUUUCCUCUCUAACAUGUUUCGGGCCUCCAGGCCACCGUAGGCUCCCUAGUUCCCACACACACCAGUGUAAACAAACAUGGCGUUUCCAAAAGAAGGCGAUAUUUUCGUGGCUAAAUCGGACAAGAGCGAGUCAGUCGUGUUGAAUUGGUACGGCUUCGCAGUUUCAGAUGAAGAGUAAACCACUCCCCGCUGAAAAGUCUGUCAGAAUUCAGAAGGAAACGCUAAAGUUUUUUGUCGUAUUGGCGUUUCAUCCACAUGGAAACGGCGUUUCAGGUGACUGUUAACGUUACUUUUUGAAAACGGGUCAUAGAGCGCGUAAAUCCGUAAACGACGACCAUUUCAUCUCCGUUUUUCAUCUCAUGUCACACACAGCGCAACUUUUUAAUGGCGCCUGCGCAUGUCCAGCCAAAACAACCUUUAUACACACGCUCUGUACUCUUCUUCUGUCUUUUGUGCAUUUCCUUGGCAUCACUACAGCGCCACUUACUGUCUUGGCAUAUGCACUACAUAGUUUUCAUUGUUUUGUUUUGAGAGAUGAUAGAAAAACUUCUUAUUAAAGUGAAGUUUGGUGAAGUCGUCACUAGAUAAAAAAUUGAAAAAAUCUGGAUUUUAUUUUUGACCAACAUCGUGCAGCCCUACAUCGUGGAUUAAUGCACCACAGAGAAUAAAAUCUGAAUAACUUUCAACAAGAUUAAACACAAGAUCGUACCCACAUGAGAUGCACCUGCCACAGCUCUCAACCUGCCGUGUGUCGAGCAGCCGUUCACUGCAGCUUUCUAUACACCUCUCCAACUUUCAAUUUUUGAAGUGGUCCUGCUCAGAUAUUUCACAGCGGCCCUCUAAGUCCGGGGUUGCAGGUGAGCGAGUGUGAGUGCAGCAGGUGCAUCGACAGUCAGUGGAGGGCGCAGCGAAGAUGAGACAUUCUCAACCAAGCUUACUGUCCUGUGCACUGGAGCGGGAAAACUGUGGCAUUUAUAAUCCUGGUGGCAGGAAGUGUUCCCCGGGUGUCUAUAAAAAUACCCAGACUGCACUGCAAAGGUGUGAUCCUUAACUAAUGAGAAACUAUCUGAAGCUCAUUCUUCUAAUUGUCACUGGUGUAAUUACAUUGACUGCUACAAGUGACGGUGGAGAUAAUAGCAUUGCCGCUCAGUUUUAUUAGCAGAAAAAUAGUGCUACAGCUGCUGCUGCUGCUGCUUCGGCUUUUCUUGGUUGAUAACAAACGGCAGAGAAGAAAACCAGAGUCUCUGAGGAGAGGGCGGGAAAGUGUGGGGUUUUACUGCUUUUGUCUGUGCUUUUUUAUGGCAGUUUGAUCAUUUUACUUUGGUUAUCGAUACAACGGUUUGGGAAAAAAAACAGGCGUCAUGUGAGGAGACUUAAAACACACAUAUAUAACCAUCUUUGACAAAGCUACAUGCAAAGACAAAGACUCUAUUUUUACACUUUUACUGGGAACAGUUGGACUUGUGUUUGUAUUUCACAGUUUCCACAAAGUUGGAUGACAAAGCGACUCUCUCUCUCUCUCUCUCUCUCUGUGAAUGUGGGCAGAUUUUCCAAGAACAUUUGACCACAAAACGCUUAAAUAUUUGAACUAAAACAGCCGCCAUAUUGAAAAUAACCAGACAGUUAUUUUUAUUCUGUUUAGCUGCAGCUCCUCUCUGCUGUCUGCACGCUCGAGCUUUGCAGGGCCGAUUAAAUGUGUUUAUACCGAGGCCCUGCUUUCAGCUUUAGAUGGGUGCAAGUAGGGCUGGGCGAUAAACAGAAAAUUUACAGAUACCGAAAUUUAUGACAAUAACCAACGUCAUUUUGCCCAAAUCUGUAUAUUCGAUGUCAAAUCAAUAAAUAAAAGUUGGUUUGGAUGUGUGUAGGUAGGGCUGGGCGAUAUGGAAAAAAGUUUAUCACAAUAAAUUUUUUCCUGUCAGUCGAUAUCGAUAUACAUAUGGAUCAUGAUAUAAAAAAUGAAGUUUAACUGUGAUUAUUGGUAGCUUGUCUUUUGCAAUACAAUAAGUGACUGCAUCUGUGAGGUAUUCAACGUGUGUCUCUUCAACAUUUUGUUGUAAGGCAUUAAGGCGGAGCAACUCCACUUUUUAUUGGUCAUCAGUAUAGCCCACCAAAACAUGGCAAAAUGCCGACUGAAAAAGCAUAUUGACCAUGUUUUAUAUCGAUAUUAAGGCAAAUAACUUUUAGAUAUAUAGCGCUAUCGUUUUAUUGCCCAGCCCUAUGUGUAGGUAGGCUAUGGUCUUAUGUCCCUUUUGAGACACUGUCCUACAUCGGAGACGUGACUCCACCCCAUCCAGUCUGUAACAAAGAGGGAGGUGAACUGCUCGAUAUACCGUGAUAUUGAUUUAAGGCCACAUCGCCCAGCCCUAAGUGCAAGAAUAUAAAUAUAUUUCCUCCUGAAGACUCUUGGUAGUCCUCAGUUUGAAACCAGUCAAUCCCAAAGUCAAGAAUAUGCAAACACGACUAAAAAUGGAUUCUCUGCAGCUCCAGGAGGUCAGAGCCCGUCCCUCCACCCCUCCAUCCUUCUGACUUCUCUGGAGUCUAAAAAAAACAGAGUGGCGUACAGGAGUGAGGGCCAAAGAGCAGCUGCGAAUGGAGAUGUGACCUCACACCUCUCCAUCACCCCCACCAUUUCCUCCAGCUUCACACCUACUCACCAACACCGCUGCAGAAGUGUAAACUCGCCCCUUUGGCCUCACAUCCGUGCUACGUCUUCAUCAAAUAUCUAAAUGUGGAAACACCGAAUCCUAACAGGACCUUUGGUGGAGCACCAGAGCUGCAUGUUUGGUGUGAAGAGUCAUUUAGCAGCUCAUGAACAACCUUAAAGAGCGAGGUUCCUUCAGAGUCUGCCUCUGCUGUAAAUCACCGGAGCUCUAAUCAGCAGAAUCAGAGGUGUUUUAUCAGCGCUCAUUAGUCAGACGAAAAUAAUUGUGACAGGAGAUUGUCAGAGUCAAGGUUCCUCUUGGAUGAGAGAUGUGAAAACGAGCAGGUCUGAUAGCGCUUGUUUGGCAGCGUCUUAAAAUGUCUUUGUCGGCUAAGCCAGUUUAUUCAGCGACUUUAUUUUCCCACAGCAAACACAAACAAGAUUACUAAACAUAUUAACGUGAUAAAAAAGCGCAACACAAAGCGCCUCUGUGCUCAGCCGCUGAAUCACAUCGAGACAGACCAGCUCGGCGAGUGUGCGGGGGAGGGAUGUGGAAACCCGUCCUCCUGAGAUGGAGGUAGUGAUGAGUGCUGUGUGGGACACGGCUCCUGAUAUCUUCAGGUGAAAGUCACCCGUGAAGUCUUAAGCUCGCGGUUUUAGGUUUCAUUUCUCAGAUAAUUUUCAGAUACAAUGUCUAAAGAAGAGAGUUUUCUCCUCUGUGAAGCUGCGAGGGGAAGAGAUGAAAUCGAUGGAGCAGGUAUCUUAAUUCUCCAUCAUCCAAACUCCGGCUCAAGUAAAUUGAAAUGUCCGUUUCAGGAUUACGACUGCAGCGAGCAUGACCAGCAGGUUUCAGCUCGUGAUAUCCUCGUUUUUUUCGUAAAAGAAGAGAGAAAUCGCAGCCAUGACACCACAAACUCUGUGAUUCCAGUAACUUAUUUGGAGAGGCUUCAAGUGAACUUCAAACAUCUCUUUAAUGAUCUAUAAUCCUUUGGCAAAUCUUCAGUGGGCAGCCGGGCUUUCAAAGCUAUUUUUACCAGGAUGUGGAAAGCCGUGAUGAAAUUAGGUCUGAAGCUGGGAAAAAAAAACGACAUUGCAGUGUGAGCUUGUCAUUCUGCAUUUUAUCCUGAGAUUUUAGCGAGCUGCUGCCCUGGUGUUAAAAAAAGAUGAGCAUCUCUUUCAGAGAGCAACACUUCCCUUUUUGAGAGAAUAAAAGAGGGAAGUACAAAAGAGGAAGACUCAGGUGAAAGGUGGUUUGCAAGCCAAAGUAGGGCUGUCAGCGGAGGAAAGGAAAAAAAACAGUCCAGGUUGAGUCUAAAUGGAGCCGUUGAUCCUGCGCCAGUAGAAGACACACCCAGUGGGGGACUGGCUCACAGCGAGGAGACAGGUGUUCGCUCGAUAUCUGUCCCACUUCUCUGACCUUAAAGCUUUUAAUCAGCUCUGCCAGGGAGCUUGUCAAUCCUGUCAAACAAUGAGCGGCCCCACAGUAUAGACACAGUAAGGGGAGGGCAACGCCGGGCUAAGAGCUCCAAAUAACGCUGCAGCCCUGAGGAGGGAGUCUGCGCUCGCUGUGGCUUUGUGCAGCUCUUUCACCCCCGGAUCCCUCCGGACGGGGCCCGGUGUCUCGGAGCUGGCUGCUGCAGCACGUUAACUCUGUCAGCAGAUUUCAAGAGCUAUUAAUGUCAAACUGGAGGUGCUCACGUGAGCGCUUUAGCCUGGGGGACGUGUUGGAGGCUACAAAAAGAUUCAGGUUGACACCUUUACCAUCUCUUAGAGGGGCUGGUGUCGAGGGGAGAGGACCUCUGAAGAAGAAAAUCCACGUUUUUAGAUUUUAGAAGAAUCACCAAAGUUAAAUUUGUUAGUGUUAAGUAAUUAAAUACUGUUUCCCUUGAUUUAAGGGCAAAAAAACAUAAUUUAAAUUUUCGUAAAUGUCAUUUUUAUUAUGCAAAUCAAAUAUUAAACUAGUGUGCACAUGAUUACAACAAUAUAAUCUUAAAUUUACAUGAUUACAAUAUAUGUUCAAUGUGUUUUUUUAUUAAUAUAUUUUAACAGAAACUAUUCAAAUGUCCUUAUAUGGGCGUUAAAGGGGCGUUUUCAAACUAGGGCGGCACGAUUAAUCAAUUUUAAAUUGUAAUCAGAUUAUUUGAUUAUGACGAUGUUAAAAAAAAGUCUCAAUUCUCAAAUCGAUUUUUCCUCUCUAUCAUGUCUUGCGCCUCCAGGCCACCGUAGGCUCCCCAGUUCCCACACACACCAGUGUAAACAAACAUGGCGUUUACAAAAGAAGGCAAUAAUUUCGGUGGUUAAAUAGGACAAGAGAAAGUCAGUCGUGUUGAAUUGGUACGACUUCACAGUUUCAGAUGAAGAGUAAACCACUCCCUGCUGUAAAGUCUGUCUGAAGGCGGUAUCAACCCGUCACCACGGAAACUAAUUCAGGAGGAAACGCAAAAGUUUUUUGUCGUAAUGGCGUUUCAUCCACACGGAAAUGUCGUUUUGGAUGACCGUAAAUCAUUCUCAGUGGUUUCUUUUUUGUUCCUUUUUCUUUUUUAUUAUAAUUUUCCAGAUUUUAUUUUAUUUUUAUUAAUGUGCAAUAAGACAAUACAACACAGUGGGAUUUAACAGUGACAAAAACCGUGUUUCGAGUGACCGUAAAUCGUUCUCAGUGGUUUCGUUUUGAAAGAAGAUGGAAAAACAAAUUUUUAAAGUGAGGUUUGGUGAAGUUGUCACUGAAUAAAAAUCAAGAAUUAAUAUAUGUAAAAAAAAUUAAUUUCAAAUUUUUAUAGUUUAAAAGGGACAAUUCAAAUCUCAUGUCCUUAUAUGGGCUUUAAAGGGGCGUGUUCAAACAUGAGCUUCAAACUCUUAAAGAGACAGCGCUCAUGAAUUUGAAUUUAAAGGCGUGGUCGUUUCAGAUGAGUGAGAAUCCUCAGAUGUUUGUGAAUGAGGCUGAUUGUUCCUCAUCUUCUCAUGAGCGGAUCAUGAUCAUCAAAAAAAACAACAUUCCUGUUAAAUUGUUCGAGUGAGUGACGGAGAUUUCAAUAAGGCCCGAUUGAGUUGUUAAAUCUCGUUGCGUGCCCGCUCCGCUCUCCCUGCCUCUGAUCAAUAGUCAUACACUGUCAGGGUUUGCCAGCCGUACCUCUUUCUCUCUUUGUUUCAUCAAAGCCCUACGAGCCGGAUCCCCCUCCGUUCCCGCAGGCUCAUUUCACACAGAAUCCUCCUGCCAUUUUUGUUUUCUGAGUCCGAGCCGGCGUGAUGUGAAGUUUAACUGCAGAAUAUCUCUUAACACGCGGGGUAAUUAUGGAGCUGGUUUGAUUGCAGUUAACAGCACAAGCUGUCAGCGAAGCAGUCACACAGCAGUCACACAGUUACAAUUUGGCCACACUGAAAUUGCAUUGAACCGCACAAUUAUCUCCCGUCGCUGGCAGCUCUCUUUACCAUUGUUCCUUCUAUCCUGAUGCUACUUAGUAUUCGUUUUUAAACUGGAUUGUUCAGAUUGGUAGCAAGUGAUUGUUGAUCCCCUCCACCCGUACUUUGGGUUCACUUUUUAAAUGUGUUGAAUCUCGCUGCUUCAUUUUCAGCAGCUACACCUUAAAAAAAAUAAGCUGAGUUCAUUUCCUUUUACUCUGAGCCCACAGCCCACCCACCGCUGAGAGAGACCGGAGUCGCUUCAUGAUUUCUGAUUCCUCUGAUUGAUUACAGCUCCUUUUUUUUUCCUGUUUCCAGUCACAUUUCAGAAGCUGCCGUCUUGUUUUUCUUUGCCGUGUUUGUCUAUGACAUUUCCCCGGGUCCUGGGUCUCUGUGUCAAUACACAUUGUUAGACUUCUAACUACCAGUGGAGACUGGAGUAAGUCAUACCAACCCCGACCCGGCUCUCGGGCUGUUUUUUCCCCUUGCUGUGGCUUCGUGGUUCCCGCUUUUGUCUCCAUGCCAGUUUCUUUUCUUUUGAAAAGGCCAGUUGCAGACCCUGCAGACAUUUAAGUGUUGUUAUUUCAUGUGUUCCUUCAAAUCUCUCCAGCAAAAAUAGUCUCAAAAAAGAUGAAGAAUGAAAGGUGCAGAUGCCCGACAAAUAACUCUCCGGAUAAUUGCUUCCCUGGAAAUUAUCAAGACUGAGAAAGUAGAUCAAUUUACCGGUGAUGUUUAUUCUGUUUGCACUGAUUGUUAAAGGGAAGGGGAUGUGGUAAUAGGACAUCCAAUAAGUGAGACAGACCAUUUUUCAUAAUGUACCAUGUAGUGCGUUAAAGAACUCUGACUGUGUGAACCGUACAUGGGAAAGACAAUACUGAGGCCCAGCUGGAAAGCACAUGCAGCAGAAUCUGAACACGGUCCUGAGAUGUGGUGAACAUUCCUGCGAUUAUAUGUAUGUGGAACAUGAAGCCCCGCUCCCCUUGGAAAGAUAGGCUGCGGUCGUGGUUUAGGAAAUGGUUCAGGCCUGGUCUCGGAGUUCUGCCGAGAACCGCUUGAUUUCAUAGAGGUUUCAGAUCAAAACACACAUGAAAAAGGAGAAUUUGGCGAAGGGCAGGAUCCAACGUUUCUGCUGAAACGCUGCGUGUUCUCAUGUAGCCACUUCUGCCGCACGUUAGCAUCAAUCUUGUCAUUUUAUUUACAUGUCGGACUUGAUGGUGACGCUUGUCCUGCAGCUCUGAGUGUCAGAGAAAGUCACUAAUCCUAAACAAAAAGCUGCACAGUCCACUGCAGAUGUAUUGAUUUUGCAGUAAAAUAGACAAAUUGCAAGAAUUUGGAUUUAUUGGAACAAAUUAGCCGCAUUUUUCACUGUUUCUGCAACAUAAAACAGUCAUUGCACAGAACUUUUUUUCAUGUUCUGCAAAGAGAGUGUCGGAUACGCUGGUGAGAGCUGAAUGUAGUGUGGUAGAAAUAAGAGACGGUUGACUUUAGUGUUAAAUUUAGUCGUAUAUAUGAACAUAAAACACACCACAUUCAUACGGUUUAAUGUCCUGUACUUUAUAUUACGGCUGAGCGAUAUGGCCUCCAAUCAAUAUCACGAUAUAUUGAUCAGUUCACCUUGAUAACAAUAAAUGGACGAUAACUACUCCACAAGCUGCUCACCCCCUCCCUCAUUAACUUUGAACCGUCCUCCAUCUCCUCACCUGUCUUUCCCUCUUUGUUACAGACUGGAUGGGGUGGAGUCACGUCUCUGAUGUAGGACAGCGUCUUAAAGGGACAUGAGACCAUAGCCUACCUACACACAUCCAAAAACAACUUUGUUUUAUUGAUUUAUUUGACACUGAUGUGGGCAAAAUGUCGUUGGUUAUUGUCGUAAAUUUCAGUAUCUGUAAAUUUUCGGUUAAUCGCCCAGCCCUAUCUUCAAUAUAAAACAGUCAUUGAACAGCUUUAUUCAUAUUCUAAGAGAGAGUUGACUUCAUUGUUAAUUUUAGUCUUAUAUAUGGACAUUAAACACACCACAUUCUUAUGGUUUACUGUCCUGAACUUUAUUUAUAUUGCCGUGAAUAUUAAAAACAGGAGACAUAUUACAAUGUUGUUGUUUUUUUCCAAUAUUUCCAUGUGACUUUGCAGCAAAUCAGUCACUUUAGUCUGUAAAAAUACUCACGCCUACAUUAAUCAUUUUUCCAAAUAACAAGAUAACAUGUUCAGAGUGGAGUUAAGUGUAGCAUAUCUAAGGAAGUGUGUGUGUGUGUGUGUGUGUGUGUGUGUGUGUGUGUGUGUAUCGGAUCCUCCAGUGGUGAGAACACGAUGCUAAUCCAUGCCAAACGAAUGUGACUGCAGGGCGAAAUUCAUAAUCAUGUUUGUUUGUACUUAAUUCCUGGUACACGUGCACAGACACGACUGCUUGGUUACAGUGUUAAGUUAGUGCUGCUGCUGCUGGUGAGAGUGGGUUAUUAUUGCUGUUAGCUGCAUGCAGUGUUACGGUUUAAGAGCGUCACAUGUGUUGGUAAUCAGCUAAAGAGAGGCUGCACUGACAACACUUGUUUUGAGCAAAUGUGCAGCAUUUGUCAGAGUCCCACGGUGAUCAUGACUCAGACACAUACUAAGUGUGCUUGUUAAUUGAUAGCAGACUGGGGCUUCAGCCCACUGCCCACUCCAGCUGGAGUGUGAAUUCCCUCUCCUAUAUGUUAAUGGAGCUGCUGUAUAAAUGGCCCGCGCCAGAAAAAUAGCAUCAACAAGCAGAGCUGCUGCGCGCUGCCCCUGCUGUCCUGUUUACGUCCCAACCACAAUUAGAGAUGCACUUUGAUGACAGACGCUUCUUCUUCUUCUUCUUCUUCUUCUUCUUCGUUUUUUCCUCUCAACUUUAAAAAUGGAUGACGUGAACAACAUUUCUUUCUUUGAAGAACUCUUCAGGGGCUGUUUGGAUAUAAUAUGGAGGGGAAAAAAAAUCACAAGUGACUCUAAUCAAAUAUUGAUUGUACGCCCCCUCUCUCUCUCUCUCUCUCUCUCUCUCUCUCUCUCUUUCUGGUCAUGCUACGGUGCUUCUUGCCAUGUUUAUACUGGACCUGUUUACUCCUCUCUCCAACAUGCCUGUAAGAUCUCAACUGGCCUUUGUCAGAAAGAGGCGAGAAAGCUCACAGUAAAGGUCAACGCAGGUCAGACGCCAAAAACGAUAUUCUGCGCUCUCUCUGAGUUUUUCUAAAGGUCACCUUGAGAGAGGGAGGGAGAGAGGGAGGGAGGUGUGUGGAUUUACAGAGAUCUGAUGUGUGUUUUUUUUCACUCUGGAAUCGCAUGUCUGUCUCUUCCUAAAAGCGAUGAUCCAGUUUCAGUUGAUUGUUUGUUUUUUGAACCCGGUUUACAUCCAACACGUGAUCCACAGGAGAGCGUUCAGUGUUCGUGCUCUGUGCGAGACUUGUAUUUACUUGUGGACAAUAGAACAGAUGGUGUGAGAGGAAGAUUUGUCAUGCAUGGUUGUCCAGGGCCAGGUUUUUUUUCUGCACUUUUUGGCAGGAUUUUGUUUGCAUUUUCACGCUGUAUUUACAGGGUGAGGGUUAGGAUACUUCUGCUGCUGCUGCUGCUGCUCUACGAGCGCGGAUUGAAACACUCCUGUCACAUAGAUCCCACUCUGAAAGCUAUAUAGAUGAUACUAUAGAUGAUCCUGCAGGUUUAACUGCCAAGACUAGAGGCGAUAAAAUGAGAUGCAAAUGAUUAUAUGAGAUGUCAGAAAACCUAAAUGAGUUUUGAAUUCAGGUUAGGGUCCCAAACUAGGGGUGUCCCGAUGCAACUUUUAACUUCUGAUACGAUACCGAUAUUUUAGCCUUUAGUAUUAGCUGAUUCCAAUAAUACACACUGUUGUGAUCAUAUGGGCUCUGCAUGCUGGAUCUGGACGCUGCUAGAUAGAGGUACUGAAGCGGAUUCUGGAAUGGACUGCUUGUGUCGGAGUGCUGUAGGGCUGAAAUGAUUCCUCGAAUACCUCGAUUACAAAUAAUGAUCAAGGAAUUUUCUUUGCCUCAAGUUCUUGUUUAUCAGCUCAAAUCGUCACAGUUUCGCACAGAUACUUUUGAAGAUGACACAAUGCGCUUAUGUCGCCAUGGUAGUAGGAGGAGUUAGUGCUGUUUAGGUUUUUUGGAGUGGAAAAAAUUAAUGAUAAGAGGGGUUUUGCUGGUGUCGUAGCAGAAGCAGAAGCAGCGUAUCAGAUCGAUAUCCAGUAUAAAUAUCGUAUUAAGACAUCCCAAUCCAAAACCCAAAUAUUAGCAAUAAUACACUUACUUUGCAACUGGGAGACAGAGUCUUUACUACAUGAACACUUUUAGAGUAAAACUACAAAUGACUCAAACUGUCCCUCUAACGCGUCGGUAUCAGAACACCGAUGUGCUGAGUUCAGGUGCAGGAGAAAAAAGACUUCUCUCUGUUUUUAAACUCGUCACUGUCAGGUGUUGUGUUAAAAAAACUGGAUGUCAGUGUCUGCUAAAAGUCACUUUUUCUUCUGGAAGACACAGAAUAUUCACAACUAUGAGUUUGAUGCCCAACAGGAAAAAGGUGGUAGAAGAUGGAGGGAUGGAAUUACAAAUAACUUUCAGAUUUUAUCAAACACAGUAGAUCAUGAUUAAAAGAUUCAGAGGAUUUAGAGAAAUCUCUGCACCAAAUUUCUGGUCUGCAGACUCUGUAGUUCAGUCACCACAUGAGCUCAAAAUCACUCCUGCAAACCAGGUCGUUGCAUCAACAGAUGAGUCCAGAAUCUGGUUUAGAGUUAGAGUUAAAUAAAAGGAUUAAAUGAUUUUCAAACUAUAAAAAGCUGUUUUUCUUGCUCUGAACAUUGUGUGCCAACUCUUUCAGAGCUUGUUUAUGAAAAUACAUGAACAGGUCGUUUCAGUAAAUUUGAGUCUGCAGGUUUUUUCUUGUUGUUUCUCAGUCGUUACCUUACAGGAACUUUCUUCCACCUGCUCAGAAGAAUAAUAUUUUACCUCACACGGUCCACGCUCACCUAAGGCUCUGUGGGAACACUGCUUCUCCUGCUGCUGGAGUGAUUUGCACAGAGUACAAUCAGAGUGGACACAGUCCCUGAGUCACCCUCUGUUAAUGCUGAGGUUUCCACAGGAGGUGUCUGGCCUCCUCCUCCGCUUUAAUAUCCUGAGUGCUCUAAUCUGCUCACAGUGUCUCACUCUCACUGCUUACCCUCGCCGUCACCCCCCAAAAUCCUCCGCAUCACAUUAGAGUGACCCCGCCCUCAACUGCCCCCUACGCUCAGAGCCUAUACCUGCAGCUGACGGGGCGCGGCCUGUCUGGGACCAUAAUGCAUCACUCUGCGGGGUCCCUGUUUAUUUAUUGAUCAGCUCGUCUCUAUUAAGACGUCCAGCAGCUGCCCCCCGGUUUGAAAGCUCGGGGAAACUUCUAAAUUAUUGAGAAAUAACCGCUGCACAGCAGACCUGACUCUGUGGAGGAGAGGCUUUGUUGACUGUCAGCCUUCUGGCCCCCGAGGUCCGAGUGAUAAAACAUGUCAUUACGUCGCCGCUUUCCUCCCAUCUGCGAAACCGGACUUUGUCUUCUCCGACACCUGGACCCUCUUCCCUGUUUUUAACCUUCAGUUUCAGUCAAACAAGAUCAGACCGCGGCGGUUAGAGUCAUUCAUUUACCAGGUGAGGAGGCGGGACUCUCCCUCCCUCCCCUCCUCGCUCACGUACGCUGCCUUUUGUUUGCUGACAGUUGCUCUCUAUCUGGUAUCAGUGGGUGACAUCAUCUCGCCAUUUGGUCAGGUAACGUCAGGGCUGUUUAUUUUGUGUCGGAGAGCCGAAACUGCGAUGGCCUUGUUUAGUUAAGCUGCAGGGGGGCGGGGGGAGGGUCAGAGCUGCCUUAUACUGUGUUUACACUUAAUACAUGCUGCUCUCUCUCCCUCUCUCUCUCUCUCUCUCUCUCUCUCUCUGGGGCGAAAGCUUUAUUUUUGGCCCAGCUUUAUUUGUCAUCUCUGCGGUCAAAGACAACCGAAAUCCCAGAUUACUUCUCGCAUAUUUCAUAUAAGACCAGAAUAAAAACAGCAGUAAUCACAGGAGGACUGCGGGCGCCGUUUCCCUCGCUCCACCUCGCUGCAGCAGGAUCCACGUUCACUUCUUUGAAACUGUACGCCAACAAAAUGGAGAAGCAGGAUUUCAUACCAAGAUGAAUCAUUAGGAUGAGAAGCUUCGUUGCAGGCGAACUGAUGCAUCCCUCCUGACAUUUGAAAUGCCUUAAAGCUGCUCAAGGGGGCUUGCGAGUGUGUAUAUGUGGGAGUGUGUACGAGCGAGUGUGUGUGGGCUUGUGCUCUGAACCUCCCCGUUGCCUCAGAAACGAUGGAUGCACCCACAUUAGGUGAGAAUCGGUGCGUACGGUUGAGCGGCCGAUGCCACGCGCCGCCAACCUGAAAGUUGUAAUUUUAUAACCCCUCUGGAAAAAAAAACACGACUACUGCUCCGCGGCGCUCGUCCGGUCAUUACGCAUCUCUCUCUUCCCAAACAAACGACCGUUGGGAAUCGCUAGAAAUCCACUUCGCCUUCCAAGGAGCGUUCGCAGUUUGGGAAGUUGCCUAAGAUAAUAAAUAUUCCCGAUAAUCAUUAACAUUUACAGAGCAGCAGAUGUUACAUUGUCCUCAAUGAGGCGGCGUGUUUUACAAAAGACUUUUCAAAUCUGAACCAGAUAGUGGAAAAUUAGGAACAGGUCUACUAACCAUCUGGUUCGGCGAGGUCUCGCCUGCCUCCGCAGUCGGAGGGUAAAAAACGCCCUGAGUGUAAAUUAAAACAAAUCCUCCGACACGUUUAGUUCGUUAUCAAAGAGCUGAACGUCAACAGUCAACAAACAGACACAUUAAAGCGGGAAUAUGGCUGCUCCGGCUAAAUGAAGGCUCCUAUCUGGAUAUAAUAAAGCCUCCGACACGUUGAGACACUUAUCCCGCAGUGAAACAGUGUAAUUUAUGUCUGUGGAGAACAUAAGCAAAAUGCCUCUGGUUGAGCCCCUGAAAACAGACUGAGAAAUGUUCCAGCAGGGGGAUAAACAAGCUGCUAAUGGGAGGGUUUUGUGCGAGGACUUGGACUCCCCCGAAACACCCCAUGUGUGGUCAUGAAUAGGGGAGCAGAGAGGCCUUUGCCAUUGCCGUGGGAACUGGGGCUUCAUUAAACAGUCAUUAUCCCGGGUGGUUCAAGCCAUGUUUUAUCUCCCAGCAUCCCACUUAAGAGACAAAAGAGCAACCAAAGCAUAUCAAGGAGAUGACAGGUCUUUAUGAGGACGACCAGCUUUGAAGCUGCACAAGUUAUUUUUACCAAAAUACGAACUGAAAUCCGAGUUAUCUCCACAAACUGUCAUCCGAGCUCCAACUUAGUCGACUACAGGACAACGGAGGCUGUCGCAGUUUCACAAUGUUGACGCAACAAUGAUAAGAUUCUGCUAAAAAUAAGAAUACAGUAAUAAUAUGUGACUAGUAUACUCAAAGUAUGGGCGGUAAUCCUUUGGUACACUCUUCUUUAGACACAGGGAGGAUGAAGAAGCUAGCUAAGUCCCACUCCGAUUGUUUGUUUUUACUUCUUAAAGUGUUUUAAAAGGUCUUUAAAUCGUGAUUAUUAAGUUUUUAGCCAAAAUCACGUUACCUGUGUCAUUUUAAAGCUCUUUUCUUCUGCAGAGCUCCAGUAGAUCAUUAACAAUUUGCCUCUGAGUCGUGGGCGGAGACAGCGCUGCUCUGCACACUCUUCAUGUUAGCCUGUUGCCUAACAUUGCCGGCGUAGUUAAAGAAGCAGGUAACAUAGGAGCUAUUCAGCUCUCGGACACUAAUGUCUUUGGUGACAUGAUGAAAGUUAAUAUCAUAAUUAGUUUUCUUACGAACAUUGCAAUCUGCUGACGCACAUGCUUGUUCUGCGGUUGUCUUCUCCAUUUUUGUCUGGCCUGCGGGGGCGGAGCUUGGAUUUGUGACAUAGGAAAUCUCACUGUAUCUGAGCCUACUGUUUGGGUCUGCCAGAGAUUCACAGAGAUUUGAAUGCAGAAAUACUCAGAAAUGUAAUUUUGCAUUUAUUUUUCUCCUGAUAUGUCCUGUAGCAUCAGAAAUAUGAACAUGUGAACAUGUAGACAACAAGAAAAACACGAUUUUCAUCUGAGCAGGUCUUUAACUGUCGACUUUUUGACAUACCAUGAAUCCAAAAACAGCGCACUUGAAUAAUAAACAUACUUUUUAUUGAUCUGUUUUUAGCUGUUUUAAUAACCUACAGUCUACUGGAACUAGCGUGGAAAUUGUUUCAAAAUAAAAGCAUGUUUUUAUAAUGUAGAGGGUAAAGUAACCUAAACGGUAGACAAAAAGAUCAUGUGAGUUUGAUUGUGAUCUCUCAGGCCGUGAUAACUGCGAGGUAAAUUGGCGUGCAGUGAUAAGCGUUCCCUCUUCGUUUUCUCCUCCCCUAAAAGCCGCCGAGAGGACGACAUUUAAGCCCAAGAAAAAGACGCUCUUUAACGACAUCGGGUUUCACAUUUUCUUGGUUUUGAAGUCCUCAAACUUCAAACGGCGACGUCUUGCCGCCAUUUGGGACCCGCUCCUCGCCAAGUCGCCUGGUGCGGCUCAAAAUAGCAGUCAUUAAUGAGCGCCUCUUCUGAAAUAUGCAUCGAGUCCUGUUUAAUCUCUGCCUCCCUCGCAUCGCAGCGGCGCGAGGUGAAUUAUCCUGAACUUUGUGUGACUCAGACACAAAUGGAUUUCUUUUGGAGGAGCUCGGCCGGAGUAACGGUAAAUGAGCCAAUAAUCGUCUUCAGAAAUGUUGUUGGUCGUCGGCCAGUUCAGCUAAAAGGAAAAAGGCGAUAUUGUUGCAUAUCCACGGACGAGACGAGCUGCCAAAGAAGUUGUUUUAUGGAAAAGAAGCUCCUCCGACUUUAGAGGGCGAGAGCCUGGCUUUUCAAUUUGGAAUUAUUCAGUCUUGUUGUUUAAUAUGUAGAAGAAGAAAACGUGGAAACAAACAGGAUGGAUGAGUGUCGUAUAUUUAGCAUGAAACUUUAAUUAGAUUCUCUUUUCUCUGCGGCAGACACAAAAAGCAAAUAUGAAAAGUUAAUGUCAUGUUUCUCAUUCAUUUUUGAUUUGUUACAGGGAGGCUGUGAGCUUCUUUUUCAUCUUAAUGUUUGUUUUCCUGUGCGGGUAAUAAAACCUCUGAUUGAUUCGAACGCAGACACCCUCAGUAUUUGUUAGAAGCGGUGUUUGCGGCGGAGAUUACCCCGCAGGUUUAUUUCCCUCCAACGUUACGAAGGUUAUUUGAAUGAAAGCUAUUUUCUCCUCACACUGUCCAAUGCACCGUAUGCAAACAUCACAAAGCACAUGCUUCUCCUUGCAGCCUGGCGGGCCAGAUCUUAUUACAGUCGAGCGUGGCGUGCACAGCUCUGUGCCGAGGCCUCGCGACUCUCUUGCUAUCAGCACAGGGCCAGACGGCACAGCAGCUGUUUUAAUAGUUCCCCUUAUGUCCCCCUUGAUCCAUACAGCUCACCUGGAGUGAAUCGAGCCACUCUCCUUUUUUCAUAGCCUGCCAGGCUGGGCAUACUUUCUGCAUGUUUGUUUGUUUGUUUUGUCGCUGCUUCUCCUUCCAGAAAUGAGGCUCCUCUCUGUCAGAGCGCUGUCUGGCCUCAGGUGGAUUGGAGCAUGACUGUCCCCCAGUCACCUCCUUGUCAGCGCGAGAACAAAGCAACAGCAGCUCAAACGCCAACGCCGGCCAGACCCGAACCAGGAGCACACCUACAAAUCUCCCCAAAGCUCCUCCUUCCUCUUUGUCUCCACUUCUUCUUCUUCCUCUCUUUCUGCACCGCUGCCUCUCGUAGCCCCUCACCAAAGCUCCCCUCUUGCAUGAAUGUGGCUCAGCUCUUGCAUGGCUUUGCCGCUCUGUGGUGUAGUCUGUAAUUACAGCUCAGCCAAGGACUCCUCCGGUCCUUGAGUGAAAGGGGUCCCCCGUGGGCGUCCCUGGUCCUUCAAGGAGGGGGUUUGUGCUCCGUGGCUGUGUAAUCAUGCCUUUUCCUCUGGUUUCCAUUUGUGCGAGCUGCUGUUUAUUUGGUUCAAUGUGAGCUGGGAGCAUCGGCCUCAAAGGAUGAGGGGCAGAGUGAAGAGCGAGAGAGCGAGCGAGGAGCGAGAGGGAGGGAGGGGCUGCAGCCGUUCACACACAGCCAGCCCCUGCCACUAUUGUUUCAGCAUUCAAGUGGGUGAGAUCCUGCCAGGUACAUAUUUAUGAGAUUUCACAGCCUCCUCCUCCUCCUCCCCUCGCUUCGCCGCGGCUUAAGAUUAAACUUUAACUCGUGUUGUCACACAGUAAAUUGUGUUUGCUGUUUCAAAAAAAUAUCAAACUCUCGCCGCCAGGACUGCUAAUCUGAGCUGUGAUUAAACGGAGUACACCUCGCCCCGGGGUGCACAAGGACACAGGUGUUCCUCAAGGUGCAGAUGACAAGGUUGUCAGUCCUUCCUGUCAAACUGUAUUAGGGAAUCAAUCUGUCAUCUUCAAAUCCCCAAAGUUUAAAUCUCUAUAGACGCCGCGCUGCUGCUGCUGCUGCUGCUGCUGAUGAUGUGGUCGGACGGAAAUGAAAGAUGAUGCGCGCUCAGUAACUCCAAAAGGUUGUCACUUUGUGUUUUUAUAUGAUUAGGUGUAGGCAGGAGCGGCUGCACUUGAAUGAAAGCACAUAACAAUGGAUGGAAAUUGCCUUUCUGUGUUGAUGCACUGCCUCCCGGUCUGAGAGUUGAGCGCUCGCUGUGAGAGAUGGAGAAAGUACAUCGUUCACCUUAAUGGUCUUCUAGCUGCUGCAGUGCAUCAAGCCUUUCUCCUCUGCAUGCAUGUGAUUCGCCCCGAUGUCCUUCAGCUGCUUUUCUGUAUUUUCACCAGAAAUAUCUUCAUAACCCCCCCUUCUUCCUCUUCCUCCUCCUCCUCCCUCAUGCAUCAGGUCUGUGCACACGUGCAGACUGACUCCAUCAGAUACUGUAUGCAGUGGGUGUAUGCAUUAAUGGAUCUCUCUCGCAUAUUCUUACACAUUUUAGAGCCCCCUGUGGAAACUUUAUCUCAGAACGCAGCGAUUAUCCAUCAUUGCCAUGCAGUAAUUCAGCCUUAAAGAGACACGCUGUAUAUGUGAUGUGUGUAUCUGUGUGUGUGUGUGUAAGAAGUCUCGGCUCGCAGCAUAUUUUACCCACUUUUUUACGAUCUGAUUCACCGGUGGCUUUAUGAGUCCGAUGUGAUUAACGCAGGAAUUUCAGUCUUUCUUCCUGUGGGUCCUGCCCGUCCAGAGGAGAUAAUUACAGCUCAGGCUGGUUGUAAAUACAGAGCGACCAGGAAACGGGACGUCAUCAGACUUCACCUGGAAAGGAACAUAAAUCAGAGGCUGAGAUAACAAAGAUGUGUUGUAGACAACAGGAUGCAGGAGCCCUGCAGCUCUUCACUGACACGUCUGCUCUGACUGCACUCACUGUAGGGCGAAGAUCAGCCGUAAAACAGAGGAGUCGUUGGAGUUAGGAGGGAAAAAAAAAAACUCGCCACGAGACUUGACUUGAAUUUUUUUAAACAUAUAUAUUUUUAAUCAGCUUUGACGGUGAACUGACAGCACUUCUAUAGACCUCUCACUGCACUUUACAUCACACGUCACUCUUAAAACACUCAGAGGCAGUUUUUGUACCGAGACCUCAAUUCCGGAGCACUUCUCACCGGCGUUUACUGUUGCUAGGUUACGCAACUUUGGCCCCCUCCUUAGGAGUGACGAUGAAGUCUGUUUUUAAACACCCUCUGUGUGCGUCAUACUCGCAGUCUUCAAAAGCAUUUCACAAAUUAAAACAGUUGAUAGAAAUGGUGUUGUAUAGGGUGACCAUAUUAUGAGUCCCCAAAAAGAGGACAUGACCACGCGGGGGCGGAGUCACAGAGUCACACAGAGUUAAUUUUGGGGGGUUUUGGGGUCGUAUCGAAUGUCUUUUUACGCGCUUCUAACUCAGUUAGUCCAUGUAACACAAACUCGAAACUUCUGUACAAAACGCCGGGACAUUUCACUGAUUUUGUAAACUUUCCUAGACAGCCCCCCCAAAAAAGAGGACAUGUCCGGGUAAAAGAGGACGAAUGGUCCCCCUGUGUUGUGGCUACGUUAGGGAACUGUGGUGUUUCUCCUUCACUGUCAUCGUCGACGGAGACGAUUCCAAACCCACCAAGUAUUUAUGGUCUAAAGAGGUCUAAUAGUCGUCUAAAUGUAUCCUAGACGUCUGGUCUAAAAUCAGACUACCACAGGUCUAAAAAGUGAAAGUUUUUAAACGUCUGAAUUUAGACCGAGUUUAGACUAGCUGGCUAACAGAGGUAUAACUGUAUUUUGCUCAACGGCUAUCCUAAUUAUUUUGGUUUAGUACUUGGAGAUCAGUUAUUUAACUCACAGUUGCUUUUUGAAAUAAGUAGUUAUCGAAUAACGGGUUCAAGUCCAACGUCUAAAUUCUGUGUAAAAAUAUACAGAAUCUAGAAGGUUGAAAUUAGGUCUAAAAAAAAAAACUAGACGUCUAAUAGUGUCUGUUGCUCAGUGGGAAGAAGUCAUGCCCAUCCUUCCCACCAAACACCUGACGUCUUUUAGACGUCUUUUUUCAGGCAAAAUCACGUCGGUCCGUCAUGACUGUAAUUUAGCCCAAAAGAAGACAUUAAAAACUGGGCGUUAUUUAGACGGUCUGAAUCUAGACGUUGUUGAAAAGACGUCUUUUUAACCACGUUUUGCUGGGUGGGUUGAUUCUGGUUCUGGCUGGUUGCAUUGAUAUUUCCAACAAGUUUUAGCAGAACAGCAACUAGAUCAAGCUGCUGCUGAGGAUGCAAAACAGAAAUAUCAAAAAUCAUCCUUUUCUGCCUAAACUACAGUCCUAAAGUCAAAUACAGAAAGUUAAUAGCUGUGGGGCUGGCGGUAGAUCUGUUGGCGAGGAUUUUGAAAUUGGGCUGGUGACUUGAGAGGCUCCAGAUCACCUCAAGAUUUUGCUGCGCUGCCCUUAAGCCCACUUACAUCAACAUCUCUAAGAGCGAGUUCAUGAGGUUGAGUUUUAAGCAUGUUCCAACAGCGUGAAAAAUGUACUUUAGUAUAUAAAUAAACACAGAGAAGCAGCAAACAAACAAAUAUGUGAGUGAUCGCUUCAUAAACCACCGGAGGGGUCGAUUAAUCAUCACUUUUUGUCAAAAUUGUUUAUUUUCUCUCUGCUCGGAAACCAGACGGGCGAAGCAUGAGCAGCUUGAGCUCAUCGAGAGGUCAAUAUAUUUAUGAAAGCUCGAACCAGAGGGAAGUUUACGCUCUGUGUCUAAUCAUUGACCUUUUUUUAUUCCAAACCCCUCACAGCUUCAGAUAGUGGGGGGGUAAAGGAGAAUAAUGAGUGUUUUUUUUUUCGUUAUAUAGCCCAUGUGUGUGUUCUUAGUGUUGUGAGAGGCUCCACCGGACUCCACUGUGUUUCUCUUAAUGGGUGCUCCAGGCAGCGGCUGAAGUAUUAGGGAGUAAAAAGUAAUUAAAAUUACAAUGGGCCAGCUCGAGUGUUUCUGGGUGGGUGUGUGGGUGGAGGGAGGCCAGAGCGGCAGACGAUGACUUGGCUGCUCCAACUCGCCGCCCUUGUACUCAUUCAUUAGUGAUGCAUUGGUUCUCGCUCGGCCCUUCCAUCUCAUCAGAAACAGGACCCCUGGUGCGCGGAGACAGAGCCGUAUGGAUGUGUCCGUUAUGUUAAUAACUUCUGCCGUGUAGCGACUCUGUACACGGAUGUAUACGGAGCAGACUGGGUUAUAACAGAGCAGGAGAGCGAGGCUGAAUCCCUGAGUUUGGCUGCAGUUAUUGUGCGUGGAUGUACUACUCACCAGGCUGAAUUGACUCCUUGGCUCUCAGUGCAUGUACUCUCUAUUGACUGGAGUGUUUUGCUUUGCCUUGGACACUUGUUAAUUGUAAUUAAAUGUUUUUUUUUUUCCCCCUCUCUCUCUCUUUUGUUGUUUCUUCUAGCUGGCCAGGGACAGAUGGUACAGAUGGACUCCAGUAGGUCCGGCUUUGUGGGUUCACAAGUGGAGCUGCGCUGCAUUUUCAUCAACAGUAACCCGCCCGUCAAGAUCUCUCAAGUCACCUGGCAGAAGCAGGUCAACGGUACCAAGCAGAACGUGGCCAUCGCGAACCCGGCUCUCGGCGUGUCCGUUCUGCCGCCGUUCAAGGAGCGGGUCAGCUUCAAGCAGGCGGCGGUGGGUCACCGCACACCCUCCCUGGAGGACACCACCAUCGUGUUCUCGAACCUGCAGCUGUCCGAUGAAGCCGCCUACAUCUGCGAGUACACCACCUUCCCUGCAGGCAACCGGGAGAACACAGUCAACCUCACGGUCUUCGGUAAGAACAAACCUGUGUGUUGAAGCAACUGUAGGGUGUAGGUUGGAAAAUGUCUGCAAAAGUUAAUGCCAGAGGGUGGCGCUAUGACUGUAGUUGAAAAUGUAUCAUAUUGAUGGACUCAGAGGUGGACUUUAAAUGGUGUUUGAGUAAAUGAGUGAAGUAGUAAUAACAACUUCCUGUUUGGUGACCAGAUACCAAAGCUUGAUGAGGUGCCAUGGGUCGCACGCUUUGAUGCCAACUCCUCAAAAACGUAGAAUAUUUAGUAGGAAUUGGUAUUUUCAGAAAGUCCUUGGAUGGAUUUAUCAUAUGAAUUAAUAAUCAAUCAUUGAUUUAAAGGAAAAUACACAAAAACAUGUUUUUCCCCAAUAUUGUUGUUGUGCGCAAUGAAUGCUUACUCGUGCUUCCUACCUGUCCGGCUGCCGUCAUCACCGUUGUUUUUUUUACUUCUUCAUUGAACACUAAACUCGGGGACAUUUCCAGGGACAACUUUAGCCGGGGACAGGUCAUCCAAAACAACAACUUUCUCCCGAAAUCGGGGACAUCUGGUCGCCCUACAGAUCCUCCUUGCUAACAAGGAGCUGAUGAUUGGUUGAGACUGAGAGGACUCGGACUGGAUUUAUUAACCUCAGUCAGAUGUAUGCGGUUCAAGUGGUCCAUCAUUGGGGUAGUUGUCCUGUUGUACUUGUACACGGCAUCGCAGUGUUUGCAGCAAACCUCAUCAUUUUUCCGCUCGAAAUAUUCCCACUCCGCACUUCGUCUUUCUUUCUUUACUUUUUUUUUUUUGACUUCUACGGAAGCCCGCUGACGUUGUAUCACUCCGCAUGGUGAUUUGCACUUCAUUGCUUCAACAUACAAAAACACACUCAAACACACUCACUGGACAGAGAGAGUAACCCAGAGGUUCAUCUUUACUGGAAAUCAGCUGGAGGAUAGACGCGCUCUCUCAGCCCGUUUUAAUAACGUGAGAUCGAUCGAAAGUUUGCACGAUUAAUUAAUCAUGCCCAUUCCUAAUACACAAACUGCCUAAUACACAGACUGAACGUGGAUUACUGUAAUGAGGUUCUUUGGACUGUUUUUUUUUUUUACAUAUGUACCCCAUGAAUCAAAGGACAGUCAUAAAAAAAUCUAAAUUCCCCUUUGGUCUGAUAAACGAGUUUCCGUUUGGUCAAAGUCCUGAUAAUUUGUGUUACAUUGGUCAUUACAUUAGUCCUCUCACCAUGACCAUCACUUUAAAAGUCCUCAUACUGAUGUAAAUCAUAACCAUUAAAUCCUGAAUCUGUAUCUAUAGUAGCAGCACAUGUUUUGGAUUUGAGGAACUCAAACUUACAUUUCUAAUCUGUGAACUCUGGAAAUUACCAACUUCAAAGGCUUUACCCCUGAAGAGCUGCACCGAUAUUUUCAUCAAACUGUUGCCUGACUGUGAAAAACAUGAAUCCCCUAAACAUCAAAUAUAAAUGAGCUCAGAAAACAGACAAACCCUCUGCUCUCAGAUUUGUGGUUGCACAUUUUGUCCGUAAUCAGCUUAAAUUGCACAUUUAGCUUAGCGAAGAUGAUUUCUCAGCCCGUAAUUGAAGUCUUAAUCCUGAAGUUUGUUUCCCAAAUUCUUGAUUUCCUGGAGUUCGGAGGAUCAUGGAAACAAAGUGAAAACAGAAAACACCACUUUCUGAUUUCCAUCUUCUUGCGUAAGUUUCCACAUGCCUCGGUGAGUAAUUGGUCAUUUUCAAGCUUCUACAUGUAACUGUUAACAUCAGUUAAGGAGUAAUUUCCUCGGACUUGCUACUGCUGGCCUGAGUUAUCAGAGGAAUGUACGAUCCAUCUCCUUAAAUGAGUUUUCUUUGUGACUUUAGGCGGAGAAAGUUGAGUGAAUCAGAUAAGAGGGGGUCAAACCAACACCGUCCCCUUCAGUGAAAGGCCAAGAGAAACACUCACAGCUCUUUAUUUCAACAUGACACCGCCACAGGCCCCGUCGUAAACCAGUCUGAGGUCCUUUGAACACCUCAGACCAGAUGCUCAUUUACCGUCAGAGACCGCGCUGUUUACAGUUCAAGCCCCUGUCUGUGAUUGGUGGGCAGCGUGGCCAGCUGUCUUCAAGGCUCUCAUACCUCAGAGGACCUUGUCAUUGAGUUCAGAUGAUCGGCACGGAGGAGAAAAUCAUUUUGACAAACGCAGGAGUUGAAGACCUGAAUGUCACGUCCUUUAGCUCCACUUUUAUUUAGGCUGUUAUGGAAAAAAAGGGAAAGUGCUGCAGAGAGCGGUCAAUAAAAAAUGGCAGGUGAGGCGGAAAUCAAUAAGGCCACUUCAGUGCAUGUAAUUUGUUUGAACAAUCUCAUCUCAGAGAAAAAAAAACAGAAGCGCUCUGAGAUGUAGUUUAACUUGGACAGAGGCAGCUUUGCAGAGGUCUUCACCUGCCUUUAAUUAGAAAGCUAAUUAGGAAUUAAAGCAGCGAGCAGCGAUGAGCAGACAUGUCGGAGUUUGAGUGUCGGGGUGUGGAGGACCUGUGGGGUCAUUAUCGGACAAAAAAAAGUGUUAAUGGUUCUGGAUUUUGUUUUUUUUAAACUAAAACUAAAAUUAGCUGCACUGACCACACACAGGUUUUUGGAUCCAUCAAGAUCCGUAUCAUAAAGGGAUAUUCCGGCAUAAAAUGACAUUAUAGUUGGUAAAACUAGAGAAGCAAGCAGUCGACUGGAAACAUUCGAUUAUUCUGAAAAACAUACUUUGACAAAGGUACGGUGGCCUCAGAAAUACCCAGUCGAGCCUAACAGCUAACUAUAAGAACUAAUGUGAAUUACAGGACACAUUGCUCAUUGACACUCAUUGAAGCCCCACCCCUUCACAUUUGGUAUCAUUGAAAAGCUCUAAAUGUCCUCUGUAGAAACCAAAAGGAGUUAAUUCAGUAGUAUGCAGUGGGUGGGAGAUAUUGAGGUUUACAAUGGUCCUCCACAGAGGACAAAUUUGAACUACUGGUAGUCAGGAGGAUAUGAACAAGUUUAGGACUGGACCCUUAUUAUGUGUGGUGGUGGAUUCGGGUCAGUUUGGAUCAUGCAUGGAUCAGAUAAAAACUACUUCCUGUUUCAUGGCGAAACAUUUACAGUAUCUUUGAGGGUUGGUAAACUCUUAAACUUCAACCCCCUGCAACAAACAGUGCAAAUAUGGAUAAAAAAAGCUCAAAGAUGAGUUGAAAAUAUGGUUACAGGGUUUCUGAUGGAUCUUAAAACACCUAAAAUCCAAUAAUUUGAAUUUAAGGUUUUAAAAUGUCUAAAAUUCUCUUAAAAUCUCAUAAAAUGUCUUAAAAACAAAUUUGAAAGGUCUUAAAAACAUUUUGGUGUUACCUUCUAAUAAAGAUUGAUUUGAAAUUAGUUUAAAAUGUUCUGAUUUUCUUCAUGACUUCUGUACUUUUUCCCAGUAUGGGUGUAAAAUGGAUCUUAAAUUGUAUUCGUUAUGGUCUUAAAACGUCUUAAAUCUUAUCUGUUGAAACCUGCAGAAACCCCGGGUUAAAAAUAGAGUUAAUUAUGAUGUUCAACUCCAACUUCACGACUCUCUGUUAAGUUAAAGCUCCGGGUGCAACGGUUCUUGUCUGUAAAGUGACCUUGAGUGUCCAGGACGGCGUUUCCUUUUGGCAGAAAGUAGAAUAAUCACAAAUCCGUUCAUUCCUACAGACUCGUACGCAGCCUCGGCGCUCUGCCCCGCUGAAGUGUUGUUGUGUUUUCCAUUAAAUCCCAAUAAGGAAAAAAACACUCGGUCCUGAGUAGUCCCUCUUGGCGGGUCUUCUUGUCACCUCCAGGUCCUCAUUUCGUGUCACUGAGCCUCUCGGGUCUUUUCAGGUUUCUGCGGCUCAGUGAGCGUCAGAAACCUGUGUGCAGAUAACCAGGCUGUGGUGCUCAAAGAGGGGCCUCUUCACCGCCUAUCUCCCUCUCUCUCUCUCUCUCUCUGUUGUGCUUUCGCUCCAGCUCAAGCCUUCCUUUUGAUGUAACAAGAGUAGAUUGCUAAUUGGCAACUCACAAAGGAUUCACGUUGGAAGACUUUGCGUUUGGGUAGGCAAGUGGGUUCUACAUCUGUGAGAGCUUUGACAACCGCUUCAGCUUUGAGGAGGGGAGAGGAGCUAAAGUUCGCCUGAUUCGAGUCCCAGCCUCGUUUUUAUCUCUCGUCCUCGUAGUUUAAUUUACUUCAAAGCUGAUUGCAGGUGAAGAAGAUAAAAUUAGACACAAACAUGAGAAGAAAAGGUAGAAAAACACUGUCUCUGUUGAAUCAACUCUAAUUACCUUCAUUCACGGAUCUGAUUGGUGUAUUCUUUCUCUCCGCAGCUCGCCCCAUGACACGCAUGACCCUGACGACGCCCACCAUCGUCGCGAGACCUCAGAAGCGCAAGAUGACCGUCGCCACCUGCGUGUCGGCCAACGGGAAACCCCCGAGCGUGAUCAAAUGGGACACCAGGUUGAAGGGCGAGGCGACCUUCCAGGAGACCCGCAACCAGAACGGGACGGUGACGGUACGGAGCAACUACGUGGUGGCGCCGAGCCGGGAGACCCACAAACAGAAGCUCACGUGUAUCGUGACGUACCGGAACGAGAGGAUCACAGACAGCGUGGUGCUCAACGUGCAGUGUAAGGAAACGAACACGUAAAGGGUUAAACGCUCCACAGACUGCUGCAGAGCGAAGAACUGCUCUGCUCGCCGCCGUUGUUGUUUGCAUACAAUAAAAUGAUCCAUUAUGCAUUAAUUUAGAGGAAAAUAUUCCUCUUUGUAUGUAAAUAAGCCUUUUUACAAAUACAACCACGUUUACAAACACCGACAAUAAGAGCGCAGCACAGUCAGAGGGAAGUGUUGACUGUCUGCUGUGAGCCGGGGCAACAAAGUCGGUCAAUAACACUCCUUUUUUUAUGAUAAACAUGAAGGUUGCUUUUUUAUGUCGUCAUCUACAGUGUGUUCAAUCAUGAUUGAUCCACAUUACUAGUCCAGAUCUUGUAUGAAGAAGGAGAUGGAGACAUUAAAUCAAACUCCAAACUUAAAAACAAAGUCAGUAUCUUAUUCCUAAUCGUGGAUCAUCUGAGACUCUGAGAUGUUCCUUAAAUCUGAGCUCCACGCUCUCAUGCACACAAAAGUUGUUAUUUCCUGCUGAAAGUGUAAACCGAUCGCCGCCGCAGUUUACAGUAAACAGGAUCCUGUUGUAAACACGGCGCCGAAACUUUUUCCAUUUACACAAAGUCGAGAGGAAAAGAGCGAAUGAGCUGCUGAAUAUUCACCAGACUCCCACUCAGAGGAGAGAACUUUCACAAAUCAAGUUUUUAUGAAAGUUUUUUUUUUUUCUCAUUUUUAAUUAAACUUUUUUAUUAGACUCCUUAAUUCUAAUCUUAACUAAAAUAAUAGAACAGCUUAUCCUUAAAGUGUCUGAGAGCGGACUUCUCUUAUUUCUUUUAACAGUUUUUUACUGAGAAAACUUUCACAGAUAAAACCGUUAAAGUCUGGAAGAUGGAUCAUGGUGAGGAGGAUGAACUGACCGCGGUGUUUCCUCCUUUUUUGCAGAUGAACCUGAGGUGAAGAUCGAGGGCUUUGAUGGAAACUGGUACCUGAACCGUCAGAACGUUCAGCUGACCUGCAAGGCCGAAGCGAACCCCCCUGUCACCAUCUACCAGUGGAAACUGUGAGUCUGAGUAAACCCGAACAAAAACCCUCGAGGCUCUCGAGACGAGACAGUCCAGCUACGUGAUUUUCUCUCUGACUGAAACAGAGAGUUUUAAUCCGUGUGUGUCAAAGCGAACAUACAGAGAGGAAAACACACCAACCGCCUCCAUCGUCUCCAGAAAUGCGUCUCUGUUUAUUUGUUUGUAAUGAAGAUAAGACUCGGAGCUGAGGCGGGAAACAAUGGGGCCUAUUACCACGGUAACACACACCCCUAUCAGCCCUGAUACUCUCAGAUACAGAGAGAUAAAUGCAAACAGACCGCAGCUCUCUUUGCUUUGGGGCUUUUUGCUUUGAAGUGCGAGGACCGGCGUGUACAGGUAAGAGCAGCAGAAAAGCGUCAUUGUUAGCGCCCGCCGCGUUCUCAGGAGAGAGCAGACAGCGGCGGUUUGUCUCUGAAACUGAGAGUCCAGGAUUAGACCGACAUACCGCAGGGCUGACAUCAGUGUGAGCGAACGCACGAGCUGGAGGAGAUGCAAACAUGUAUUCGAGGCCUCGGGGAGUCACUAAAUAACCGUAAUGGCAUGAAAGCUGCUCAUGCAGAAAUGAUGCUGUGUGAAUAUAUGAGCGCAGAGGCGUGGAGGGAAAACAGAAACCUGACCGCAGGAGCGUCUUCGUCAAACUUUCCCUGCGUUUGAUGUCGUAAAAAAAGUCUGAGCAGCUCGUCUGAAUAUUAACCAACUUCUCUGAGCGUAUCAGUUUUAAAUGAAAGUCUCAUACGGUAAAAUUGAGAGAUAAAUGCAGCAAUUUGUCCUGUAAUUGCAGAGUGAAGGAUGGGUUGAGAAAUAUGUCAUUGGACAUGAGUGGAUGUGGAUUUAAUAGACCAUUGUGGUCUCAUUGUAUCUGCUCUGCAGGCCUCUGCUGGAUUUUAAUGAGGCAUGGGGAGUCGGUUUUCUCCUCCUUUUCUCUCUUUUGCAUAGAUUUCCCUCUCAGGGUGGAAACAGUGAUAUAAACACAGAGAGCAGCAAAACAAGACGACAAGAUGGAGAAGAUUUGACCUGUUUGGGGUUUUCUUCUCCUAAGAGGCACGGGGGGAGAUUAAGGCAGAUAAGGGAGAGGAUAAGGAGAGAGGAAGAGGAGGAGGAGGAGGGUGAGGAGAUGUGAUCUGGAAAGACGAGGGCGCUGUGCUGACAGAUACGAGGGGACGGCCAUUGCUGCACUGAAAAUGAGAUGCCAAAUCUGUUGUGAAGGUUCCCCUGGGCUCCUCUGUGGAGGUCAGCACAAGGCUGUGACGGAACCAUCCAGAACAGGCCGGCAGGACCGCGUCACACUGAACCACACACACACAAAUACACACACAAAUACACACAUAUUCAUACACAUGGAGAUGCAGGAGGUGCAGCCAGAUCCUGUUGUCCCUAAAAUAGAUCCUGUUUUUUUAGACCUUUUGGUGGUUUGAAUAAUUCAGUCACUUUAUUUCUGUUUCAUCAGUUACUGAGUCAAAGUGAAAACAUGCAAAAACAGCUGAUUGGAUCAUGUGUACAACGCAGGAAAAAUCAGAUUUACUGAGUUUAUUCGUCUCUUUUUUACUCAUUGUAUCAGAAAAAUAUAUAUUUAUAUGUUUUUUUUGUCAAAGUAUUUCAAGCGAACAGUUUCUUAAAGUAUUAAACAGCUUUUCAGGAAAUUACCUGCUGCAGAGACAGUUUCAUGCCGAUUCAAGGUGAUGCAGAAAUGUUCAAUAACUUCACCUUGGAUGAGCGCCGAGUCGGUCUUAUUUCACACAUUAAUGUGGCGGGUAAUAUUAUAGUAAUAAGUUUGGUAUAAGUAUAUUUUCCAUGAAGUACCUUUUUAUUUAACUGUUUUAUCAGACGGAUGUUUCAGUAACGAGGCAUCUCAAAAUCUCACAUCUGAGAGUUUCUGUCUUUACAGAAAGACAGUUUGUUGUAUGUUGAGUUAAUGAACACCAAAAAUCAGACCCAGGUUUUCUGUGAUGAGUCAAAAAGUCUGAUGAUGGAAUAAGAAAAUGUCUUCUUAAAGUUUCUUGAUUUUAAGAACUUGACGUGUUUUUUUUCUCAGUUUUUACUCAUUAAAAAGACUUUCUGUCUGAUUUUUUUAAGUUAAUAUCUUGAAAUGAGACAUUUUUGGGACUUGUUUAGUGAAGGUGGUUUCAUUUAACCCUUAAAGAAAGAAAAGAGACAAAAAAAAACUUUAUUAAAACAUGUAUCUGCAAACUGACAAGUGUGCCAUAAAGCUCCUGUCUGCAACUUUCAGCUUGUUCCCACCUUGGCGCCCCCUGUGGACAACUGUGAUUUUGCAGCGUACAUGAGUAAUUUGUGUAUUCUGACAAAAAAAUCUCACCUUACUUUUUUAAAAGUCAAAUGUCGUGAUCGGACCUUUUUUUGUCCUUUUUCAUCAGUUUUACUUCUAGUUUAGUGUUGAAAAUCUCUCACUAGAGCUUUAAUGUAAAGAAAUGAGCCUGUCUUGUAUCCUCUAGUAGAGAAAUCUCAGAAAUCACGAGUCCUCCGCCUCGUCCCUGAUGGUCCUGUCAUAGAAAGUUGAAAUUUCAUCUUGUCUUUAUAAACACACGGCAAAGCGCCGCGGCUGCUUUUUUAAAAAAAGGGUUAAUUUGAUAUUGACUGAAAGAGCAGAAACAAAAGAGGCAGAGACGACGUUGUUGUUGUUGUUUGUCUCUGAAAUGUUUGUUUGUCGGCGCGCUGAAGCCGCCGCCCUCAUCGCGGAGUCUGUUUUAAGUGUGCCGGAGCUUUCAGUGGGCAGGGAGAGAAAUAAGUGGAGGACGUGUUUUUCUUUCUUAUCGUCAGAAAUGACUCUUUCUUGUUUUCUCUGUUAAUUCACUGAAAAUAACUGCCUACACAAACUCUUAAUGCAUCCCCAGACACUCACCGAUAUAAAACCCUAUAAAUAAAACACAAGUGUUAUUGUGACGACCUCAUAGCUGGCAUACUUAUCUCUGUUGUGUAGAUCUCCUUCUAUUAUUUACAUCCAUUAGAAGCAUCCUUGAGUGAAGUGCGGUUGGAUGAAACUCAAAGAUAACAUCGUCCACCUUUUUUUAAUUGAUAUCAGAAUUGGCAGAAGCUUCCUCGGCUGAUGUCCUUUUAGUUUGAAUGUAGAGACGGAUCCUCCACAUUAAACAUUCAACGUGAGCGUGAGACACUUUGAGGCCGAUGAAACAGAUGGACGUCUGAUUAGAGACAUCGCCCUUAUCGCUUUGAACCCCUCAGAUUUCCCGUUUUUUUAACAAUUAAAACAUCCGCCUCUAAUCAGCUGAUUGAUCGUAUUUUUAGACCUGAUUACAUACACAGUCGUUCGGUCUCUAACGUAUACAGUAUGUGUUUGCCGCCUCCUCCUCCGCACCAUCACACAGUUUGAUGUGUUGUACUCUGGAGUCCCCUCACCCACAUCGACGCACACAUGAGCCGGCCGGCCAUGCACCAAAGAAUCUGCAUCACUCUCAAGCUGUUUGUUAGUCUUUCAUUUCACUGGCCCUCAGGCUCCUCACACACACACACACAUAUACAUGCACGCACACGCACACACACUCUGAUGUCUCAUACAAAUGCAGACAUGGCGGCAGGAUCUGCGGUGAAUCGCAGUUUGCCAGCCUUUCAUUCUGCAGAAAAUCAAUCGGGCUUUGCAGGGCUCAGCAUUAGAUAGCGGCUCACAAGGUAAGCGAUUAUUGAAUCGUGACUUACUGUAUGGGGGAUUGUUUGCUAAAGAAGAAGAAGAAGAAGAAGACACUCGAGCUGUUUCAGAUUUAUCCUGGAAAAGUCACAGGAGCUCGUAGAUAAAUCUGCAGUUUCUAAGUGACGUUUUAUGAUCGAUUAAUUAACAAAUUGCUCAUCACUGAGUCUUUGAAGAGCCUGUUUAGUGCAGCUCAAGAGCCUGAUGUGAGGCCAUUGUUAGCAUGAGACCUAAUUUUGUCGCCUCUCUGCAAUGUCAUUAAGUUUCCCUCUCUCUGUAAUAAAUGGAGCGUCACAUUGUUUUUAAUGUUCUCGCACAAAAAAACGGAUGGCGGGGCGUCUCUGGGAAGGAAAGGAAAAGAGUCGUCUGCGGCGUUUUGUUGUUGCAAAGAAACCAAAUCCAAAACGAAGAGAGAGCUCUCCGGUGUCAUCCGUCACGUUCGAGGGUCGGACCCGGAUCCUUUCAGAGCGGCUGAUGAAGCCGAUCGAAAGGAAGAGGAAACGACUAAUUGUCAUGAAACGUGAGACUUGGUAGAGAAGGUAGAGAGGGUUUGGUUUGGUGUGCCACUCAUGAUCCGUGACCUCGGUGUGUGCUGACCUGAUGAAAGGACAGGAGAGAGAGAGAGAGAGAGAGAGAGAGAGAGAGAGCCAAGCAUGAAGACAAACACACCUCAGGCAGGAGGAGCAGUCUUCAUUGACAGCCCAGUAUUUGGUGGAGUUUGUAUUUAUCGCUUGAUCAGCCGCCUCCCUCCCUCCACGACUCCCCUGAGUUUUGAGUUCAGCCAUGUGAGGGGCUGCUGUACCCGAGGAGAGAGGAGAGAACCCCCCUCUCUCCACCUCCUCCUCCUCCUCCUCCUCCUCUUCUUCUUCGCAGUGUCUGCUUUAUAUUCUACAUGCCAGAGAGGCUUGUGUCCUCAGGCAGCAGCUAUGUCUUACCUGUUCGAGCCUGCUGGGAUUCCCUGUCCUCAUAAUUUUGUUUGGAUUUGAUGGAUGAUGGUUGAAAUACAGCGCUGUCAAAUAUUCCUGGUAUUUAUCUCACCUUGACGCACACACACACACACACACACACACAGGAGGCUGUAUUUUCCCGUGCACGUUGGAUUGCUCUGGGAGGGGGAUCUGGUGUAAUUCAGCCUCUCUUUGUGGCGUCAGUAUUAUCAACUCUCUCUCUCUCUCUUUCCCUGCAGGUUGAACGGCUCCCUGCCCAGUAAUGUGGAGAUCAAAAACAACACUCUCUUCUUCAAGGGGCCGGUGACCUACGACCUGGCCGGGACGUACCAGUGCGACGCCACCAACGGCAUCGGGACUCGCACCGGCAUCGUGGACGUCAACAUCACAGGUAGGUUUCUGGGGGAUGAAAAAAACGAAGCGGUCGCUGCCGUUCUCCGGCUCUUAACUCUGGCAUGGCUGGAAUCGAUACAGCACCCCGCAGAGGGUUUUGUAAAGCACCACCAGACCCCCAUUUCGCCCAAAUAAAGACAAGUCUUGCACGUGCACAGAGCAGCUGAUUGUCAGUGUGAAUUCAGCGCAGCUCCCACCUGCCCCGGCUGUGUGCCGGCCCCCUCCUGCUGCUGCUGAGAUGGAGGGGAAAAAAAGCCUGUUUGUGUAUCAGAAUGCAACAACCCCCACUACGAUUGCCCUACCUCGCAUCCAGGCACAUGUGUGGGAGCGAAAUAAAGCACGCCUAUUAUCAGCGCUUAAAAUAACAUGAAGGAGAAAUGGGGGUUUGAGGUGAGGGUGCUGUAUUGAUCAUAGUUUGCUUGCAUCACACUCACAUCUCUUCAAACAUGCUCCUCUGUAGUCGAGUUCGGCGUUCGCUCUCUUUCGUCUCCUCUUCUUCUUCUUCUUCUUCUGUCUUCUGGGGAAAACAAAAUGCUGAACAAAUCGGAAUCAGUUCCCUCGCCGCUCGCAUAAUUGUUGGCACACACGCACUGUGGUUCCUCUGGGUUGGUAUCCAGAGGAGACGAGAUUUUGUGCUUCAGAUGAACGUACGACAGAAGUGGGAAUCAGCUUCUAUUGGUCCCAGCUGUGUGUGUGUGAGUGUGUGAGUGUGUGUGUGUGUGUGUGACAGUUUGGCUCUGGUUGGACUGGGACGACUUUGUCCUCUCUGUCUCUGUGCGCCGCCUGCUCUUCCAGGGAAGCGGGUUAACUCUCCUCGCUUUGCAUGUUGACUCAUGUUGUGUCUGACGCGGCCACGCUCGGUGUGAAGCGAACAGCUGUGCCUUACAGUAUCAGCGCGUACCUUCCUGUUUCCUCUCGCUCACUGAGUAAAACUGGGACAAAGCGCCUUUGCAGGAUGUCGUGUCGUAACCUGCAUUGUGAGAGGUUGUCAAUGCAAAGUCGGCGGGAUAGUGGCGGGAUAAUAACAAUCUCAAAGGAGCGUGAUCGGUGUUAUGUAGUGAGGAAGUAAUCUGCGGUGAGGAAAUCACCCCGCGCCGGCUCCUGACGACAAACGUCUCUGAAAAAGCGAAACAAAGGCGCCGCAGUCGUUUUCUAUUCCUGCUUUUUCAUUGAUUGCUUAAAUUAAAACACUGCGCUGCUUUUGUCCCUGAAGUCUUUCUGUUUAUUCUCAUCGUUUGUUUGUAAUAAUUUUAUUCGGUGAGUGAGGUGAACGACGCGUGGGUACAUAAUGUGAGUGCAUUCACUUCCAAUUUGUCUGCAUUUAAGCGGCGGGUAUUUUUAGCUCCCGUUUGUGCGAAGACGGUUCGGCGGCAGAGUGAACUGAUCAAUCCUGAAGCUGUGAAAACAAUCUCGGCUCUCAGCGGGAGGCACUUGUUACUUCCUCUCGGUUUAAAUGUUGCAGUAAUUAAGACACUUGAUUGCUGUACAUUUAGCUUCUGCAAUUACGCAUAAAUACUGAGAUUUUGCACCCAGAAGGUUGUGAUUUUCGCUCCGGGUGGAAGAAGUGUGUACCAUCAUAGCGUUAUUUCUAAAAGCUACACGGCUCUCUGUGGUCUGUUGGAUUCAAGCUCGGAGUUUCACUCCCAAAUGGUCCCGAACAAGCCUUAAAAGCAUGUCGCCAGUUCCCAUAGUAACAGUGACAAGUUAGCAGGAGAGGAGCCAGCCUCCCUUCUAUAGCGCUUCGGCUCCAACAUGGCGCCCAGUCAAGUCGUUGGAGCUCAGAGCGGAGGACAGAGCUGCAGGUGUAACAGAGAUCCCUCACAGAGGAUCAGGAGACGUGCGCGCCGGCGUGCGCUUUGCUGAUGUUGUGAAAUGUUAGCAUGUUCCUGUCUUAGUGCAGCCGAGUCAGCGUUAUCCCUCUCUGAGAAUACAUACAAAACACAGACCCAGCUGGUGGGAAAGUCUCCUAUCAGUCAUGACAACAGCAGCGAGAGUCCGUCGGAGGUGAACUUGAGGGGCGGACGCGGCGUUUCCUCUUAAUUCUUUGAUGUGCUCUGAGCAGCCUUGACAUUGGCUGAGCAUAAUGACCCGGUGGUGGAGGUAUAGAGGUACGCCGAUGCUUCAUUAACUUCAGAGAGCGUCUUUGUGCCUCCCAGCAGCCUCAGACAGGCCCGGCUGUGAGGAGGCAGGUGAGAGAGCUGGCAGCUGGCUGCUGUUCAAGGCUGCAGCAGAGGGCCGCCGUAACGUUAGAGAAGUGUUCUCUCUCUGCAGAGAGGGAAGGUGACCAGAGCGGAGAGCUGCAGCACGCUUUCUAAAAACACAGAGAAACAGCAAUAGUGUUAAAAAAUGAUGAGCAACACUUUAAAGGGACAGUCUGUGGGUUUUUGGAGGGAGGUGAUUUCUAUUCAGGGUCGGCUUAUCAGCUCUUAAGUUCUUCAACUGGACAGUUUGGGGGGUGAAAAUGUGCGUACAAACAAAUAUUAGACUGUCUUAACUAGGGAUGCACCGAUCUGAUAUUUGGAUUGGAUAUCGACAAAUGAACUGGAUCAGAUAUCUGAUGAAUAACACCAAUCCAGAGUUCUGAUCCAGUCUUUCUUUUUCUUUUAAUUAAUAUCAAACAAAGGAACACAGUGAUUCUGUUUGCUCUAUAUUCUACGUCUGUCGAUCCUUUUCCACUAAAUGUUCACAUCUUACUUCUUUUACUGUGUGCUAAUGUGUAAUUUGUUAUUUGUUCAUAAAUAAUAUGAAGUAAAUUUGUAUCUAUUUUAGUUUGCUACCUUUUUUUUUAACAAGGCUAAUGUCAAACCUGCUGCCUUCACUCACAGGUUUACAGUUCAUUCAUUCAACAGUAGGAUCAGAUCUGUAUCGGAUAUCGGCCGAUACCCUCAGCACAGAUAUUGGAUUGGAUUGGAAGGAAAUGGAUCGGUGCAUCUCUAGUCUUAACAGUUGGGACAUCCAAUAUCAUACAGAAUCAAAUCUGUGGAUACAUGAUGGAUUUUCCAAAACUUAGGUCUCAUUCAUCCACGCCCUCCUUCUUCAAUGUGCCCUCAAAUAUUAAAGAGUGCAGAGUUUCUAAAUGCAAAGUCAAGACAAGCUACAGUUUGGAGAUUUAUUGGACGACUCUUAGUGUCCCGGUUUGCAAGCAGAAAGAAGAAUAAAUGCAAAGUUAUGAGAGCAUCGCACAGUUUUAGUCUGAUUGGAGCUUCUACCUGGAGGAGAAAUCUGACGACUCUGAAAAGUUUACGGGUAUUUUAACGGUCCAGAUUGAGUCGUGGAUUUUUUCUAACUCUGACUGUCUCUCCAAAGAAACCCGGUUGGUUGGUGAGGUUCUCUCUGAACUUGAAUCUAACCAAAAAUUAAUUUUGAAACUCUUCAGAUAUGACUCGUUUAACUCUGUUUUGUCACUAAGUAUGGCCUGAUGUUACCAUGUUAUGUGGUACAUAUCGCUGGUUCUGGCAGAUAAGUCCAACUUCUAUAGACUGAAAAAUCUUCCCUGAGGUUAAAGUCAGGAAAAAAAGCUGAAUCUGAAAUCCCGUGACGUACUGAAUUCCAUGAAUCUCCAACAUUUGGAUCCAGUUCUUGAGUCAGUCUUUGCUCCUCGAGUCAGUCCUUCAGGUUUCAUCGUGGGUCUUGCAGGAAACCGUAUCAGUGACAACACAUACGCCUCUUUAAAAAGCUAUCAAGCGUUUUAUUCCAGCUUCCCGCUCGGCUCUGUCACCAUGAGGACCAUAAGAUAUAUUCUAAUGCAGGACUACCAGCAGCUGCAUUAUGCAUGGAUAAGGAAGUAACGCUCUUUGUUUCCAUUUUGAAGCCGAUGUUUAGAUUGACACAGCAAUAUACACCUGCCAGAGAGACGGCGCUGCUGCCUCUGUCAGGAAGAUAAAAUGUCAAAUGUGACAACUUGUUUGUAGCGCAGAAAAGCCAUUUUCUCUCUCUGGGAAACAUCACUGAUGGAGCACUUAAGAAAAGCACAUUUUAAUCAAGCUCCUCACUUUUCAUGGACGGAUUUGCGGGGGCUGAAUAACUGUCACCUCGCCAGAUAGCCGGGCCACGGAGCACCUUGUUUCAAUUAGUUUGGGGAUAGCGUUUGCGGUGGAGACGGCAUCGACUACGGUGAGCCAUGUGGGCCAAGAUGGUUUUCUCGGAAGACGUGCGUUCAGAAGAUACGGCCUCUCUUGUCAGAAUCUAAUGAAGCACUUUCCUAUUUUAAUCAAUCCUCACUCCUGGAAAGAGGAGGUGAAGGAGGAAAUAGGAGGGAAGGAGAUGAGCUUCACGACGUUCACAGUCCAGAAAUCUCCCGAGGGAAAGUUGACAAGUUGUCACAUCAGAUUAAUUAGUAAAUUAUCAGCAGCCAUCAGAGGUGUGGUUAAAAUAAAAAAACGAAACUCUAAAAGCCCUCAAAGGAAAGUUAUUUCUGAUGAUUUAUCGGCCGGUCAAACUGCGACUCCUCGUAAAAUCUUUCAGCCACAGGAAGAGCGCUGAAUAAUGUGGUUAAAACCUCAAAGAUCCCCCUCUACUUUGGAGAGCACAAUCACUCUUUCAUUAAGAUAAUCAGCUUUUCCACCAUCGCUCUCUGUUUCCGCGCUCCAAACAAAUCGAUGCUGCCAUUUUAAAGUUCUCUGCAAACACAUGAUGAAUGGCCUUUUUGUCGGGAUGGCCUUACAAUUAUGUCAUUAUCACCCCUGAGAACGCCGAUAUAUACGCGGCGGCGGCGCCUUCUCUCUCAGGGCAUGUGGGAAAGUUUCUCGGAGUGAAUCAGCACAUUCGCCGCAGACAUAAUUUGUUUACUCUCUCCAGUAAUUAUUGAAACUUGAUUAGAUAUUUUUCAACCUUGACUCGGCCACACAGCGGAGGCUAAUCUUUGUGAGACGGGGUCCGGGUGGAGUCGAAGACAAUGCAUAAUUCCUGCCACAUUAGCCGGAUCAGCUGUGAAGGAUAAUAUCCGAUCAACGCGGGGUCAACCAGUGUGUGUGAACCGCGGGGUGAUUCCUCUUUCACCCUCCUUUGUUAGAGCUGCAGCUCAGGAGAGCAGAGGUGCAGUCAGCUCUGCCACAGGCCCUUUUAACCAGCCGGGUUAAACCGGAUAGAGUGAGAGCGCACUCUUCGAUUUAGCAAGAAAGCGUCAGGAUGGAUCCUUCUAUAAGCACAGGCACCCGGCGCCAACAUCUGUUCACGCUCGCCUGAACAAGCAAUACUCGCUCCUGUGUGGGAAAGUGGAGUUCAGAGAGAAGGGGGAAAAAUCCUAACCACACAGACAGUCCAGAAGAAAUCUAAAUAAAUAAAUAAACGCGUCCAUGUGACUGAAAAGAAGACGCUUCAGUGAUUUGGGGAGUUUAGCCGGAGAGGUAAAGUGGAUUUGAGAAACGGGGUAGAGGUGGAAGAGAGGGCAGGACGCUGUUUACAUGACUUUAUGUAACAGCCUGUACCGACUCAUAGCGCCUGUCACUUUCUUCACCCUUCAAAUCCUGCUGUUCAAUGAUGAGUGAAGACAGAGGAGGCGCACAGAGGGCCGAGAAUCCUCCAGAAGCACUGUACCUUAUUUAUGUGCUAACUCUAUCUUUAUUGCUCACAUUACUAUUCGGGGCAAAUGAGGCCACAGCCGACAACAUUAGCAGUGUCUGUAUAAUGAUUCCAAAUACUUGCCACCAGGUUGGCAGGCAGCAGCAGCGGGUUGUUGGCAGAUCUGAUGGGAGCUUUCUCAGCAUAAAUUUGAAUUAGUGAGCCAGAGAUUUAACUCUGAGCUGAUAGAAGAUGUUUUAACUGUCCUCAAAACUUAUUACAGCCUGAACUGGACACCAAACACACAUUUUACUGUUGCAGUAUCAGAGUAAUUGAAUUUAUGCAGCCAUAACCACCCUUCAUAAGACAUUUAUCCUCUUUAAGACAAGCGUCGGCCCCUUUUUCCAAUAUAUUUUUUCUCUAAAAAUCAAUGUGUGGAUCCCUGUCCUUUCCCUAAGAAUAAACAGCUUUAAUCCGGUCAUUAUAGGACACUAAAUCAUCCCUGAACACAUAAAUGAAGGUUCAGUGGUCGCACCUGUCACCCCACCCUGUCAAAUCCAGCGUCCUCUCUCUUUGAAUGAUCGUCCUUUGGUUUGCUCUCGUGAUUGAUCGCUCGCUUUUUGGUGUCAGAGUGAAAUACCUUCAAUCGAGGACGUGAUGGGACCAUUUCAUGGGACUUUAAAAGGGAGGCUUUGUAACAAGAACCUCACGCACGCUCUCAUGCACUUUGCGCCUCCUCCCCGUCUCUGCAGGCACUAGUUUUAAAGAGGAAAUAAUUUGCAGGAGCAUUUGAGGAAAGCAAACAUCAGCAGUGCAGAGACUGACAUUCAGAAUUACCUAAAUGUCAGCAAUCAGUGAUUUUCAGGCUGAAUUUUCAUAACUUUGGGCUUGAGAUCAUUUAAAGAGGUCGUGUUUUGCAUUUUUCAUUUUCCAAUCAGGAUGAAUUUUGUCAGACAGAAGUGCUUUUUGAAAGCGCUGAGUUCUGUUUGACAGUAUUGAUCUGUUCGGAGAGUUCUGUGUGCAUAUGAGGAAUACUAACUUAUGCAUAUAUGAAAGAGGAGGCAGGGAGAGAAGCCGCAAAGACCCCCCAGCAUCAGUAACAACACAUUAGAGGGGGAUAAAGUCCUGUCACCUAUCCUCAAAUUUUAGGUUAGGGGAGACCGGGGCUUGUUGUCACACUUCUUCUUGGAAUUAAUACAUCAUAUUUAAACAAAACAUGUACAAGAUGAAACAUCAAAGUCUCAGGUAUAUACGUAGUAUUCAUGUCACAUGUGACAACUAACCCAAAAUGACUGAGACAUGUUACCCUAAACUUCCACGUUUGCUAAUUCUAGCUUUAGCUUAAAACAGAAUAAUGACUGAGGUAUGACAGGAUGCCUUGACCUCUUCUCUAACAAGUCCACAUGUUUCACUGCUGGGAUUUUUAUCUGGAAGAAGAUUAUUUUAAAAUAUAUAAAGUUAAUUUUUUUUAAUUUGGGUUGUGCGAAGUGGUUAAUUGAUGUUCAUUUCAGACAGGACACGCCCCCUGAAGAAAACUAGUAUUCCUCAGGUGACCAUACGUCCUCUUUUACCCGGAUUUGUCCUCUUUUGUCCGGCUUUGUCUGGGGGAGUUUAUAAAGUCCCUCAAAUUUUUGCGGUUUUGUACGGAAGUUUUGAGUUUGUGUCAUGUGGACUUACUGAGUUAGAAAAACUCAAAAUCAACUACGUACAACUCCAUGACUCCGCCCCCUCAUACUCGUGUCACCCCAAGUAUUCCACUUUUUAGUUGCGCCCUCUGAUGGUGAAGAUAAUUGUGAUGUGACAAUUUACCCAAGCCCCGGUUUCCCCUAAAUGUUGGACAUCAGUAACAAACACAGUGAAGUUUUGAACUGAGUUUGAAAUGUUAGAGUAGUAUUGCAACAAUGGAAGAGGCUUCUGGAAGGCUGAACUGCAGCGUUUCACACCGAAGCUGGAAUGAGAGUUUUCAAGGGCGCCAGUCAGAGAUAAGUUCGAGAAUAUUCUCAGCUGUAAAUCGUGUGAAACUGCUAAAAAAAACUCUCGAGAAAGUAAAGCAGUUGUAGAUUUGCUGCUUGUCAAGUUCAACAUGUUCAGUUUGGGAUUUACUGAGUGAACUGACCUCAGAUAUACAACAACAACAAAAGUCUUAUCAAAGCCGUACAAGGUGAGAGGAAACACUUGUGAGAAAUAACAGUAAAACCCGCUCUGAUCUCUGUUUCUCCACAGCGGCUGCUUUCUCUUGUCCUUGUUCUGUCUGCUUUAGUGUCCUCUAUUAAAAAUGUUUUAUUCUCUUCCUCCCCGGUCUCCUCAAACCCCAGACAACUGUAAAUAACAGUGGGUGUUGAUGGCACGCUUCAUUUUUAUCAGUUGGGGAACAGGCGUGCUCGCUCCCUCUGUCAGCGGCAGGUCUGUCGGUUCCCAGAACAUGAUAGCGCUCCGAUCGCUUUGUGUGAUAAAAACUUGGGACACGGCAGCGAGAACAUCCCCGAAUAAAACAAGUACCACGCCGUAUAUAAGUGACAUCUAACAGCAGAGCUGCUCCAUGCAGCCAUUUGUCUCUUUCUCUUCCCUGACAGAGACAGGAGACAUUAUGAUGUCGGCUUUGCUGAGGCUCCCCCAGCGAUGUGAAAUUUGUUUGUCUUUGCUUGUCAUGGUGGAGUGUGUCUCAAUCUGUGCGUUAUAGCAUAUUGCUCUGUCGCCUUCUCCCAUCGGCGCCUGCAUUAUUCAUAGAUCCAAAGGCCACGCAUGUAUACCUUGUAUAUCAUCGCACCCUUACUUGAAGCUGUCAGGCGGCGUUUCUAUUCAGUGUCUCGCUCUCUUGAACUUUCAGAUCUUCAAACCUGGAAGGCUUCUGGUCUUCGGGCUGUUAGAGCAACUUUCCUGCCCCCACGUCUUCACUACAGGAGGGGCUGCUGGCUGCUCAGAUCCUGCCAAGAAUACAUCUCAUUAUCCAAAUGAGGCAUUAGCAUGAGCUGCUCCUGCGCUCGCACACUAGGCCGCCCCAUAAAGCCUCUGCUGUGCGGUGCUGUGCCAGGGAAGCGGUGAGGGGGAAGACAUUGUGGCUGCAGCUCUUUUUGCAUAAAAUAGAGGAAAAGGAGGGGGUUGGUGCUCAGUGUGUAAAGAGGUCUAUUUUAUUUGGAGAGGAAGAGAUGGCUCGGCUGUGGGAGUGAAAUGGGAAUGUCACCAGGGGAGAGCAUGUGAGAGCAGAGCAGCUGAGAUCGUAGUGAUUUAUCUUAACAUUUUGUUUCUGCAUGGCUUGCUGUUUCUGCUCUCCGGAGGAUGUGCAGGGGUAGAGGGAUGUGGCAGACAGAUGGAGCAGAGGGAUUGGCUGAGCCCCUUCAGCCUCAGCUCCCGCUCCUCCUCCCGCUCGUCCUCGCUGUCCACCCGUGUGGUGUUGGAUCUGUCACGCCUCCCUGAGAGCCUGAUGAAGUAGGUCAGACGCUGUCCCAGGGUCUGACCACUGGCUCCAGAGCUGCUGCUGCUGUUGUUGAUGCUGAGCAGUGAUUCACUCAUUACACACACACAGACACACACACACACACACACACAUGCACAUGCACAGCUCCAAAAUAACAACAACAAAAAGAUAUCUAAAAACAACAAGAGGAAAAGCUGAUGUAGGACGGUGUAGUAAACAAACACGGGCCGACCUCUCCUGGCUUACCGCGGCGCACUCACAUGCAGAUUUGUUUUGUGCGUGUGUGUUGACCUAAUAACUCAUCCUUACAGCACUUUCACUUAGCAGCUCAGCCACAUGCAGGCUAACAGGGGAGUGGAGGGAUGCAUCAGUAAUGGUUCCUUAUGAGCAAACAGGAGCAGCAUUGGUGUUCGGGAGCGCCGAUGUUAAUAUUCAUUGCUCAUUAAAGGUGCAUCAAGAAUGAUUACUCUAUUUAUUUUGCAGAAUCACAAAUUCAGAUUCACAGAGAGUCUUUUCAAAAACAACAACAAAAACAACCACGGGUCUAAUAUGUCCAAUUUCAGCUCAGUUUAGAAAUGAUUCCAUGUUCCAGGUGGGAGAUAUGAGGAGGCAUGUUUGCACACGUCAGCCCAGUACAGUAGAGAGCAGCUACAAUAAACCAACGUCAUCUGCAAACUGGUAAUGAUGUCCAACCCACCAAAUAAAAACAAAUGAAUGAGAGAUGUGACCUCAAUGAAGUGUAGAGAUGCAUGCAAACGCAAUAUGUCAUCGACCAAUCACAGUCGAGCAUGUGGUCAUGUAGCCUCCAUUUGCACCAAAACAGGAUGUGAUUUUUACGCUUUUUCUACGAACAGUCCAGAAUUAGUUUAUCGUGUUUGUGCAGAACUAAUUUCGGCUUUGCACCCUCCUUGAAUCUCUGACCCUCCUCUCCCUCCCCCGGGUGGUGCAGAUGACAGCAUGUCAUCAGCAAAGAGGUGUAUUUUUGAUCCGAGGUCUUUUAUAGAAACUGAGAACAGAAGGGGGUCCAAAACAGAACCCUGAGGGACACCCGUGAUUUGAAAAGAAAUCGAUUGCCAAGCGGGGUACGGAGCUUAUAUGACCAUUUUAUAUCUACAAGGGCGCAGAAGGUGUUUCUUUUAGAGCACAAAUAUUUUCCAAUACCUGUAGCUGCUCUAUUGAUGUGGAUGCUGUAGCCUUGCUUAUUGCUGACUGUAUUUAAGCUACAAAUCCCCAGAAAUAUAAUUCAGAGACUGUUGAUGUUGUGAAUCUUUGCUCCCCAGUGGAGGCCAAAAAAGAAAAAAAAACCUGUCAGAGAUUAGGUGCUGUUUCUGCUCCUGAGAGAUGAAAACAAAAAUCAGCCUCUGUUUUCCCUGACAGGACGACCCCGCGAGUCUCUGCAUGUUCACGACACGCCGCAGAUGAUGUCAGCGGUGUUUUGAUGCCGGUAUUUCACUGACUAAUCUCCCACCGCACAUCCUGUACCUCUUAUCUGUUUUUUUUUUUUUUACAGAGGUCUGAAUUUGAAUUAGUAGUCUGCAGGUUUUAAUAGUGAAAAAGGAGUUUACCAAUAUUUGAAGCGAGUUUAUGCGUCUGUAAAAUCGCUGAUAGGGAGAGGUAAUGUGUUGACAAACGGAGAGGAAUGGUAGAUAUUGGAAGAGAGGGAGUGCGAUAGGGUGAAAAAGAGCUUUGCCUCGGCUGUGGCUCCCCCGGGCGGCAUGUUAAAUUCCUGUCAAUGAUAAGCUUUUAUUCGUUGUGGCAGCAUUACAUUUCCAUGACUUCACAACCACUGGCGAAUUCAGACAGGGGAGUAAUGAGGAUCGUUGGAAAUCACCGAAUUAAUGCAUCUUCGCCGAUUGUCUCCCUCAUUAUGCCAUUCUUUAUUCGCCAUUGUUGCUCUCCAUCCUCUCACUCCGUCUUCUCUUCUUCCUCUCCGUGUUGCCACUCCUCCGCCCGCUCUUGGAGCAGCCUUUCAUUUUCUUCUCAUCCUCUGUUGUCAGCCGCUUGUUCCUCAUUUAGUCAGAUUAAAAACACCACUCCCUGCACCGCUCUUUGAAAUCCUCUCUCAUUUUCCCAACCUCUGUCAUAACACCUCGUCCAGGUGAUUGCGCCAAGACUCAGGAAUGUUUGAACCCGUCCUCUCUCCUCCCGUUUUCGUGUGCAGACACGACUGAACACACCCAGAAACCUGCAGGACACGGUCUGAUACAGUGUCCUUCAGUUUAAAGGCCCCCCCACCUCACUGUAUCUGAAUAUUUUCCACUGCAGGUUGUUUCCUGCUCCACUUUACUCCACAACAAAAGAAGCCCUGCUCUGAUAAGGACUCUAGUGUGUCCUUAACCACAGAUCUAUACCUGAUGUGUCAUUUCCACCUGCAGCUGGUGGGCCUUCAUGCAUUUGUUUCCUUUAACCACUCUGAAAUGACUCAGAGGAAAACACUCAUCCAGCUUUGAAAGGAAGGGAUUUUGUCACUUAAAUGUUUGGAGGGAGUGAAUCAUCUACUUCACCCAGGCGGAUGUGAGAGUUCAGAGAAGUAUGAUGAACGCCACAUAAAUAGGGAUGAAAAUCGAUAAGCAGUUCCCAGUGAUUCUAUUACUAAGAACUGUUUGUUCGCCUCAUUAAUGAUUCUGCUUAUUGGUUCCUCUUAAGUCUCUGUGUGAUGACGUACGCGAGAAGUGUGUUUCGGUUCAGAACUUUCAAGUGUGGCAUCGAAGCAAAAGCACGGAAAGGCUACCGGGGCUACGCCAUGUUAACCCUCUUUCACUAUAUAAAUACUCUCUGUCUGCUUAAAUUACAUUUAGCUGACGAUGACUGCCAGAGUCAUGCUAGCUUAAGAGGCUGCAGCAUGUAGCUCUUGCGCACCUUUGGCAGCCUCUUUCAUCGAGGCCCAAGGACCCUCAUGUCUUGCAAGGUACACAAAAACUGCAUUAGGCCACUGGGCCCCUCAACAUCAGUGAAGUAACUCAGCUAAACUUUUUUGCUAGGGUUACAUAAGAAAUUAUUUGUGCUUGGAUAUGCCAUUGUUCGGAUUCUAAUUACUUGGCCCUCUGAAAAGGCUAGAAGGAAGCACACUGAAGGUAUAACUUGUGUUUGUACUUGGUCUUUAUUUUUUGACCACACAGCUGACAGAGGUCAUAAACCUGAAAUGAUGUCUUCUCAUGACUGAAGUAAUGAAUUGCAGUAAACACAGCGACCUAACUGAUUAAACCAACAAUCACAGUUCCAACAGUAGCAGAUAACAUUACAAGAUAAAUGCUAACAACAGCCAGCUUAGCGCUAGCGUCAAAUGCUAAUGAAGUUAGCCUCGCAUGCUAAUCGGGAGCUAGCGGAAAUGCUAACGCUAGCUAGCGGCGCUAAUCAGACGCUAAAAACACUCUUCCAGGACUGUUUAACAAUGAAAUAAGCACCAAUAUGUUAUAUUUUUACAAGCUACACAUUAUUAUCAUGCUAUUUCUUAGCUACAGCUUAGCAAUGGGCUGUGUGCUCCUGCUAAAACUCGGACACAACUGCCGUGAUCAAUAACACCAGAAGUUACGCAGACUUUUCAAAAUAAAAUGCAGAGGUACAAAACUCUUCAAGAAAUCACUCAAAGCUAUGAAUAAUCAUUAAAUAAUGAAAGUCUUUAAAUAUCUUCUGUCCAAAGGUGACAUUUUUAAAGAGUUAAUGCCAACAAACCCAUUUAGAUUAUCUUGUGGACAGGUUUCUUGUGUACAAACAAUACUAGGUGCGCGCAACCAUGGGGCCAAAACCUGCUUCAGAGUGAACUGAUGUCAAUGAAGAUCCUGUAUUGUUUCAAAGUUCUCCCUGAAAACAAUUGCAAUAAAAUGUGAUUUCAUUGAAAAAUCACUUUGUCUUUCAUUAUAUCAAAAUCAGAAAAACACUGAAAUGUCCAUGAAUUUCACUCAAUUUACCAGGUUGUGACGUUGUUUUAGAUUAUCCUAAUAUCAGGAGCAGGGUCGGAAUGUGUGCCGAUUUGAUGCCGAUUCGCACAGUUUACAGCACAACAGCUCCUUGUCAUUUUCUUUAUCUGUUGACUGCGCUAUUAAACAAAUAGGAAGUGUCCCGCUUUCUGCCCCAAGGCUGUGUGCGCAUACCUGGAUGACAUCAGUGAGCAUCGAUAAGGAAUCGUAACAAUAAGCAGCAUCAAUAAUGAACUUGCUGAAUUCUUAACAAUUCCCCUCCUGACAUGUAAAUGUUCAUGUCAGGGCGCACAGAAAGCUGCUGUGUUUCAUGUUUUUCCUCACCUGUAUGUAUCUAUCAUACCUCCAGGUUGAAUUAUAGCCUUUCAUGGCACAUCCUGGCACCUUAUUAAUCUCAAUUGUACAUUUGUGUCAUUGCAACUCAAGGUUAGUGCAGGAUCUGCAUAUUCCCGGUGUGGUGUUAAUAGACACUGUCUCCCUUUGUUGCCUCAAACAGAAACAGGGCUGCUGUUUUGCUGCUUUGAGCUCUUUUUUUAUCUUUCUGUUGGCAGGUGUUGCCGGUAGUGACGGCUUGCCUCUUCUCUUCAGUGCUGUCAAACACCCAUCAAACCCCAACCCUUCCAAGUGUUGUGUUAUUAGUGCUCCUGUAAUGUGAUUAGUGUGCGCCACAGCCUCUCUAAUUUCACACACUCGCAGCGCAGCGGCCACACAAAGCCGCCGUGCUGCAGAAAUGGAGAAUAUUUUGUUAUCUUCCUGUAUGCACAAGGCCAGUGGGCAGACUGGGGAGGAGGUGUUGUGACGUGACCUUGCAGAGGGAUAAAUACCGAGCGGGAUAACACGGUGAGAACAGGCAGUCCCCUCGGCCAAAACAGCUCCCUGCAAAAUAAAAGCUGUUUGUUCCUCAGCUGCACUAAAGUGAUCUGAUCGGAGCUCUUCCUGGUGUUUGUGCCUUUAAAACACCUCCAUUAUAGAGGUGGAGCUGCGUGAACUCCACAACUCCUCCCUCCAUCGCCUCUGUAGGAAAACAUCUUCACAUCUUCUCUGUCAGAAACGGAUUUCUGCAGCGUUCGACCGUAAAAAUACCUGAAAUUUACAGCAGCUUUCAUGUCUAUAGUUUGUCUGGACCAUAACAUUUAGAGUUGGCAUUUAAGUUCUUCAAAAAGAGUGUCAAAGGUGGCGUCACCUGAUCCUUUAUAGAAGUGGAGCACCUCCAAAGGCUCUCUAGUUUAGUUUUAAUGGACUAUCCUCGUGUUUUUUGUCAGGAGUAAAUAUUGAGCCUCGGGAACCUUAAAAGUCCGAGUCAAAAAGCUGCCUAAUUAGACUGAAGUGGAGGGAGGAGAACAACACCGAGGCCAACAGUCCAGUCCUCUUAGUUAUGCAAAUCCUUGAGUCCAACUAUUACAUUUGUCUGGAUUUAUUUCCAGUUUAAUUUGGUCAGGAUAGCUCGCUCGUGUCCCAAAUGUAAUUUCUGCGUCCUUGGCACAUGCUUCUUCGUCUUUUAACCAACUUUUAGUCCCUCCAGUAAACAAACAAACAAACAAAGGGCGGUGUAAAUAAACCGUCAUCGGCUGAGGUUAUAGGGAAAGUGAUGAGAGCGAGUACAGGUCGCAGCAGACGGAGGCGGUGAAAGGUAGAGGAGAGGAUUACAGGUAAACCUUCUCCCCUUUCUCUUCUCCUCUUCCUCAAUCCUCUGGAUUUUCACCCUCUUUGGACUUGGUGGGAGGAUGUGUUUCUGAGCAGGAGUGACCUGGCUCUGCUCUCUCAUUCAUGUGUGUAAUGAAGGCCUGUGUCUGAAUAAUCCCAUUAGGUGGUCAGAUUAAAACCUGAGCUGAUAUUUGAGACUGUGCCCGGCGCCGCUUUAGAAAUUGGAGAGCUUUGCUGUCAGCUCCGGGAAGAAAGGAUGCGGCCGAGGAGCGGCUGAGGCGGGUGAUGUGUUUGGGAGGUCUGUCCUUUCGGGCUGAUAGGCUGCUUUUGUAAUUAAAGGAAGGAGGAAAGCUUCAGAAGCUUCUUUACCCUGACUGAUAGCAUCCUCUUCCACCAGAGCUCUGCAGAAAUGUAUUAAAUCCACCCCGAGCGUGGUCUCAGGGCGAAAUCAAACCGUUUAGGACGACCAGAUCUGGAUAUGAGAAAAACGUGUCUUUCUGAAAUAUUAAUUGUGCAUCUCUUUGCAUCAUUCAGAUAAACUCUGACUAAGUUUGAUGAUGAUGUUCCUCGCUCUCUCUGUCUCUUCUGGUUGCAUAAAGCACACGUACUGUAGGAGUCUGUGGUUUGACCUGCGUGAACACAAAGCUCCUUCCUUUCUUUCUUUCUCCCUCAUUGUCUCUUCUCCUCUGCAGUCCUCUCCCACACCAUUUGUUUAGUAGCUGCUGUAACUCUUUGUUGUAUUUUCUCUCUUAUCUGUGGAGGAUUCAGCGCUCGCUAUUGAAGUUAAAUGCGCCUCUGCUGUGCGGGUUUAGACAUGCACUACCUGAGCGCCUCCAGGCUUUGAUCAGGUUUCAGAUAAAACGCUGCACUGGAAGGAGUCCUGCACGUUUUUUUGUAGCUGUAUGUUUAUGUUUUUGGACCUGGUUAGGACGGUGUAUCUUCCUGUUCAUGCUCUCUAACAUGACUGCAGAUUCUGUUUCGUAUCUGACAAAGCUGCAUAACUUUCCAGCGUUUGAAGGAGAAAUCCUCCCGACUCUGGCGUCUCGGUUACUUCUGUCUCUCUCCGCCAUUAGUCACUGUCAGCGUGUUCUCGAUUAGAGCUCAUCUCUUUGGAUAAUUCUUCCUCUAUCUGCGCCGUACGUCCUGAAUAAUACAGACUCUAAUUCUCAUUUUUGCUGUCUGCUCUGCUGCCUGAAUAGAAAAGCUCUCCUGAUGCAUCAUGGCUGCUGAUUAUCAUCUCUGGCGGCGUGCUUUCAUUUCAUUACCGCCACGCUGAUGGUUGUAUGUUGUGGCGUCUUGUUUCUCGCAGGACUGUGCGGCUCUUUUUCAUUCGACUAAGUUGAGAGUAUGAACUGAUGCUUUUAAGAAGUUUUCCCUCAGACAGAGUGGAGCUGCUGCUGCUGCUGCUGCUGCUGCUGUUGUGCAUGCCAACCAAACUUUAAUCUCCUCAGUCUCUCUCUCUCUCUCUCUCUCUCUCUCUCUCUCUCUCUCUCUCUCUCUCUCUCUCUCUCUGUCUCGCCUCUUUGACGCUCUUGUUUGUGGACUGGCUGUUUAUUUCCUGUCUGAUGAUGAUGAUGCUGCAUGUGUUUGUAAUUAACCGAGUCUCUCGAUCUGUCGCUGAGGUCUGUGUGGGGUUGGGGGGGUUCUGUCGCAGGGCGGGGGUCCUUCCUUUCCCCUUUACUUUUCCGUCCUUGUCUCCCUUACUUCAUCUUUCCUAAAAAAAAAAAAAAAAAACUGCACCUGCACAAACGCACCUCCUCCCACCAGAGCACUGACACACUCCCUUCCAUCUGUCUUUUCCUACCCAGAAUUCCCUAACAACCCGCCAACUGAGAGCGAUGAGAUCACGAAGGAGCAGCACAAUGCUGGUGCCGCCAUCGGGGGCGCAGUUGGGGGCGUCGCGCUCUUGGGCGUGGCGGCCAUACUGCUCUUCGUAUUCCUGCGCCGUCGCCAGCGCACCUUCAAAGGAGACUACAGCACCAAGAAACACGUGUUUGGGAACGGGUACAGUAAGGCGGGCGGCCUGCCCGCUCACCCCCCCAUCCCUAAGAACCUGCAGUACCCCGACGACUCGGACGACGAGAAGAAACCCACCCAGAUCGGCGGUCCCGGAGGGUUUGAGGCGGGAGAGCGUGAUUUUGAUGGCGAGCAAGAGGACCUGAAGAGGCCCUAUUUUACGGUGGACGAAGGAGAGAGCCGAGAUUAUGACGAGCGGACUCUGGCUUUCCAGUAUGACCCUGAAUCUGAGAUAGCCGAUGAUAUGAUCUCUCAAACCGACGGCUCUGUCAUUUCCAAGAAAGAGUGGUAUGUGUAG